GUUGUUCCAACUCUGUUUUCUGGAGAGGGGCUGGCAGGGACUCGGCGGAGCAGCCUCUCCUUCUCCCCCGCCCUUCCCUCCAGUGCUUGGAGGAUUAUUGCUCAAAGCCGGCUGCUCCAGCGCAAGGGAGGGAUUUACCUGCUGCUGGAGCUGUUGUUGUUGUUAGCAGCGCCUCCCCGCCUCUCUCUCCAGAGGCAGCAGCGCAGCGGCGCCCAGAGGAUUGCGCGCGGCUCAGCCAACUCCCAGGGAACCCGCUCGGGGGAGCGUGUGCGCGUCGGGGGGAAGCGGGCGGUUCGCGCCUCGCCGAGGAGAAAACUUUCUGCUCUCCGGACAUGGGAGGCUCACUACUCUAGAUAAAGCACCACCGCCGAGCAAAACCACUGCCGAGGAGGCGCUCGAGGCCGCCCAGGUAUUCCUUCGCUCCUUUUAAUUCUUUAGUGUUAAUCUGGUGUGGCAGCGGCUCUCCCACCCACGUGUUUCUCCCGAGAGGAAUUUUCUUCUUCAGAGGACUGUCGCGUUUCUUCACUCCCGGACUGAGGGGUCGCGCCGGGCUGUUGGAUGCUUUGCUCCCAUGGGGAGUGGGUUGCGACCCCCGGGAAUGACGCCGUUUUGACCUCGAAUUACCACUGCGGCCUAGGCAGGAGCCGGGUGCUGCGCUUGCUUGCGUGCGGCGUUUUCUUGUGCCUCCCAGAGGUGAUGGGCCAGUUCAGGUUUCAGAGGAGGAGGAGGGGCGCGCCUAUUGCAAAGCUUGAAAAGGGAGGAAGAAAAGAAAAGAAAGCCUGGAGAGGGUUUGUGAGGUCUUCCCGCCUUUGUCGGGUUUCUCCCUCACCUCCUCCUCCCGUGCCUGAAAGUAUUUCUGAAACACUUGUUGCUUCUCGGAAAACGUUUGGAACCCGGGAGUUUUCUCUCCCUCCCUCCCCCACUUAAUUGUCAGCCUGCCUGGUUGCAAGAGGCGUCCGCACAAAGCAUUGCAAUUUGCAAAUGCAGGAGGGAGGGUUGGGUGCUGCUUGCCUCGGGUUUUGUAAGAACGCGAGCGGCAGAUGACUCAAAAGUCUUCUCUCUCUGUCAAACUCUGCCCAGACGAAACCGGUCUCUCUCUUGAGUUAACAAACUUAAUCCUCUCCCUGUUGGGGAAUGGAUGCUGCUGCUGUGGGAGGGGCGAACAGGGAAGCGACUUUCUUAGCUAGAGGAAGGUAGCGACACGUUACAGCAAACUUUGUUUACUUCACAUCGCUGCUAAUAAUUACAGUACUGUUCUGUUUUAAAAUUGAUUGGAUCGACCCUUUCCCAUUGCCCCCAGAAAAGGGUUAGGUUGUGGUUAUUGCCAUUCCAUCCCUAGAUGGCCUGCACUAAUAGUAACUGGCAAGCUGACAAAAUUAUAUAGGUCACUGGGAAAUAAUUCCAGCUUAAUCGCCUUUAUCUUUUUGGCUAAGAGGGAAAAGAGUUUCCGCUUACCAUAGAGAUGGCUGUUUUGAUCAAAGUAAGGCUCUUUUCAGAAAUGAUGCUUAGAGUGAUUUUUUUCUUUCUUUCCUCAUUUCUUGCACUUUUAUAUCAACUAUCUUUGUUUUGGCUUUUCCUGGAACUAGAUAUCUGAUGCACAUUUCCCAAACAUUUUAUGAGCAAGGAAUGAUCCCAUUUACACAAUUGUUUUCCUUCCUUGAAGCCAGUAUGAUUUACAGCAAAGUAAUAUGUGAUCUAGGAAUAAUUUAUAGUACCCGUAGUUUGUCAAAGAAUAUACAGGUUAGUUGUUUAAAAAUGCAUGCAUAUUUGUUUCAUCAGUUGCAUGCAGCAUGAACCUCUGCUAGCAGAUAUACUGGCUUAGAGAGCAGAGGAGAGCUGCAGAUAGUGGUGAGAGAUGCAGUGAGUCCAUGUAUGGAAGACUUUCCCAACCCAGGACACUAGGUUUGUGAAGGCUGAUGUGAAGUUUGCAUGUAUACAAGUGAACUAGUGCUCAGACCCCUGCAGUCCAAAUUAUUUUCUUAAGGUUUGAGUAUGAAACUUUGAUGUUUCUAGGGUUCUGUAGGAGACACUUAAAAGGGUUCUGUUAAACAUGUAAAUUCACUCAUAGCUCAACAGGUUGUGUGGCCCUGUCUCCCUUUCCCUCAGAAUGGGUACCUAAAAACUGAUUUCUGGCUGGCUUUCCGAAUCUUGAUCCUGGCCUCUAGGUGCGUAUAAGGUCAUCACAUGGAUACAUUUUAGUGAAGUUCUUCAUUACAACAUUUAAAAUAAGCUUGAAGUUUUACUUUCAGCAGUUUGAUGCCUAAUGAAUCUUAAGGCACAAGCUUAAGCAUCUUUACCAUCAAAUAAGUUUGGCUGGGUGAAAAGAAAGCUUGUGAGUGAGUGAAGGGUCCUUACAUGUUUAGGCUGUAACUUGAUUCAUAGCUAUCAAAGUAGGCCUUGGUUAUGAGUAAACAUGUACAUGACACUAUGAUUUAUUUUGAUAAAAUAGAUUGUUAAUUUCUUUCUUUGGGUAUAUUGUAUGACUGGAGAUUAGAGAUAAGGGGAACAUUAGUUAAAUAAGUUUUUUGGAAAUCAUGUGAGCGAAGUCAUUUUAUUAUUCUAGGCACAUAACUGGGGUGAAGAAGGCAUAGAAAAGCUGUUUCAGCAAAUGAGCAUCUAAAACCACAGUAUUCCUUUUAAAAAAUAUAUUGAUUAACAUAGAAUUGCUUAACUGCUUUCUUUAAUUUUGUGAAACUGGGGGGUGGAAGAGUUACCUAGAAUCAUAGAAUCAUAGAAUCAUAGAGUUGGAAGACACCACAAGGGCCAUCGAGUCCAACCCCCUGGCAAGCAGGAAACACCAUCAGAGCACUCCUGACAUAUGGUUGUCAAGCCUCUGCUUAAAGACCUCCAAAGAAGGAGACUACACCACACUCCUUGGCAGCAAAUUCCACUGUCGAACAGCUCUUACUGUCAGGAAGUUCUUCCUAAUGUUUAGGUGGAAUCUUCUUUCUUGUAGUUUGGAUCCAUUGCUCCGUGUCCGCUUCUCUGGAGCAGCAGAAAACAACCUUUCUCCCUCCUCUAUGUGACAUCCUUUUAUAUAUUUGAACAUGGCUAUCAUAUCACCCCUUAACCUCCUCUUCUCCAGGCUAAACAUGCCCAGCUCUCUUAGCCGUUCCUCAUAAGGCAUCGUUUCCAGGCCUUUGACCAUUUUGGUUGCCCUCCUCUGGACACGUUCCAGUUUGUCAAUGUCCUUCUUGAACUGUGGUGCCCAGAACUGGACACAGUACUCCAGGUGAGGUCUGACCAGAGCAGAAUACAGUGGCACUAUUACUUCCCUUGAUCUAGAUGCUAUACUCCUAUUGAUGCAGCCCAGAAUUGCAUUGGCUUUUUAGCUGCCGCGUCACACUGUUGGCUCAUGUCAAGUUUGUGGUCAGCCAAGACUCCUAGAUCCUUUUCACAUGUACUGCUCUCAAGCCAGGUGUCCCCAUCUUGUAUUUGUGCCUCUCAUUUUUUUGCCCAAGUGCAAUACUUUACAUUUCUCCCUGUUAAAAUUCAUCUUGUUUGUUUUGGCCCAGUUCUCUAUUCUGUCAAGGUCGUUUUGAAGUGUGAUCCUGUCCUCUGGGGUGUUAGCCACCCCUCCCAAUUUGGUGUCAUCUGCAAAUUUGAUCAGGAUGCCCUUGAGUCCAUCAUCCAAGUCGUUGAUAAAGAUGUUGAAUAAGACCGGGCCCAAGACAGAACCCUGUGGCACCCCACUAGUCACUCUUCUCCAGGAUGAAGAGGAACCAUUGAUGAGCACCCUUUGGGUUCGGUCAGUCAGCCAGUUACAAAUCCACUGCGUGGUAGCAUAGUCAAGACCACAUUUUACCAGCUUCUUUACAAGAAUAUCAUGAGGCACCUUGUCAAAUGCCUUGCUGAAAUCAAGGUAGGCUACAUCCACUGCGUUCCCUUCAUCUACCAGGCUUGUAAUUCUGUCAAAAAACGAGAUCCGGUUAGUCUGACAUGACUUAUUUUUCAGAAAUCCAUGCUGACUAUUGGUGAUCACAGCAUUCCUUUCUAGGUGCUCACAGACUGUUUGCUUAAUGAUCUGCUCCAGAAUCUUCCCUGGUAUUGAUGUCAGACUGACUGGGCGGUAAUUAUUUGGGUCCUCUCUUUUCCCUUUUUGAAAAUAGGGACAACGUUUGCCCUCCUCCAGUCUGCCGGGACUUCGCCUGUUCUCCAGGAAUUCUCAAAGAUGACUGCCAGUGGUUCUGAGAUCACAUCUGCCAGUUCUUUUAAUACUCUUGGAUACCUGUAGUCUGAUUUGACACAGACUGGCUGGCCUGUGUGAAGUCUGUGACCUAAGCAGUCAGCCAUGUAGGUUGGUUUAUCAGAGUCUUGACAAAACUCCUGUUUUUGCUGUCUAUUUGAAACUAUAGUACUGUACAGAAAGGCAAGUUGUGAAGCACUUGGCAGAUCACAAUACUUGGCUGGUAGAAUGUUGUUUGACUUGAAGUUGGUUACUGAUCACUUGUUUCCAGUUCCUUGGUGCAUGCAUGGAUUAAGGAAACUAGUAAUAAUGGCAUCCAUAAGUGAUGAUGUUCUCCACUAAUUGACACGUGAUUGUGUUUAGAUGUUGUUGUCUACUUUCUGUCUAAAAAUAUAUUUGCAAGAGCUUAGUAUUUGUAAACUUGAUCCUAAGCAGCAUUGCAUUUUAUUAAUAGGAAUAUUAAAGGUCACGAACCAGUUGCAUUGAAUAGCCACAGCUUUUAAAAUUGUGCCUUUACUCUGCCAUCUGGCUUUCAAAUAAUGAUAACUGAGCCUUUGAACGCAUUAUCGUUAUCUAGAUUUAAUGAUUUCCCAGGACAUUCUUGUGUUGUUAUCACAGUAAAUCUGAGAUCAUUACUUGAUGCAGAAAACCUUGUGACAAGGUUUCAGGACUUUCUAGUAUUUGACAUGUAGGCUGGUCUAAAGCAUGCUUGUUGAGGGAUGGGUGAGACUAUGAGCCUGAGGUUUCCUACAGCUCGUUCAUGUAGCACUAAGUCAUGGUUUAGUGCCGUGUCAAGCAAGGUCAAUCUAAGUUGUUGAAAGCACAAAUACCUACUGUGCUGUUCUGAUUGCCUUGCUUUCUCAUGCUACUAUAACGUCUUAGAUUCUGUCUUUCUUGCAAGCGCAGUUUGAUUAUGUGUUGCCGGUUCUUUGCAGUACUUCAUAUGGCUGGGGCUUCCAGUCUUAAGUGUCUUUUUUUUUUUCAAUAACAGGACUAUCUUGAAAAGUAAAAACUUUGCUAUUCUUGUGCAGAGGUAUUUAUAUUUCAGAGUUAUUUCUUCUGCGCCAGCCACUGUCCUUACCGUUUUCAUCACCCAUUGUCUUGCCUGUGCUUUCUGAGGACUUCCACUCCAAUCCUCAAUAUUUACUAUGUAGAAACCCUUAAGGCUUCCUCUUGGAACUUCCAGUUGUGAUCUGAAUUCCCUUGGAGGAGCAAUAUGCCAAAAAUGUCAGUUGGGUACAUUACUGCAGCUGGCUACCUGACAAAGCAAUCAUAUGACUGGUUCAGGAGGCAGCCAGCUUCACAUUCCACCCAUUCCACACUCCUUUUGGGGACCUUUGCGUUACUUUAAUGAUCACUGUCAGGCUCUUUCUGUACUAUAUAUUUCAAGCACUAUAUUAUUAUAAUUAUUUAUUAAAGUUGUAUAUGGCCCUUCAUCUGAAGAUUGCAGGGCGGUUUACAACAUAAUCCAUCCCCCAAAAAACUCCCACAAGAUGCAGAACAUAACAACAACAACAACAACAACAACAAAAACCAACCUACAAACACAUUUCCAAAGCCAUAUAUUGUUUAAUCCACCAAAGACCUGGUUGUAGAGGAUCAUUUUCACCUGGCGCCUAAAAAUAUGUAGUAAAAGUGCCAGGCGAGCCUCCCUGGGGAGAGCAGUCCACAAAUGGGGAGAUACCACAGAAAAGGCCCGUUCUUGUGUUGCCACCCUAUAUCACUAUAGCUGUCAUGGCUACCCCCCAAAGAAUCUUGGGGAGUGUAGUUUGUAAGACUUGUUAGGAGAUACCCAUAUUCAUGUUACAGAACUACAGUUCCCAGAGUUACACCAUUCUGGAACUGUGGCUCAGUGAGGAAAAUGGUUGUCUGUUGUCUAUGGGGUGUGUAACCUGCAUUUGAAAAGCCCUGAGUGCAGAGGCCUUGGACAAACUUACUUGUAAUGGCAACACACACCAUCUUGUGUAAAACAUUUACAAGGUGAAAUAUAAAGGAAAUAAAUGUAUAUUACUCAGCAACUGAACAUGGCCUUGCAGACAGACAGCAUUCCAGAUUUAUCAUUGUGAGCAACUUCGCUUGUUAAAUCUUAACCUGUCUGGUGUGAUUCAGUACGGGUCACAGUAAAGUUGGAUAAGUUGAAAAGGCCAAAGUUACUGUCCAGUUUAGGGAAAAGCAGUUUUCAUACAAUGUAAUUCUGGGUGUGUGUUUUUGGCAGUUCUCCUUUCCCUUCGCUUUAACUACUGAACUUUUGACUGUUCUCCUAAACUGCCUGCCAUGGCAUGUUAUCAGGAAUGUAAAGAAAGCUACAGAAAUUUCAAGCUUAAUUCCUUGAUCCUAAGAAUAGUGUAGGGAUGCGGGUGGUGCUGUGGGUUAAACCACAGAGCCUAGGACUUGCCGAUCAGAAGGUCGGUGGUUCGAAUCCCCGCGACGGGGUGAGCUCCCGUUGCUCGGUCCCUGCUCCUGCCAACCUAGCAUUUCGAAAGCACGUCAAAGUGCAAGUAGAUAAAUAGGUACUGCUCCGGUGGGAAGGUAAACGGCGUUCCUGGGUUCUGCUCUAGUUCGCCAGUAGUGGCUUAGUCAUGCUGGCUACAUGACCCGGAAGUUGUACGCUGGCUCCCUCGGCCAAUAAAGCAAGAUGAGCGCCGCAACCCCAGAGUCGGCCACGACUGGACCUAAUGGUCAGGGGUCCCUUUAAGAAUAGUGUAUUGAAAGUAAGCACCACUGAGUUAAAUGGAAUUUGCUGCUUUGUAUCACAGCCUAAUGGAGAAGGAACUGGCAACCCACUCCAGUAUUUUGCCAUGAACACUCCAUGGUCAAAAGAUGAAGCUUUGAGAAGACAUUCCAAGGCAUGCUCUGGUUCAUGGGUUCACGGAAAGUUGAGCAUGACUAAGACGACUGAACGACAACCAUGAUCACAACCUAAAUAAUAUGUUCUUGCUUCACAUGCCAUGAUACCUACCAGAAUAGGACUACUGUGCUAUUCCAACUGCUUAUGGAAAACCUCUUUAAUGUAGCUCCUGUUCCUUGAUGGAGUCUUCUUUUAGUCUGAAAUGAUUAAUGGUUCAAAGGAAAAUUUCCAGCUUGUUAUGUUACCUUUCUAUUGUGGCAAAUGUAGUGAGUAACUGUCACAGUUUGCCACCAUUCAUACUCAGUGCAGUAUUAUCUGAAGUUUGCUUAGUGGUAUUAUAAUUGUGUAGCAACAGCUGCAUAGGGAUAGCAUUUUCUCUACAAAGUUGUCUUUCAAAAUGGUUGGGAUGUGAAAAUAGAUUUGCCCAAAGCCAGGAUGCAAAUAACAUCCUCUAAAUCUGUGCUUCUGGAAUCUUGGAGUUGAAGCCAAUUAGUACCCAUCUGCUGAUGGAAGGCGCGUUUGAAUUUGAUAUCCCGCCUUUCACUCCGUUUAAGGAGUCUCAAAGCGGCUAACAUUCUCCUUUCCCUUCCUCCCCCACAACAAACACUCUGUGAGGUGAGUGGGGCUGAGAGACUUCAAAGAAGUGUGACUGGCCCACGGUCACCCAGCAGCUGCAUGUGGAGGAGCGGAGACGCGAACCCGGUUCCCCAGAUUACGAGACUACCGCUCUUAACCACUACACCACACUGGCGUUGAACAGCAGACUGUUCAACACUGAACCACACUGGUGUUCACUGCGUUGAACAGCAGAGCAUCCCAUCAGCUCUCCCGCUUUAUUAUUCAAGCUGCAAAGACUAGCUUUUUCUUACUUGGUUACCGAGAAGCAAUUCUUAUUUGAUACAGGCCCAGGGAUGGGGAACUUUUGGUCCCUCUGAUGUUGUUGGACUGCAAGUCUCAUCAGCCCCAGCCGGCAUGGAAAUGGUCAGGGAUGAUGGGACUUGUAGUCUAAGUACACAGUGCCUACUGGAUUAUCCUAAUCUGCACAUUGAUUAACACUCUCAAAGGACAGUGGUUCCCAAUUUCCCCCACCAUUGGGCCUUUUGAAAGUUGCUGAGGGUCUUGGUGGAACACUUAAUGGUUUUUCUGCCUAUUGUAGCAAUUAUAAUGUGCUGUGGUCAGUGUUAGAAAUUCACCAGGUGCAUUUUGCAACUUGUACUGGUCUAGUUGCAACAAUAUGGAGAUCUCUGGAUGCCAGUUUGACGACUGACAUUUCCAUGUGGCUGUUCCCUUCAGCUUUCUUAAACAGGUAAACAGAAGAAUUUAUUUAUUGCAUUUAUAUCUCACCUUUUUCCCCAAUGAGUGCAUAGUUCAUCCCUCCCCCCAUAGUUAAUCCCUACAGUGACCUUGUGAGGUAAGUUAAGAGGCUGUGAUUGGCCCAAGGUCACCCAAUGAGCUUCAUGACUUGUGUGGGGAUAUGAACCCUGGUCUCUCAGGUCCAGGUCUGAUACUCUUCACCACUAUACCACACUGGCUUCCUAGAGAACUUCUGCUAUGGGGCAGCUAUAUAAAUUAAGUAGGUAAAUAAAUGGGGAAAGCAAAAAAUGGGGAAAGCAAAAUUUUCCAGAAUUUGUUUUACAAUAUUCUGAAUUUUUUAUUUGAUGUUUUAAUGUGUUGUAAACUACUUCUACAAAUGGUAUAGAAAUGAAAUUAAUAAUAAUAAUAAUAAUAAUAAUAAAUGUUAUUGCAAAAAAACCUAAUGCCUAGGCAUUCCGUUGUAGUGACCAUAACCUAGGUUUAAGGUGCCGUUUGGUGAUUAGUUUAUAUAUCUGAGUUCCUAACAUCAAUGUGGAACAUAGGAAGCUACUUUAUGCAGAGUCAGGCUAUUGGUUUGACAGACUAGUUCAAUGUUCUAUACGCCGACUAGCAACAGCUUUCUAGGGUUUCAGGCAGUCUAUCCUAACCCUACCUGGAGAUGUGAGAAUUGUGCCCAGGACCUUCUGCAUGUAAAGCAGAUCCCCUUUAUCACUGAGUUUUGACCAUCCCCAAGGGUGUAAUAUAAGAGAAAAGCAGCCAUUUUGAGGGAAAGCCACCCAGAGUGGCUGGGGAAACCCAGCCAGAUGGACUAGGUAUAAAUAUACAGUGGUGCCUCACAAGACGAAAUUAAUCCGUUCCGCGAGAGUCUUCGUCUAGCGGUUUUUUCGUCUUGCGAAGCAACCCUAUUAGCGGCUUAACGGAUUAGCGCUAUUAGCGGUUUAGCGGCUAUUAAAGGCUUAAAGGCUUAGGGGAUUAGCUGCUAAAAGGCUAUUAAAGGCUUAGCAGAUUAGAUAAAGGGGGGGGAAAGCGAAAAAAAAAUCUCAAGACUUGCAAGACAUUUUCGUCUUGCGAAGCAAGCCCAUAGAGAAAUUCGUCCUGCGAAGCAACUCAAAAACGGAAAACCCUUUCGUCUAGCGGGUUUUCCGUCUUGCGAGGCAUUCGUCUUGCGGGGCACCACUGUAAUAUAAUAUAAUAUAAUAUAAUAUAAUAUAAUAUAAUAUAAUAAUUUGCUUUCAAUCUGUAAAUGGGAGAAAGCGCAUGAGGUAUUGUGUUUCAAUACAAGACAGUUGGCAUUUCCCCUUUCCUCCCCCCCCCCCCCCCGUGUUUCCUUGCCUUAAAUUAGAUUUGCAGGGGUGGGUGAAGAUCUCAUGAAACAAAAUGCUGGGUUUUAUAACUAGUUUGCUUUUAGUCAGUACAAAGUUCUUUCUCAUUUCAAAGCCCUUCGGGAAAUCACUCUGGGGAAUUUUUGCCAACAAGAUUGAUAGGAUUUACUCCAAACCAUUAAAAUAAUAAUAAUCCACAGAAAUAUAGAUUAAUAGUCUGCUAUGCUUUUUCAAAACUGUUGGGCAGUAUAAAGGUCAAAUAAUAGUUAAAUAUAAUGUGAGGAAUGAAUGAUAAAUAAUGCCACUAAUACCAUGAGACUUCUCUUUUUUGGGAUGCGGGGGCUUGGAUUCUGAUUUUGUGCAUGUUUAGGUAGAAGCGGGUCCUUAGGUAAGGACGCGGGUGGCGCUGUGGGUUAAACCACAGAGCCUAGGACUUGCCAAUGAGAAGGUCGGCGGUUCGAAUCCCCGCGAUGGGGUGAGCUCCCGUUGCUCGGUCCCUGCUCCUGCCAACCUAGCAGUUUGAAAGCACACAGUGCAAGUAGAUAAAUAGGUACCGCUCUGGCGGGAAGGUAAACGGCAUUUCCGUGUGCUGCUCUGGUUCGCCAGAAGCGGCUUAGUCAUGCUGGCCACAUGACUCGGAAGCUGUACGCCAGCUCCCUCGGCCAAUAAAGCGAGAUGAGUCAGAGAUGAGCGCUGCAACCCCAGAGUCAGCCACAACUGGACCUAAUGGUCAGGGGUCCCUUUACUUUUACUAGGUAGAAGCAGUUCUUAUUGACUUCAGUAGGAUUUACUCCAUAAUGUGUGUGUGUAUAAUUUUAUCCCAGUAGAGCAAUCUUAUGACCCUGCUAAGAUGCUUGGUCCUUUAGAAUGCGUUGUUGUUGUUGUUGUUGUUGUUGUUGUUGUUGUUGUUUGUUGUUAUAUUAUAUUUCCACAGUUUUAGGAGGCAUAAUAUUGACAUUAAUACAUUAUCAUUUAAAAUGGGGAAUUGCAAAGGAACUCUUACUGUCUGGAGUAAGACAGUCCUACCUUUCUCCAUCUGAUACAACUGGGGAAUUGCAUUGUCAUCUGCUAAAAUAUAGGUGAAUAAAGAUGACACAUACUUGAAUGUAGAAAGGUUUUCAGCUGAAUACAGUGGAAACCUGGUUCUCAAACGGCUUAGUUAUGAACAAAUCGGCUCCUGAACACCGCAAACCCGAAAGUAAGUGUUCCGGUUUUCAAACGUUUUUCAGAAGCCAAAUGUCCAACGCAGCUUCCACUUGAGUGCAGGAAGCUCCUGCAGCCAGUCGGAAGCCGCGCCUUGGUUUUCAAACAUUUCGGAAGUCUAACGGACUUCCGGAACGGAUUAUGUUCAAGAACCAAGGUACCACUGUACAUUUAAAAUAUGAAUCUCAGAAUUGUUCAGUAUACUGAUAUUAAUUAUACAUUCAACACUUUCCACCCAAGAUCUUUUAAAAUGCUGUCUUUAGUAGGUGCAAGAUGGAAGUUUUGUGAAGACUGUAUAUAUUUUUACACCACAGGGCAAAUGAAACACAGGAACAGCUUGAUUUCUGCCUUGUUAUGAAGAAUAAACAUGAGGGUAUAAGGUUGUUUAACCUCUGUUCUCACUUAAAUUUCUUGUAAUUACUUCAGGCCUAAUGGGAAUACUACCACAUGCAGUUACUGGACCUAAACAACAACCUCUCAUUAUACACAGCUAUCAAGUGUUGAUGAUAUUUGGCUGCUAAUAACAUUAAGGGUGGUUUGUGCCUUAACAGGGAUUUUUUUUUAAAAAAAGUGAAUUUACUUAAUGAAACAGAACUGAUAAUACACUUGGUCCAUAUAUGCACAAAUUGGCUCAUGAGAUAAAUAUAGUGGCAUACCUCACUUUAUUGUGCAUAGUUUUAUUGUGCAUCAUAGAUAGUGCUUUUUUUUUACAAAAGCACUGGAGGAGCUGCUGGUGCUGCUGGUGGAUUGGAGACAAGGCUGCAGGAGCCUGCCCCGCUGCUCCUUGUGAGGAUGCAGGUGCCUGAUCAGUCAGCAGCUACCAACAUCAAGGUAGUGCCCUCCAUCAGCCAGAAGAUUACGACUCGCUGAAGGCUUAGAUCAGGCACGCCCAACUCCCAAGAGACUGUGAUCUACUUUCAGUAUAAAAAACUGGCAGUGAUCUACCCAUUGCCAUUGGAGGCAGGGGGAACGUUCGUGGGGUAGGUGGAUUGCCCAAAGUUGUUGAGCUUCUUUUGCGGAGGAUUGCCCAGAGUUCUUCAGCUUUUAUUUGUUAACUUUGGGUAAACUUUAUUUAAUCCCACGAUCGAUAAGGGUCUCGCGAUCUACCAGGAUCAGCCAGGGAUCUACCGGUAGAUCGCGAUCUGGUUGGACAUGCCUGGCUAUUUCACACUUAAUAGACUACAGUGUAGUAUAAACAUAACUUUUAUAUGUACUGGGAAACCAGAAAAUGUGUUUGACUCGCAUUUGGCGACAUUGUGGUGGUCUGGAACUUGAACCCACAGUAUCUCCAAGAUUAUACCUGUUCUUCUGUUCUGUACACAGUUGAACACAUUUUAGCUCUCUCUGUGUAUGCUGUGAAACGUUUUACUUACCUUCUUUGUUUGGAGGCAGUUAGUUUCUGCUAUUGCACACAUCCUCCUGCCUAGCUUAAAAAUGUGGAGAAGUCUUUGAAAACCACAAGAAAAGUUCACUUGAGGUGUUGCUUAUUAAAUAUGAUUUAUAGAGAUUUCUCAGUUGUGUCUCCACGCUGCAGCUGGAAUACUAGACAAGCAUACCAUCUAAAUAGCCAGUUAUAUGUAUCCCACAUACAAGAGGGGACUGGACGAUUACUGACUCAUUUAAUGAAGAUAGAGACAUGCAGAAUUUCCAGCUAGCAAUAUUCUGAGUCAUUCCACCAAAUUUCAUUUUAGUACACAGCACACAGGGAAGGCACUUUAAAACACGCCUUCAUUAUUUGAGUUUGUGGUAUGUUAACUGUCAACUCAAAGUCUUAAGAUGCUUACGGAAGUGAUAAAUAUAUGUUCAGAGGUUUGGCUCUUUAAAAUAUGAAAUAUUUACAGUGCAUUCCUGUGUGUGUCAACGCAGACAGAAGCCCUAAGGGACUGACUGCCAAGUAAAUUUUUAUAUACUGUAUUUACAGGGUUGAAAUCCCUUUGUAACUAAACAAGGUAAAUUUUGGAUACUUCUAGAAAUUUAGAUAGUCAUUUGAAAGUUAUGAAGAAUAUUUGCAUGUUACCUACAGUAUAUAAAAAAAUAGUUUAUUGUUUUUGAUACAUUUAGAAAUAGUUUGGAACUUCGCUGGUUGAAUCCAUAGCCGUAAAAUUCAGCCUUUCCUCAAUUGAAAUUGUGAUUUCUUUGUAUCAAAUGGGUAUUGGGGGCAAGUGAUUAAAAUGUAAUUUAAUACUGUACAAGACUAGUGUAAUUAUAUUAUGUAUCCAUCACUUAUCAGUGCUUACAUAAACUUGUGAGAAUGUAGCCUAAUAUUCAUAACCAGUAAAUGGUUCUAAAAGGGUUUUUUUUUAAUGAGUUAACACUAAUCUAUUGAGUUAAAUAUAUGACAUCAUAGCGUAUGUCAGUUUGUGCACUGUUCACUUAGCACAAUAUCAUUUAUUAAAUUAGCACAAUGUUUUAUUAGAAAUAUGACAUUAAAGAAAUAGGACUUGCUAAUUUGUGAAUUUAUAUGGCUUAUGUCUCACAGGUCUGUAUUAAAGUACAAGUGGUGGCCAUUUUAGGUGUGUCCACCAUUGUGUGGGUCCUUUUGGACCUGGAAGAGGGAUGAAUGGGGGCGUAACCAGCUUUUGUGUGCUCUGCUGACGUCUAAAGGGGUGUAAUGCACACCGCUAAUGUGUGCGGGCUCCAGGAACAGACUCCCCGCACAAAAUGGUCACUGCCGCUAUAUAUUAAUAAGUGGUUAGGAUGUGCAAAAUAUUCUUCCCACUGAGCUGAUGGACAAAAACUGUAAAGUUACUCAUAUUAAGUCAAAUUUUAAUUUAUGAUAGGAGCAUAAUGAAGCUAAUACACAGUAAGGCAGCAUACUGGAUUUGAUUCAGUUGGUGACUUGGCAUCUCUCAUGACGAUUGUACAUAGAAAACAGCGGCUUUAUUCCAUUGGGCAAUAUCCAUCAUCACACUGGUGGAUGCUGUGAAAUUCGCUGCUUCUGUCCUUCCCCCCUUGCAACCUUGAGUUUCUCCUUCCAUUCUGCAAGCAGUGUGACAGCACUGGAAGUCACCCAAGUGUGUGCAACUUCAAAUAUACAGCACCUAAAGUUGUGAAGUCACGUACGCUUGGUUUUCUGGAGAAGGAUAAUGGUGAGGGAAUUGAUUAAUGCCUCUAGUUAUAAUAAUUGAGCUGCUUUUUUACAUACCUGUUAAAAUCCUUCAUUUGCAACAAUGUGGAAAGUGUCACCAGGCAAAGUGAACCAAAAAUGUUAUUUCAAAACUGUUAUCAAAGAUAAUGUGCAUUGUGUCAAAAAGCUGCUGCUCUGACAUUGGAUAAAAAAAAGCAGUGCUUCCCUAUAUGCUGCCAGGACAAGUGUGCAGCCAAGAGGGAAUAAGUACAUUCCUGACCUUUGGCUUGGAUCCAAUUUCAAGUUCCUCCUUUCUCACCUCUCUUGUCUCAUGAGACAUUUACAGUUGUUAAGUCAUUUGGCCUAAAGUCAGAAGCCUUUGAUUUUUCAGAAGGUCAUAGUGAAGUGCUUUUAGACUUGGGUUGCUAACACACUAAAUUAAAAUGACCAUGUGAUUCUGUGUAGAUUUAGCCUUUAUUUUUGAAUAACCUUUUUAUUGGGUUUUAUGAGCAAGGAUCAUAUGAGUAAUAAAUGAUGCAAAUAAACAGACCAAAUCUUCUCAUGUCGUUUGUAUAGCACAAAAAUAGCAUAAUAAAUUUGCAGUAAUAUCUACAACAAGAAUAUCAAACCUAUCCAUUCUUAAGGAAAUCAGCCCUGAGUGCUCACUGGAAGCACAGAUCGUGAAGCUGAGGCUCCAAGACUUUGGCCACCUCAUGAGAUGAGAAGACUCCCUGGAAAAGACCCUGAUGUUGGGAAAGAUGGAGGGCACAAGGAGAAGGGGACGACAGAGGACGAGAUGGUUGGACAGUGUUCUCGAAGCUAUCAGCAUGAGUUUGACCAAACUGCGGGAGGCAAUGGAAGACAGUAGUGCCUGGCGUGCUCUGGUCCAUGGGGUCACGAAGAGUCAGACACGACUAAACAAUAACAACAAUAUCUACAAUGUAUGGUUCAAAGUGAAGAUAAUAAUUUAAAUUUAAAUUUAGAUCAAUCAGAUUGAGCCAAAUGCUGAUGGGUGGGAUUGUUCCUUUUUUUGGAAUACUGGCAUAGGUUAUAAAAUUAAACCACACUUGAAUAAAGCCAUCUUUCUUGAUCCAUCCAUGUGUCCGCCAUAGUUUAUUUGUUGAUCUUUCAAGGAAUGCUGUUUCCUAAACUGUUUUGUACCAAUUGUUUAUUGUUGUGCCAGAAAGGGCUUUCCAGUGUCUGCUUAUGGUUUGUCACACUGCUAGUAAUAAAUGGCUUAUUAAUUCUACACUGUGUAAAUCUAGGUUGUUGUCUUGAAAUAUAUUUGAUAAAGCUAAUUAUGGUUUGACUUCCAGUUGUUUCAUUAUUUUAUUAAUUUCUUGGAAUUACGAAUUCCAGAAAGGCUGGAGUUUUGUACAUUCCUGCCACAUGUGGAGAUGUGUGCUGGGUCUGGAGCAGCCCCUUCAGCAAUGUGGUGAAGCACCAAGAUGGAUCAUGGCUAGCUUCCUAGGGAUAGCACCUAUAUAUGAGUGUUAGGGUUAAUUUUCUAUUGCUGAAGGGAUUUAUUUUGUCCAGAGUCUGUUCCAUUGAUCUGGGUCAUGUUCAUAGCCAAAACCUCAUUCCUGUUGAUGUAUAAUAGGGUUGAAUGAACUCUCUUAUGCACUGAGUAUAAUGUUAUAGAUUGCGAAUAUUAUACCGGGCCUUGGCCUUGGCCUUGUCCAUAUUACAGAUCUUUCAGAUGGGCUAGUAAUCUUGUGGCUGCCUUAUUGGUAAUUAGGUUAGCCAAAGAAAAAAGAAAAAAAAAGUGUGGAUUUGAUGGAGUAGCAGCCAAGAGAUUUGUAAGUUUCCUAGUUUAGUCCACAUUUCUUGGUCUAAUAGUGGUGUAUUUCUGUUAUAAAAGUAACAUAACUAGUAUAGAUCUUUUGCCUUCCAUCCAGCCACAUAAAUUUGUCAUAAAGUGUUGUUUGCUGAACAGCCUCAGCAAAGCCCCGCUGUGCCUCCGGCUUGUGAGGAGACCCUCCCCGGAGCUUGAAGAAGACUGCAGUCAAGCCUUUCUUUAAUAAAAGUGGUUUCUUGCUCAGGAGAAAUAAGGGAAGAUAUCAUCGUGCUUCUGUGGUUCAUCCAAGCAAAGGCAUACCAGCUUGUCUGUGAAGGGAACUGUGGACUAAAUUAAUAAUACGUGCAGGCACAAAUAUAUUUCAAGAAGUAUGACCUGCCGGUAGAAUCCUGCAAUAGAAUAACCAAUAGGGACAAUAAGGGAAGUGAAUAUCGGUUCCAGUCUAGUUUCAGUUUUUGCUUAGAAGGUUCAAGAAAAACCAGUUUUUCUGUUAUUCAGUGUACGUACAAUGCUGUGUGUGAAAUAAGAUUGCCUUCAGAAUGUGACCAAAGAGUUUAGGCAGAUUUUCAUUGUAAAUGUAUGACUACAUUUUUCUUUUAAAAAAUAAAAUAAAAUAAAUGGCUGCCUUGUUAUGAUCUGAAUUUGAUUUUCUAGAAUCUUUUCCGAGAGUUUCUAGAAACUGUUUUUGGUAUGUGUGGUUGGAAUGGCAACUUCAAUAUAUCUUGUAGAUGAAAAGUUAUAUUGGAACAUGACUUUUGCUGUAAAGCUCUUUUAAAAAUGAAACAGAGCAACACGUGCUUCAAAAAUUAUAAAUCUUUGGUAACCUGAAUCUGUGCACAUGGAGCCGUAUCUCUAGCUUUUCUGUGCAGUAACGAAAGCUGAUUUUCCACCCGCCAGAAGCUAGAGCAUAAGAUAAUUUUAGGACAAAACUAUGUUGUUGUUGUUGUUUAGUCGUUUAGUCGUGUCCGACUCUUCGUGACCCCAUGGACCAGAGCACGCCAGGCACUUCUGUCCUCCACUGCCUCCCGCAGUUUGAUCAAACUCAUGCUGGUAGCUUCAAGAACACCAUCCAACCAUCUCAUUUUCUGUCGUCCCCUUCUCCUUGUGCCCUCCAUCUUUCCCAACAUCAGGGUCUUUUCCAGGGAGUCUUCUCUUCUCAUGAGGUGGCCAAAGUAUUGGAGCCUCAGCUUCAGGAUCUGUCCUUCCAGUGAGCACUCAGGGCUGAUUUCCUUAAGAAUGGAUAGGUUUGAUCUUCUUGCAGUCCAUGGGACUCUCAAGAGUCUCCUCCAGCACCAUAAUUCAAAAGCAUCAAUUCUUCGGCGAUCAGCCUUUUUUAUGGUCCAGCUCUCACUUCCAUACAUCACUACUGGGAAAACCAUGGCUUUUACUAUACGGACCUUUGUUGGCAAGGUGAUGUCUCUGCUUUUAAGAUGUUGUCUAGGUUUGCCAUCGCCUUUCUCCCAAGGAGCAGGCGUCUUUUAAUUUCGUGACUGCUGUCACCAUCUGCAGUGAUCAUGGAGCCCAAGAAAGUAAAAUCUCUCACUGCCUCCAUUUCUUCCCCUUCUAUUUGCCAGGAGGUGAUGGGCCCAGUGGCCAUGAUCUUCGUUUUUUGAUGUUGAGCUUCAGACCAUAUUUUGCGCUCUCCUCUUUCACCCUCAUUAAAAGGUUCUUUAAUUCCUCUUCACUUUCUGCCAUCAAGGUUGUGUCAUCUGCAUAUCUGAGGUUGUUGAUAUUUCUUCCAGCAAUCUUAAUUCCGUCUUGGGAUUCAUCCAGCCCAGCCUUUCGCAUGAUGAAUUCUGCAUAUAAGUUAAAUAAGCAGGGAGACAAUAUACAGCCUUGCCGUACUCCUUUCCCAAUUUUGAACCAAUCAGUUGUUCCAUAUCCAGUUCUAACUGUAGCUUCUUGUCCCACGUAGAUAUUUCUCAGGAGACAGAUGAGGUGAUCAGGCACUCCCAUUUCUUUAAGAACUUGCCAUAGUUUGCUGUGGUCGACACAGUCAAAGGCUUUUGCAUAGUCAAUGAAGCAGAAGUAGAUGUCUUUCUGGAACUCUCUAGCUUUCUCCAUAAUCCAGCGCAUGUUUGCAAUUUGGUCUCUGGUUCCUCUGCCUCUUCUAAAUCCAGCUUGCACUUCUGGGAGUUCUCGGUCCACAUACUGCUUGAGCCUUCCUUGUAGAAUUUUAAGCAUAACCUUGCUAGCAUGUGAAAUGAGUGAAAUUGUGCGGUAGUUGGAGCAUUCUUUGGCACUGCCUUUCUUUGGGAUUGGGAUGUAGACUGAUCUUCUCCAAUCCUCUGGCCACUGCUGAGUUUUCCAAACUUGCUGGCAUAUUGAGUGUAGCACCUUAACAGCAUCAUCUUUUAAAAUUUUAAACAGUUCAGCUGGAAUACCAUCACUUCCACUGGCCUUGUUAUUUGCAGUGCUUUCUAAGGCCCAUUUGACUUCACUUUCCAGGAUGUCUGGCUCAAGGUCAGCAACCACACUACCUGGGGUGUACGAGACAUCCAUAUCUUUCUGGUAUAAUUCCUCUGUGUAUUCUUGCCACCUCUUCUUGAUGUCUUCUGCUUCAGUUAGGUCUUUACCACUUUUGUCCUUUAUUAUGGUAAUCUUUGUACGAAAUGUUCCUUUCAUAUUUCCGAUUUUCUUGAACAGAUCUCUAGUUCUUCCCAUUCUGUUGUUUUCCUCUAUUUCUUUGCAUUGCUCGUUUAAGAAGGCCUUCUUGUCUCUCCUUGCUAUUCUUUGGAAAUCUGCAUUCCAGUACCUGUAUCUUUCACGAUCCCUCGCAUGUUGCUUGCCUUCUCCCCCGCUAUUUGUAAGGCCUCGUUGGACAGCCACUUUGCUUUCUUGCAUUUCUUUUCCAUUGGGAUGGUUUUAGUUGCUGCCUCCUGUAUAAUGUUGCGAGGCUCCACCCAUAGUUCUUCAGGCACUCUGUCCACCAAAUCUAAAUCCUUAAACCUGUUCCUCACUUCCACUGUGUAUUCAUAAGGGAUUUGAUUUAGAUUGUAUCUUACCGGCCCAGUGGUUUUUCCUACUUUCUUCAGUUUAAGCUUGAAUUUUGCUAUAAGAAGCUGAUGAUCUGAGCCACAGUCAGCUCCAGGUCUUGUUUUUGCUGACUGUAUAGAGCUUCUCCAUCUUUGGCUGCAGAGAAUAUAAUCAAUCUGAUUUCGAUGUUGCCCAUCUGGUGAUGUCCAUGUGUAGAGUCGUCUCUUGUGUUGUUGGAAAAGCGUGUUUGUGAUGACCAGCUUGUUCUCUUGACAGAACUCUAUUAGCCUUUGCCCUGUUUCAUUUUGAUCUCCAAGGCCAAACUUGCCAGUUGUUCCUUUUAUCUCUUGAUUCCCUACUUUAGCAUUCCAAUCCCCUAUAAUGAGAAGAACAUCCUUCUUUGGUGUCACUUCUAUAAGGUCUUGUAAGUCUUCAUAGAAUUGGUCAAUUUCAGUUUCUUCAGCACCAGUAGUUGGUGCAUAAACUUGGAUUACUGUGAUGUUAAAAGGUCUGCCUUGGAUUCGUAUCGAGAUCAUUCUAUCAUUUUUGAGACUGCAUCCCAGUACAGCUUUUGCCACUCUUUUGUUGACUAUGAGGGCCACUCCAUUUCUUUUACGGCUUUCUUGCCCACAGUAGUAGAUGUGAUAGUCAUCCGAACUGAAUUCGCCCAUUCCCGUCCAUUUUAGCUCACUGAUGCCCAGGAUGUCAAUAUUUAUUCUCGCCAUCUCAUUUUUGACCACAUCCAACUUACCCAGGUUCAUGGUUCUUACAUUCCAGGUUCCUAUGCAAUAUUUUUCUUUACAGCAUUGGACUUUCCUUUCGCUUCCAUGCAUAUCCACAACUGAGCGUCCUUUCGGCUUUGGCCCAGCCACUUCAUCAGCUCUGGAUCUACUUGUACUUGUCCUCCGCUCUUCCCCAGUAGCAUGUUGGACACCUUCCGACCUGAGGGGCUCAUCUUCCAGCGUCAUAACUUUUAUAUGCCUGUUGUCUUUGUCCAUGGAGUUUUCUUGGCAGGGAUACUGGAGUGGCUUGCCGGUUCCUACUCCAGGUGGAUCAUGUUUGGUCAAAACUCUCCACUAUGACCUGUUCAUCUUGGGUGCCCUGCUCGGCAUAGUUCAUAGCUUCUCUGAGUUCUUCAAGCCCCUUCGCCACGGCAAGGCAGUGAUCCAUGAAGGGGACAAAACUAUAACUUACUAUAAUAGAUGUUGGUUAGCAUAUUUGUUUACAACAUUGUAGGUUGGUUCUUGAGACGGCCUCCAAAGAUAAUAGCCCUAACUUGAUGUCGGCUGUAAUGUUGUAAUCAUUCUUACUGAAUUAGAGUGAUUGCACUGAGUAAUCAAAUUAACCUCUAGCUGCUUUUGUAUAGGUUGAUUAAGACAUACGCUUCAUAAGCAUUUACCUCCUUUGAUGUUUGAUAGCUAUUGAACAGGUACCAUCUUACUGGAUGGAGACUGAAAGAUUAAAAUAAUUACAACAGAGUGCGUAAAAAAGGAAGUGUGGCCAGUACAGAGAAAGAAAUCUGAUUUUUGCAGCGAGUUGGCAAGGAGGUGUAAUGUAGGGACUUCAAGGGCAUGUUAUGGCUUUGAGGGACCUGAUGCUGUCUUAAUGACUAGAGUUGUCUAGGUGAUUCCUGCUGAACCUGGAGUUUCCCACCAUGCUGAAAAGCAGUGCCGGAUUUACGUAUAAGCUAAACAAGCUAUAGCUUAGGGCCCUGCUCUCUUGGCCCCCAGAAAAUUAAAGAAAAAACACACCUGGAUGUACAUUUCCAAAAUAUAAGAUAAAAAGCAAAAUAAAACCUAUAUACAGCAACAGUGUUUUGUGUUGAGUAGGCUCCCAUGAUGUAAGUAAUGGGCCCCGCCUGCUAGCCUGCUCCCUAAAAUAUCACUGCUUUGCUCAUUUCUAUAUACAGUGGUACCUUGGUUCUCAAUCUUAAUCUGUUCUGGAAGUCUGUUCCCAAACCAAAGCGUUCCUAAACAGUGACAAUUUGUUGUUGACAAAGGACAGCUGGACAUAUAAAGGGCCCCAUUACUUUAAGUAGCUUAGGGCCUCAUCAAACCUAAAUCCGGCUCUGCUGACAAGUUAGGAACAUGAACCAAUAUGAACAUGAAGAUGCUAAGAAACAUCCACAAAUCUUUGUUUGCUUUGCUCAGUGAGAGCUCAUUUGUGCUUCAGCAGAGUUUUUUUAAAAAAAAAAUCCCACCCACCUACGCAAUAGAAGAGGACAAAUCUGUCUAAUUAAAAUAUUGCCAUGCAAUUUGCUACUGAGCUCUAUAGGUGGGUUUUCGGGGGGGGGGAGAAUUGAAAUGUUUUGUGGAAAGUAUUACUAUUUAAAGUAGGUUAGUGUGGGUAGUGUAAUUUGGAAUGAAAAAUUACAGCUUUCGCUGGAAAAUUUUCUCAUGCCCUAGAGCAAUGGUUCCCAAACUUUCCUCUCCACAGGCCACUGGAAAAUUGCUAAGGAUUUUAGCAAACCACUAAAUGAAGGUAGCAAUUGUAUCACUCUGUGCUAGACGCUGUAUUAUUUUAGAUGUCUUUUUAUAGCUUCUUUUAUUUAUUUUAUGGUAUUACAAUUUGAAUUCUAAACUGCAGUACAAUAAAAUACAAUACAUAAUUUGAAUUCCACAAAACUCAAACGGUAUAAUACAAUAUAAGAAAUAAAAAACCAGUGAAAUACAAUAAGAUCAAUAUGAAUAUUAAAUGCAUUGGAUGCUCUGUCUCACAUUGUCAGCCACAAAUUCACAGACACACCAUGGACCACGUGAAUGAAGCUCAUGGAUCACAGUUUGGGAACCUCAUGUUAAUUUUUUGUCCCAGUACACUACAGAUAUUCAACCUGAAAUAUUUGAGUGAGGGAAAGUUAAAAACAUCCUUAAUGCGGUGUUAGGUAGAAUCUUUUUGCUAGAAGACUGCUUGUAAAUAUUUAAAGACAUUAGCGUUUACUUCCUUUACAUUGUUUACGUUGAAGAAGAAAAAAAACCUCAGCAACUGAAAACUGUUGAGAUACUAAUAAAUGUUUAGUAACCAAAGAACUGUGCAUGAUAUGCAACUCACAUACUGGUUAGGAUUAAUCACCUAAAAAAAUAUUAGUUACAACUUUGAAACUGCCAAGCUUGGCUAAUAUUGUAUUUGCAACUGACAUUCAUUUAGUCAUUGCUACUAAUGAAGGUAUGAAAAGAAAAUUCUGCAGCAGAAUAAAGCACUGGAGAUGAUAUGUUUUAGAAAUUUUUCAAUGGAAAAUUCUAUGCAUUACGUCACUGCUGUUUGUCUCUGAUAGCAAUUACUUCCCUGGUGAGCGAAGAAGUAGAAAACAGGUAUUCUGCUAGUGCAAGUAGCUAGAAUAUUUGUCCUGAGUGUGGAAAUUAAUGUUCAAAUUCCCACUUCCCCAAGAAGCUCAUUGUGUCUGUCGCCUUGGGCGUGUUGCUAUCUGUCAGCCUAAUGUACUUCAGAAAGUUGCUGUGAGAUAAAAUGGGAACCCCAUGUAUGGUGCCUUGACUUUCUUGUUAAGAAAGGACAAGAUAAACUAUCAUGGCCUCCUUUCCUAUCUGUCUUGUGCUGCCACAGCUAUUACAGGUACACAUCCUAUCUUUUUAAAGAUUGGACCGCCAGUGUAAGUUGUUCAGUGCUUCAGUUCCUGCUUGGAAAAGCCAUGCCACUAAAUUGCACAUGUGGCUUUUCCAUUUCCUGUUUGCUGAAAAUGGCAAGCAAAAGCAGGUUGAAUGCAAUGUGUUGUAUUUCUUUUAAUGGGGAGUAGCUCUUAGGAUACUGAGUUGUAGUCUGUUCUUCAUCUGUUCCUAUUAUUAUUAUUAUUACAGUGGUACCUCAGGUUACAUACGCUUCAGGUUACAUGCGCUUCAGGUUACACACUCUGCUAACCCAGAAAUAGUGCUUCAGGUUAAGAACUUUGCUUCAGGAUGAGAACAGAAAUCAUGCUCCAGCAGCGCGGCGGCAGUGGGAGGCCCCAUUAGCUAAAGUGGUGCUUCAGGUUAAGAACAGUUUCAGGUUAAGUACGGACCUCCGGAACGAAUUAAGUACUUAACCCGAGGUACCACUGUAUUUAUAUACUGCCCUUCAUUAUAAGAUUUCAGGGCAGUUCACAGAAAAAAUACAGGAUAAAAACAAAUAAAGAAUUAAAACAAAAUACGUAGCAAAACAAUGACCCCUCCCUUCCCACAGACACGUUUAAAAGGCUGUGGAAUAUUAAUUAGUCAAAGGCCUGAAGAGGAAGGUUGUCUCCUGGCGCCUAAAAAUAUAUAAUGAAGGCGUCUCUGUGUGUGUAUAUAACCAAAAGCAAGUCCUUCGAUGCCUUUCUGGCUGUUCUUGUGGGACAUCAGAGAACAAUGAAGCAGGGGUUUAACCAUAUUUUUCUGGUUUGGAUAUCAUGGAAAACUGGUUUAACAAGCCAGAAUAUCAACACCAAAGCUGAUUGUUUGAAGGAAGGAGUAUGCACAUGUUGAGACCUAUCUGUAUCUUUUCUGUCCAGUAAUGAAAGGUAAUUUUCAUUAUGCACGUACAGAACUAAAGAGAAUAUGACUCUUUCUGCCUACCUUCUGCUAAAAUGGGCAAGGAAAGAGAGGAGGAAAUGUGCAGACACACAGCUCCCCCCUCCCAAUAUUAUUAUUUUUACUUAUUAAUACAAAGAACAGCAAUUAACAUUCAACCAUUCCAUCACCACCAAGUAUCAAUUUAUUAUAGUAAACUUUUAAGUCCUUUCAGUAUUUAAACAAAGAUAUCAUUCACAAGUUUCUAUGUGCUGUUGGACUCUUGUAACCAUGUUCUAUCGAUGUUUUAUAUGUAGUAAAACUAUGCCACGUUUAUUUUAAAAAGUUGUGUCUUGUUUUUGACCCGAUAAAGCAAACCAAAGUUCUUUUAUUUCAUAGGACAUUCUUGUUUACAAAUAUUGACGAGGCGUACAUGAUUUCCCUUUCUAAAUUAAUAUAAAGAAAUAGGUAUUUGGUUGCAGGCAGAUUUAAGUGUUCCCGGAACAGUGUUGUUCAACUUUUUUAAAAAACCAGUGUGUUUAACUUGUUUUUAAUGCAAAUCAUUUUUUUCUCUACCUUGAUUUAGAUGUAAGGAUUGGUGGAGUAAAUAAAGAAAGCACAUAUGCAAGGUCGAAUGAGGGCUUCUAACCCAUGCGCAAAACCAAAUCCAGAUUUUGUUGCUUGGAUGAUCUUGGCAUGAGGCCACAUAAUGCUUUGUAUUAGAUUUCAGUUUAGUUAGGCCUGUUGGCAUAACACAAAGCUAUGUAGCUGCACCAUUAUUUUCUAGAGUUAGUGGCAUGGAAGGCAUUUGCCUUUUCAAUUGCUUACAAAUGUAAUGGGUGGAAUUUAUGUGAAAUUGCGAAGUUGCCAGAAUAGCCCAACAACCUAAUCAAUCAUGCUUCUCAUACAACUUCUAAAUCAGCCUUUCCCAACUUGGUACAUUCUAGCUGUUUUGGGCUGUUCUGCGCUGGCUGGGUCUGAUAGGAGUUAGUACCCUCCAUCUGUCUUAGACCAAAAGUUGGGCAAGAUUGUUCUAGACUCUAGCUAAUAUUUUUUUGGAAACUGAUACCUUCCCAGUUUUUAUGCAAAGCAUGUUGAUAAAAACCUGUACAUGGAAAUGUAUGUUCAUGAGAUAUGCCUUAUGUUUGUGACUCACACAUAGGAAAAAUUGAGAUGAAUGGGUAGACUUGUAGACUUGAUGUGUAGUUAAUUUGCUUCUUCCUUGCAUGCCAUUUUUAAAAUUAAUUUAUCUUCAGGCCUGGCAUAUUUUUGCUAUAUAUAUAUCUGUGGCAUCACAAUAAUGAUCAUUUUGUCUCAUUUCAAGUUGCUGGUAUAUAUUUUAUUUGGCUUACCUUGAAAAUGGAAAAGUGUGGAUUGUGUGUCUGUUUGAUUCUAAUGUUUUUGGCUCCUAUAAAGUUAUAUUUUUCAUGAUUAUACUAUAGCAAAUCUAUUUGCCGCAGGGAGCUACAGAUCUGGAAUUACAGAUUUCAUAGGCAGAUUUUUACCUUAAAAGAAACUUGAUUAAUGAGUGAUCGAUUUAGGCAUUGGGUCAGGUAGGAGGAUAUAUGGGCCAGAAAGCCUUUUCUUUCCUUUGUGUUUCUUAAGGUUAAAUUCUUUUAUAAAUUGAGUUGCAAAUGAAUGCUGUAUAUCUGGUAGAAAUGAAAGAUGAAUUGAUAUAAUUAAAGAAAGGCUGUUCUAAGAGCUUCUGCUAAAUGAAUUCUCAAAGAAGAGCUGCGGUUUCCUGAAGUGAAAAAUUAACAAGAGAGUGCUCUUUGCAUUUUAAUGGUGCAUAGUACGGUAGAAUAGUUAGCUGAAGCCAAAGGCAAGCACUGCAAUAUUUUGAAGGUGGGAAUGGAGGGUGCCUGUACUUUGGUUUUCAGUUCUGUCUGUUACAAGAUACUGAAACAGACAGAUAUUCUAGAUUGCAUGUAUUUUUGGAGCAUUCUGCAUGCUGGUGUUUCUAUGUUUCAGUAGUAUCCCUGCAUCUCUUCAAGUCCUCUGUUUUAUUCUGCAGAGAGAAAUGGUAUGGGAACUCUAACCAAUUAAUUUCUGAGCAAUAAGCAGUGCUUUGGAUCCUGACCUGAGAAUAGCAUUAAUGGGUCUUCUACUAUUUUCUGUGGAGAAAUACUGUCAAUUAACUAUCCAACAAAUAUGAUAUAUACGAUGGAUAAACAUGUCAUAUGUUUUUCUUUCACUGUUCUUAUGACUUGUUCCAUUUCUCUGAUUUGCAAGUUGGGUAUUGUUUAGGGGAGAAGAACCAACAUACUGUACAGACCCAGAAUUUUAAAGAAGAACCAAGGAAUAAACAGUUAGUGUUUGCAUAGCAAUUGGAAGGAGAAUGAUGUAAGGCAGAGGUAACUAAUGAUGAUUACUGUUUUCCCAAUCAAUCUCUUUUGGGCAUAUUGCUGUUAAUGGCUCACCAUCUGAAUCAUAAAUGUAUGUAUGCAAAUCCUUUAAGGCUCAUGGGUGAUGCUCAAGCUACUUACAAACACAGGACCAAUAUAGAAAAGGAUUAAAGAUUUAUCAUAUGUUGUUAUUGGCCUUUAUUGGCAUAAGUUUAAACAAUAAAAUCAUAGAAAGUCAUCCAAAUACAUUGAUAAUCCAAACACUAGAUAGCCACCAUUGAAUAAAUCAGGCAACUUUAGCUUUAGCUUUAAAUACCCUGAAACAAUCUUGGUAGUUUCAGGAGUAUCAUCCCUCAACAAAUAUUGGAUUACAGAUUCUUUGUGAAUCGAUAUUUUAAGCUGUAAAGGAGUCACUAGGAGAUUUCUGUGAAGGGUGUCGAGAAGAGGGCAAUCCAAAAUUAUGUGGUGUAUUGUAUCUGGUGUUUUCUUAUUACAGGAGCAGCAUCUGUUCUGGAAGGGGAUUUUUUUGAAAUCUUCUGAACAAAACAGAUGAAGGGAAUGCAUUUAGAUGAGAUAGCAUAAAGGCUCUGCGAUGCAAUGGAGUAUCUAAAUUGUAAAAGUAAUUACCGUAUAUACUUGUGCAUCAGCUGACUUUUUCAGCACAUUUUUUAUGCUGAAACCCCCCCCCCCCCUCGGCUUAUACUCGAGUGAGGGUCCCACUUACCCGGGGUCAGCAAACUUUUUUGGGUUGACCGUCCCCCAGACUGUGUGGCGGGCCGGACUGUGUGUGUGUGUGUUUGUGUGCGCGCGCACACACACACACACUGGAGGCAGAUUCUCUCUCCCCCCAGCCUACCUAUGGUGCGAGAGGCGGCGGCGACAGGACCAGUGGCAAGAAAGGGCUGGUUGGCUUCAGAGGGGUGCUGCCCACCGCUCUGCCAACUGCGGCUUGUGCCUGCUCUUGUGAGCGGCAGAGGUGAGCGGCGGAGGGAUGAGUGGCCCGAAAGCAGCCCUUUCUCACCGCUGGUCCCACCGGCGCCGCCCACCUCUCGCAAGGGCAGGCACAGGAGCUGCGGAUGGGAGAGGCGCUGCGCUGUGCCUCUCCCAAACACGGCUCCUAUGCCUGCUUUUGCGAGCAGCAGAGGUGGGCAGCUGCAGAGGAGAUGGGAUGAGCGGCCCGAAAGCGGUUCUUCUUUUCUCCUGCACCCUGGCCGCCUCUGUGUUGUCUGUGCCGUACUGGGUAAGAACCUGCCCGCUUCUGUGUGCUGGUACCUGGGGCACACCGCAUCCUUGUCAAAUGAAUGUCAGAUGCGGCCGCUCUUCUUCUCCUGUUCUCCAGGGCUGUGACCAAUGACGUAGACUUUACAGUCUUACCUGUGCUUGGUCACGCCCCCUUGCUCUGCCCAAGCAUUGCUGAAUACAAGUAUAUCUCUGGUCUUGGAUAUACAGUACGUUUAUUUACAGUACUCAGUCUGCUAUAUUUUAUUUUUUAUUUUCUUAUUAACCCCUAUCUAGACCCAGUGUUGACUAUGCUUGCAUAGAGCAGCCUGUGUUAGGGCUCUGGAAUUACAGUGGUACCUUGGUUCUCAAACAGCUUGGAACCCAAGCACCCCUCAAACCCAGAAGUAAGUGUUGUGGUUUGCUAGCUUUUUUUGGAACCCGAACAUGCUCUGUUUUGAGUGUUACGCUUCUGAUUUGAGUGCCACAUUUCCAUUUUGAGUGCCACUCUUCUGUUUUGAGUGUUACACUGAGGUCUCUGUUUUUGCAGUUUAUUUUGCGUUUUUGCUUCUGUGGUUUGUUUUGUUUUGUUUUUGUUACUGUGUGGAACCCAGUUCAGCUACUGAUUGGUUGAUUGUGUGACUACAGUACAUUGUUUAUUGCUUUCAUUUUAUGGAUCGAUUGUCUCAUUAGAUAGUAAAAUUCAUGUUAAAUUGCUGUUUUAGGGUUUUUUAAAAAAAGUUUGGAACAGAUUAAUCCAUUUUGCAUUACUUUCUAUGGGAAAGUGUGCCUUGGUUUUGGAACACUUUGGUUUUGGAACGGACUUCUGGAACGGAUUAAGUUUGAGAACCAAGGUACCACCGUACUUAUUGAAGGCUGCUUUAGAAAUUAAUUAAAUAAACAAAUAUAAAUUCUAAGAAUUAUUUCUAAAAAUGAAAUCCUCCCCCCCCCCCAACUAACAUUUAAGGCCUUUGCUGAGAUAUACAGAAUAAUUGUUGAAAUUUGGACCCUACUGUUUGCAUUCUACAGGCAGUCUCUCAGAGCUUGCUGCUAAAUGAUAUAGAUGACAACAAAAACUGGCUGUGGAACAGGGCUAUAAAAUUAUGCAUUGGAUAGUUCAGUAUGUGCUUCUGUUAUACUACUGGCACAGGACAAUAUAUUUUGUUUUCCAAAAGCAAAGCAGUUAGAUUGGUGAGAUUUAAACCAUCUGGACACUAGAUUAAAUUGUCCAAGGAUUAUGGGAAUAUUUGCAGACGUGCUGUAAAAGCUAUGAAGUAGAACAGAUUAUUCUGUACAUAGCAAAGAGAAAAAUCUAUUAUAUAAAGGAAUUUGGCUGUAAAGUCUUCUGAUGAAUUUGAUUUAGUGAGUCAGAUGUCCAUAUGCUUUUCCUGUCAGAGAGAAUUCUUGAUUGAAAUCUGUAGUAUGUGUUUUGUUUUUAGAAUACACAGAUCAGCAGUUUUCAAUUAUAAUCUGAUAUCUAGUUCAAUGGCUCAUGCUACUAUAUGCAGUAAUAUACAAUGAGGCUCUGUGCUCUCCUUUUGACAUUUAUGAAACAACCUGCUGCUGGCUGAAUGCUGCUUUGAUCUGUGCAUGAUAUCCUAGAUACGGAUGAUAAUGUUGUUUGGCUGGAUCAGAUGUUCUGCAUGGGAAAAUGAGAAGAGCAGAUGAAGAAGUGCUAGGCUGUUGAUAAUUUCCGUAUUCCAGAUUCACAAAAGUAUCAUCAGAUGAACUCCUACUUGGUGUUCUGUCUAUUCCUGCUCCUUAUGGAUGACAGCUGUUAAAAGAAAUUGAAACUGGAACUUUUCAAAAAUGUCACUGGUUAUGAAACUGAAUAUGCUUGUGCUGUAAGCAACAUUUCAUUUUAAAUGGUAAAAGUAUGCUGUCAGUAAAAAUAAUGUAGUCUUGAGAAACAUGUCCUUGUACGACUUCUAAGUAUUUAGUAAUCAGUCAGUUUGAAACUUAACGCUUCCUGCCUCUUCCAGAAAAUUCCUGUUCCUUGUAGAUCCAAGUGGUAUUUUGAUUCUGAUGUUGUUUAACAUUAAUUUAGACAGCAUGGAAGAGAUGUUGGCCCUGUUGAGAGAUGUUACAAUCCAGAAGCUCAUUCUGGAGCACUUACUGUAUAUUUUGAUCACAUAUUUUGUACUUGCAGUCAGGAUGGCUAAAGUGUAGUUGAAAGCUGUUGGCUCUCUUCCCAGUUCCUGACACUGAGUUUUCGUAUAUUCAACUUUUUGUUUUUGAGCACUCUUGUGAUCAAAUUUUCCAUGAAUUCUUCUGAAUUCUUAACAUGAAUCUCUACCUGCCUUGGCCAAAACUUUCUUAGCCACAUUGCACUGACUGUGAACCCAGCCAAGUUGUGUUGAUUGUGUGUAGUUAUUAAUUGUAAAGGUAAAGGGACCCCUGACCAUUAGGUCCAGUCGUGACUGACUCUGGGGUUGCGGCGCUCAUCUCGCUUUAUUGGCCGAGGGAGCCGGCAUACAGCUUCCGGGUCAUGUGGCCAGCAUGACUAAGCCGCUUCUGGCGAUCCAGAGCAGCGCACGGAAACGCCGUUUACCUUCCGGCCGGAGCAGUACCUAUUUAUCUUCUUGCACUUUGAUGUGCUUUCGAACUGCUAAGUUGGCCGGAGCUGGGACCGAGCAACGGGAGCUCACCCUGUCUCAGGGAUUUGAACCGCUGACCUUCUGAUCGGCAAGUCCUAGGCUCUGUGGUUUAACCCACAGCGCCACCCGUGUUGUAGAAAUUAUCAAAUAGGGCCUGAGAUCUGUGACAAUUUGCUGGAAGGCAUCAACAAGAUUUGCUCAUAAAAAGUUGACACAAUUUUGUCAGAUGACAUUGUCUCUUGAAUAUUGCUGCUCAAUCUGAGAUCAUUUCAGUAUUUUCAUGGCCUGUAUGUAUCCACACAGAUUUGGUUGUUUGGUUGGUCUAUUCUAAGACACAGAGUCACUGUUCUAACACUUCAAAGUUGUUCACAAAAGUGAAAAAUGUGAUCAAUAGCACUUCCAACACGUUUUUUCAUGCAAGCCUUAGGCAUGAACUGGGUUUAGGGUAGAGAGAGAAAAAAUUGUUAGACCUAGGCCAGUAGCUAUCAAUUUCAGCUCCUUAUCUGAAAAAUACAAGUAUUAAUUAAUUAGUGAAACAAAGAAGGUAAGGCUUGUAAGGCAACCAAACUAAAUAAAGAGCAAACCAUAUGCAAAAUCUGUAUAGUGAGAGACAGACUCUAUAUGAAAACCUUAAAAAAAAAAAAUUAGGACCGAAAGUUUCAAGUGGUUUCAGUCUUCCUGAGAUCCAGUCUGCCCAGUUGGUUGGUACAAAGUGCUCUUCUAAAAAUACAAAACAAGAAGUGAAUUGUAUGUCUUUUUAAAAACAGUAUGUGAAUUCCUGGCUUAUAGUUAGGUGGACUAUAGGAUUUCUCAUGCGUAAAUUAACAAUGUUCCAACUUUGGAGAAGACUACAGGAGAUUAACUUCUGGCUUAUUCCUGAGUGAGUGAACUGCACUUGUGUGCUUAGAUUUAGACAUUCACUUGAGCAGCGCUCAGAUUGGCAGGUUACCAACGCUGCAUAUUGUAUUUAUUUUGUUUAUUUGCUUGAACAGGUUUUCAUAUGAGAGGCCCUAAGAGAGACUUACUGAAAGAAAAAGUGGAAUAAAAAAAACAUGCAGGCUGAAGAAUAAUUAAAUGGGAAGGACUCUUCUUCCAGAUGAAGAGAAAGUGUGCCCUACCCUGUUUUGUUUACAAAGAUUUUUUUGAAUUUAAAGAACAAAACGGGACUAUUAAUCUCAGAUGGAAAACCAAGAGGAGCCCAUUUUUUAAAGUGCUAAAAUAAUACAUAGAAUUUAAAAACGUAUUGAGUUUUGACUUAUUAUAUAUAAAUGAAUUCAUUCCUAAGUAUCCUUUCCAAUCAUAUCCGUAUGUAUUUCAGUAGUUAAAAGAAGAUCACAUUGUGGCUAAUCCUAAACUAAAUAAUCACAGACCUUUUAGAGAUGUUUUAGAAUUAUAUUGGACUAUAAUCUUACGUACUUUAAAAGGAUCCUGUACAUAAAUGCAGCCACAAACUUCUUGGUCUUUGUGGAGACCAUGCUCUAAUAGCAUCUCCCUUUCUUUGUACUCCCUCCCUUUCUCAACCAGAGAUAGAACUAUUGAGAAAUUGCUUUUGGCUCAUCAUCAGAGAGCAUCAAUCACUAAGGGUGGAAUUCAGUGUUGUGCUAAUGCGAUAGUUCUGUCACUGCAAGCGUUACCUGACAGAAUGACAUCCCCUCUGCUCGCCCAUGUAGUAUUCUGAGGGUUCUCCUGACCCUCCAGAACAGAUUUUGGGGGGGUGUGCUAGCAGAAGUCCUUGUACUGUUAUCUUCUAGCACAUCAGAUUAGUUGAAUCUGGUUCUCUGUUGCCACUUCAGAUGCUGCAGCACAGAUAAACUUGUCCCACUGAAGUUAGAUUAGCAUUGUAUACUGAGGAAAUGGUCAUAAGCUCUUGUCUCAUUUGUCCACGAAGACCUAUAACUUCAAUUUUGCAAAUAAUCCCUGGUGCCUUACUGUGCUUCUAUUAGUUAUCUUAAGGUCAGUGCCAUGGUAUCCCAGAAACUCAUUUAGUAGUCCAUCAGUGACUUGUUCAAGAAGUGCCUUGCAUGAUCUGCUCUUAGGCAACCUACAAACCUUCUUUCCAUAACAGAGUUAUGUAUUGACUGGAGUACUGACAUAAUAGCACCAGUAUGUGUGAAUUAAGUUUAUAACACUGAAGUGUUAGCUAAAAGUAAAUGUGCCCCUGUUCAGGUUCCAGUCACCAAAUUUUUCUGGACUUUCUCAGCAUUCUAUAAACUGUAGAGGGAUCAAGCAUGACACAUCAUUUUACUAAGCUCUGGUUUUCCAUUUUUUGUUCCAUUGGCCCUAGAGGCCACUGACCACAUUCAGUUUUUAUUGGUAUGGUGCCUCCCCCCUUUUUUAAAAUGCUUUUUAUUUUUGCAUACUUUGGGAACAUCAGUGAUGAUCUCAAUUGACCAUAGUAUGCUUCUGAAGCAUUUCAGGGAGGUGGGGGUUGCAGGCACUGAACUUCAGUGGUUCCACCCCUACCUCCAGAGUCGUUUCCAGAAAGUUGUCAUGGGAGCACCAUGGGAAUUGUCCCACGGGAUUCUAUCUUCCCAUUUAACAUCUAUAUGAAGCCUCUGGGAGCUGUCAUCAGAUUUGAAGUGUCAUCAGUGUGCAGAUGACAUCCAGCUCUGUCUCUCUGUUCCAUCUGAAUCAGGAGAGGGAGUUCAGGUGUUAGACCAGUGCUUGGAGGUGGUGAUGGGUUGGAUGUGGAUCAAUAAACUGAAGCAGAAUCCUGAAAAGACAGAGGUAUUAUGUGUUCCAGAUUCUCAUGGCUGGGAGGUGGCCUCCCCUGGAUGGGGUUGCACUCCCCUGGAAGGAGCAGGUUUGUAGUUUGGGGGUGCUCCUGGCUGAUGACCUCUGUGUCUAGGAGUACCUUUUCCAGCUCUGGUUGGUUUACCAGCUACCAGCUUGCCUUUGGGAAAGAGAUAAUUUGACCACUGUACUCCAGGCUCUGUUAACUUUCAGAUUUGAUUUUUGCAGUGUGCUCUAUGUGGGGCUGCCCUUGAAGAUGACUUGGAAACUUCAGUUGGUCCUAAUUGCAGCCACCAGGUUACCGGCUGGGGUUCCAUUUAGAUCUCAUAUAACCCCUUGGUUAUAUAACUGCGCUUGGUUGCCAGUUCAUUUCUGGGCUCAAUUCAAGGUGUUCAUAUUAGUGUUUAAAACACUAAAUGACUCAGGCUUCUUUACAGACCCUCCAGGGUGCUGAAAUCAGCAGAGGGGACCUCUUGAUAGUCCUUCCACCUUCAGAGGCUCAUGGUGUGGUGGCCCAGGAGAGGGCACUCUCUGUGGCAGCCCCAAAGCUGUGGAAACCCACCCCAGAGGUACACCUGGCAUUUUUAUUAUACAGCUUCCGGUGAAUGCUGAGGAUGCACAUUUUACCCUGGCUUUUGGCACUUGAGAUAUAUAGUUUUAGGACCCACCUUAUUUUGGGGAUUGUAAGUUGUUUUAAAUAGAGUUAAAUAUUGUGUUUUAUCUGCCCCAGGACCUUGGAGUGAAGGGAGGGUAAUAAAUAAAUAAUAAUUAGAUUUUUUUUAAAAAUCCACUUGUUCUGCAUCUGACAUAUGCUGGCCAAGAUGCUGACUUCUUAUAAUUUUUCAGAACUGUUGGCUCAGUGAGGAAGGAAUGACAAGUUUUAAGCACUUUAAGAUAACAUGGUUCAUACUGUUAAGAUAGCUUGACCUUCCAUUAUCUCCUCGACCCCUUUCCAGCGCUAUACCUUUUGCUUUAACAUCAUCAGUGCAAUUGGGUUUUUCUCUUAAUAAAUAGCAAUCAAUCUUGAUGUCAUGUGUUUACAGUUUUCCAGUGCAGAGGCUUACGUUAAUGAACGUGAUCAUUUACACAGUGUCACUGUAGUAUUGGCAUGCUAAAUAAUUUAGCAGGCUGUGGCAGGUAGAUAGCUGUGUAGUGUCUCUGUUACUAUGGCAAUACAUUUCCUUAAUGCAAAUAUUAGUCAUUCUGACUAUGUGGAUCUCUAGACUCAGGAAAUUUAUUGGUGAGGAUGGAGAAUUUAGCCUGGAGUGAUUCAUUUUCCGUGCUGGCUCAGUGUUGAGUCUGGUUCUGGUGAGCCAAAUUUGCUUGAUAGCCAUAAAUGCAGACAGCAGGUAGCCUAUAUUCAGAAUAACCUUCUUAAUCUUUCACUCUUUUUUAAAAAAGCCACUUCCUACCCUUGGCAAUAAUGGUUUUCUCUAUUUACUUUGUCGACAUUAGAUGUAAAUUGGUGACAGUGAAACAGGAAGGGAUGGAGAGCAGGUUUGGUGGACCUUUCAGCCUCAACACCAUAUCUGAUUAAAUUUUCAUUUAAAACUUCUACAAAUGGGUGACUUACAAAAUACAGUUGUACCUCGGGUUAAGUACUUAAUUCGUUCCGGAGGUCCGUACUUAACCUGAAGCUGUUCUUAACCUGAAGCACCACUUUAGCUAAUGGGGCCUCCUGCUGCCGCCGCGCCGCCGGAGCACGAUUUCUGUUCUUAACCUGAAGCACUAUUUCUGGGUUAGCGGAGUCUGUAACCUGAAGCGUAUGUAACCUGAAGCAUAUGUAACCCGAGGUACCACUGUACUUACAAAAUCCAGUGAGCAAGGCCCCUAUCUUCAGGUUUGUUGCCAAAUAAACUUAAGGCAUUUAGGAAAGAUUGAGAUUUUCAUUAUAUAUGGUUUCAGCAGUUUCCCCAAACUGCUGAAACCAUAUAUACUGAAAAUCUCAAUCUUCAAACUGCUAUGUGACCUUUCCUAAACAAGUAUAAUACAGAAUGGUGAUGGUUAAGACUUCCUGCUGACACUUCGGUGCCCUGGUUUUGUCCAUCACAACAUAUAAGAAGUGGUGCUUUUCUAACAGUGCAAUUCUAUGCAUGUUUACUCACAGUAUAGCCUUCUGAGUGCGGUGGGAUAUACUUCUUCGUAAGUGACUAUAAUAAAGCAGGCUUAAGCUUCCUGCUUGUCCAUGGAGCUUGUGUUUCUUUUUAGUCUUGUAUCUCUUUGGGGUUUUUUCCUUGAAUUGCUGCCUGCCCUGUUUUCUUGCCUACUACAUGUUUUCCCUAGUUUUCCUGGGCUAGGUCCUAUCUUGUUUUUGUUUCCUUUUUUUACUUGGGAUGUGAUUUAUACUCAUCCCUGCCUUGAUUCUGUGCAGACUCUUUAAGAACAGAAUCUCAUGAAAGUAUAAAUAUUUCUAUAUGGAUGGUCUUAAUCCUAUCUGGCUGCUAGUUUUCGCCCCUGAAUCUUGCUUACAUCAUGUCUUCUGGCCUUGGGCCAUGCUUCUAUGUUUCUGCGACCUCUCUGCUGACUACUGCAUCUACUCACAUCCUGGACUAAAAAUAUUAUUCCUAGGAAAGACCAUGUCUACAAAAGACACAGCUAACCUCCCCACCCCACUAAUUAAUCUUUUUUAAAAAUAAUUGUUCUAAUUAUUCAUAAAAUAAUCACAGGCCACUCACUCUUUCUAACUGACCUACCUUACAAGGAUAAAAGGAAUUUAGAGUGAAAGAAGCAGUGUUGGCUGCUUGGAGGGCAGAAGGGGAUUAAAAUAUAAUGUAUUUUCUGAUAUAAUAUUCUGAAAGAGCAAAGCCACACAUGAACUACUAGUAAUAAGAAACCAAACAUUAUUCGGUUGUAUACACGGUAUAUGCUGUUCUGUAUUCUGUAUAAUAAUCUUGGGCAUUCUUAGCAAAUACUUUUAGCAAGACACUGUCCUCCCUCCCUCCCUUCCAAUAACUGCUCCAUUUAUUCAAGCAAUAGUUGCACAAAUAAGCAUGAUUCUAAUAUACUGUUCACUUGAUAAAGUUUAAUGUUAUCCUUUGAAAUUAAACUUUUCAAGCAUUAUUAAUAGUGCUUAUAAUAAAGGUUACUGUGAUUUGAAAUUUAACAUUAAAACGGAAGUGAUUGCACUCUAGGCUUAACAUUGAGAGAAGGUAUAUGUGCAUAUUUAACCAGCAUAAUGAAUUGCAAGUUUCACUUAUUAGUUCUAAACAGAGCUGUGCGCUGCUUGUAAUGGUCCAAUAAUCUGCUGCUACUGUCUCCUGAUACAGUAAGGAGAUGGGUGCCUUAACAAACAUUGUAUUCCUUUAUUAAAUUUAAAGCUUCUUCUGGGGUAGUUAAUGUUAGUGGGAUCAAUGAACUUAUGAACAGCAUAACUCCUGGGUAAGCAUUCAUGUCAUUUUCGGGUUGCCAUAUUUUGAAGAGCCAAAAAGACACAUUUGCCGACUUCUACUUUUGACUAUGGAUCGCUAUUGUGAAUGCCAUUUUACAUACCCAUGUAAAAGACGACGUAUGGCAACCCCGUGUCCGUUCAACUUGCAUGCAUCCUGGAUUGCCUCAGAUUCGAAACUUGCCAGCAUUCAUGAGAAAUGGUUGUUCUGUACAGAUGGGAGUAUUAGGUGGAUAUCCACAGAUUUACGAAUUCACAUGCCAGCUUGCUAAGGGCAAGUAUCUUCAGACAAGGAGGCCACCCAAUAUAUCAUAGAGCCAAUAUGUAACAGAGCCAGUUGCAUUUAUACAGGACUUGUAUUCUGAUUUUGUUUAAUAGUUGUUUCCAACAGAAAUGAACUCUUGUGCCAUUGGAAUUUGUAGUGCCUCCAAGUAAUGAGGUACCGUGUCCUUGAAUUACAACCAAUUUGUGCCCUAACUCUCCUAACACUCCUAGGCUGGUUUACAAGUACAGCAGUUGCUCAAAUUUAUUUUGUCUUGACCAGCAUAUUUUAACUUACUUUCAGAUAAAACCCUGUUAAAAGCUAUUGGACAGUAAUUCUCCUAAAGACAAUAGAACAAAAGAGCAUAUAAUAUUAUCCAGCGGUGACUUUCACCUGAUGGAAGGGAAUCAACUGGAACAAGAAAGGAGGCAAUUUUCAGCAAUGUACCAUACCUCUAAAAUUGCCUCCAAAUGAAUCUUAAGGGUUAAACUGUUCUUUUACACAAGUAUUCCAAUGCCCCUUUAAAAAGUGGAAGUGUGUAGCAGUCCUGCACAUCUUACAAUUGUGAACAUUGUUAAAAAUUAAAUGCUUUUUGGCUAUUUGUUAAAGAUGCAAUUAAGAUGGUACUAGAUAACAUUUUUUUGUGCUUUCAAGAUAGAUACAUGUGCUAUGCCUCUACAGCAGACUUGUCCAUGGUCCUCCAGAUAUUGUUGGACUCUCUCAUCACACCUGAGCAUCAGCCAUGUUUAUCUGGGACUGAUGGGAGUUUGAAUCCACCUUUCAACCCAACUCUCAUAAAAAGUAAAGAGAGACAGAAACUUUGGAUUCAUGUCACCCAAACCCAGUAGAUAUUGUUGUUGGUUGUUGGAUGACCAAGAUGGAGAGUAAUGCCACAAAUCUUUACAGGAAUCUGAAACCAAUUAAACCCAGCUUCCUUUCUUAGUUGGAGUGUGAAAGAAACUCCAUUUCUUAUAUCAAUAGUCUAAGUGGCUGAUCAGACAUUAUUUAGAGGCUAGCUUUGACAUGCAGUGCUAGUGUGGAGACUCUACGAUUUUAAGACCAAGGGCACAAGCACCUAGGUUAUGGGGUGGACAAUCUGAAACAGUAGGGCUUAUGUGGAUACAGAAAGCAGUGGAAAGAACUUGAAGAGGAACAUAUCCAAAGAUGAAUGUGAGACAAUGUGAAGAGAAAGAGAGUUUUGACAUGCACAUGUGUUUUCCUAACCCCUGUGGCACAGUAUUUCUGAAUUUAGAUUUAUUUGUGAAAGAAUUCAUGCAGUUACUUGUCUUAUCCUCCUAGGGGCUGCUAUUUCCUUGCAAAAUCUGUGUGUGCUUGCUGCUUUAUACUUGAAUGUGUUGGAGAAAAACAUUUCACUGAAAAUGUGAACCAAAUUGUAAUUCAUUUUAAAGCAGGUGCAGUGGCUCAAAUUGGUGGAUGAAACCCCCCCCCCCCAUAAACAAACUUAGUAUUUUGGUAAAAGGACAUACCUUAUGCAAUUGAGUCUGCAGAACUGUAAUCUUGGUUUGCACAAUAAAUAUUCCUCAGCAGUUGUGACUGAAUAAAUUGAAAGGAUUUUUGAUUGCUACUGUGUUUGAAUAUCACAAUGAACCAUGGUUUAUCAGGAUGGGAACAGGUUACAAUGAACACAUGUUUAACAGGAAACAGCUGUGAGGAAGAGUUAAGAUUGCAAUGGAAGACAAAAUAUUGCGAUGUGGUGAAGAAAUGCAAAGAGUCUUGUGGCACCUUUAAAGUGAACAUAUGUAUAAUUGAUUUUUUUUUUGUCAAUCCAUUUGAUCAGCCUCAUGAUGAAGUAGACUGUAGUCCAGUAGUCCAUGAAACUUUACUUCAUAAUAAAUUUGUUAAUCUCUAGAAGAGCCAUACAACUCUUAUUUUUGGUCUGUUGCAGCAAAUGCAACAAUCAUGCAAACCUUUCUGGAAACUCUGAAGGGAGGCUGUAAUCCACAUUCUAUUUAGUUUCAAAAUAACUGGGAAUCUAGUGUACAGAAGGGAAUUCCUCUGUUUUUGUUCUGGCUCUGAAUAAGUGAAAACACUCUGCCCCUCUGUGAUAAAGUUGAAUUUACUUGUUAAAACAAUCCCACUCAGUAGAACACUUAUUGAGAAGAAAACAUUUUCUCUCAUUGUAUUCUUGCUCACCCUGCCACUGUCCAGAUCACUCCUUGUUAAAUUACCUGCCUCUUUCCUUCUCCAAAUAUUUCUGGUUGCACUUAGCUCAUAUGAGAAUCUAUUAUAGUAUAAAAGAACACCAUCUCCCUGAAUAGAUGAACUGUAUACUCUCAGAACUUCCAUCUAGUCGGAACUGAGCUUUUUUAUUGGUCUUCAUCCAACUCAUUACUGAUUCCAGGCACUGGUUCAGCACAUUCACUGCCUCACGUUAAUCUGACAAAGAGAAAUAGAGCUGGGUGCCAUCAGUAAAUUGAUAAAAUCUCCCCCCAAAUUUCAGAAAGACUUAUCCCAGCAAUAUCUUAGAUGUUAAAGAGCACAAAGGACAAUACAGAAUCCUGUGGAAAUCGAUAGCGCCAUCAGUAGUGCCAGUAUCAACUGCAGAAAUGGUCCUCCAAGAUGAGAGCAGAACUCCCAUCAGGCCCAGCAAGCAUGGCCACAUGUGGAAGGCCAAAGGUUCUCCACACUUGUAUUAGAGAGACAUAUGGAAUUAGUUGCAGAAUGGUUUUAUGAUCUAACCAAAUGUUGGCUGUGCCAUUCGCAGCAAACAAUUUUGCUGCGAAAAGUUAUUUUGGGGGGAUUAUUAGCAUGAUAAGGCAGUUAAUAUUUACUUCCCAGCAGUUGUAAAGGUCUUUUGGUUUGUUCAUAAUGUCAAGCACAUUUCUGAAAUCAGCAUAAUUUGUCUUAAUUUCCAUACUUGUUAAGCAGCACAGUAAUUAAGGUGGACCACUAUAUAUGGAGCAGGAGUCCUAAGAUGUAUUACUUGGGUAGCAAAACACAUCCCUCACCCAUUCCCAUUAAUUGCUCUGAAAUGCAAAGAACCAGAUAACACUGCUAGCACCAUGUGCUACAACCGAAUUUGCAAUCAAUCAAUCAAUCAAUCAAUCAAUCAAACAAAUAAAUAAAUAAAUAAAGUUUUGUCUUGUCUGUGGAGUCCAAGAAUCUAACUCUUGUUAGUCUGUUGCAGCACCUUCGAUUAAUGAAUUUAUUGUUGCAUGGCCAUGUGUGUGGUCAGUUUCAUGGGCUAUGAAGCUGAUUUAUUCAAUAAAAGUUUGUGAUAAACUAUGACACAACAAGCAAAGAUUUUGUGAAAUGAAAUCCUGGCUAUUUCUCCUGGCUGUGUGGGAGGAGAAUGAAGAGCAGGGGAGCACACUAACCCAAGGCUUGGCUCAGGCUCAUUAUAACUAGUGCAAAAACAUGGUUUCCCAUUAUGUGUGAAUGUGACCAGGAUGGUGGUAUGCUGUCAUUUAUCUGACCAAAAUGAUGCAUUGAUUACAUGUAGGAACUACUCUUUAUUUUCAUGGCAUUUUACCAUUGGUACAAACCACAGUGUGGGCACCCUGUGCUCUUUCACAUCCUGUAAUUUCACACAGUUUGCUCUUACUAACAACAGCAACAACAAAAAAGGUCGUGUUUCUGAAUGAAUAGCUGUUUUUGUCAGAAAUCUUUUUAAAAGGCCCUCAACCUUGCAUAUGUAUUCAGCUUUUGUUGUUAGUAUUGCUUAGUUACCAAGGAUAAUAUAGGAAAAGGCAUGAUGUAUUUUCACGUGUACCAAAUUUAGCUUUAAUUUGCUUUUGUGUUCUUCCAAUUAGUAGCUCCCACAGAAGCCUAUCGAAAGCUCUUUGCCUUUCUAAGCCAAGGACCCCAUUCUAGUUAUAAACAUCCUUCACCAUACUUUUCCCCCCAGGGGAGGAAUGAUAACCUUUCCCACAACAUACUUCUGACUAUGGUGUGCUGCAAAGAGCACAGAAUCAAGAAAUGAUCACUUUGUCAGAAACAUGGGUUAAUCUAGUAAAACAAUAAAGUAUGUAAGAGGAACCUUUCUGGAUCAAACCAAAGGCCUGUCUAUCUAGUUCAGUAUCCUGUAUCCCAUAGUGUCCAACGAGAUGUCUAUGGGAAGCCCACUAGCAAGAGAUGAAUGCAAUAUCCCUCUUCUGCUGGUUUCCGCCAGGGAUAUGUAAUACUGUAAAGAAGUGAGAAGAUGCAGACUUGUGUUGCAAGAGAUCCAGGGCCAUGUGUAUAAUAUCACAUUAUUCCCAGUACAUCUUUUAAAAUCUAAGUUGCUUUACAUUGCUGUUAAAUCCCAUAUGUUUUUUUCUUUAUGAAUUUUGAUUUUGGUUUCUUUGCAGAUCAAAGAUGCUCUCCAGACUUGACACUUGUGAUGCAGUGAUCAGCAGCAGAAGAGAGCAAAGGAAAUUGAAUAUGGCCUCAUAGAAUUGAACUUUGGAGAGUUUAUGAUGUCCACAGGUGCGAGUGGCAGGAAAAAGCAUCAGGCUGUGAGCCUCGAAGGAGUUGACCCAGAAACCUGCAUGAUAGUGUUUAAAACUCACUGGGCACAGGUAAAGUAGCUCAGGGAAGCUUUUCUUCAAUUGGUUUUUAAAGUUGGUUGCACUGGUAAGAAUCCAUUCCAAAACAACAACAAUCAAGAAACAACAAAAAGAUUGGAAGUUGGGUUUAACUGCCAAUACACAGCAUGCAGUCUGUUCCCUAACACUCAAGUGCAUUUUCUGUUCUUGUUCUGGAAAAUGGUAGAAUCUUGCUCCUCCAUUAUUUAGUUAACAUCACAUGUAAUAAUAAAGUGGCAUAGCUCUGUUUGAUGGAUAGGCUAGAGAAAGAGCUGGGAGAUUUAGAUUUAAUGAAAGGAGAUAAAAUUUAGAAUAUAACUUUGAAUUAUCAUGCUUUGACGGUCCAGUGGAUUUUAAAGAUAAGGCUCAAUUAUAUAUUAGCAUUGGAUGCAAACCUGCACAUGGUUAGGCUGCUUAAAUCCUAUUGAAGCAGGCUUUGUGCAGGUGUGCAGACUAAGGAGAUGCAUUUUACAGCACCAGGCAAUGAUCUCUUUUAAUCCAGUGUUGUUCACAUUGACUGACACAUGUCUACAGUCAGGUUGCCUUCCUCUGUUUUUGUCACCUGAGAUCCUUCCAUUGUAAUGUUGGGGAUUGAUCUAACACACCCUCUUAGCGUUUAUACAAGCAAAUGAUGCCACUUAAUCAUGGCUUCAGCUACCCAGCUCUCCCAGAAGUUGAAUUAGCAAAAGACAUUGUUAGUACUGAAUUUGGUAUUUGCAACUUGGUUGGCCAGCACUCCCAAUUUUAAUGUUUUUACUUACAAGGAUAGUGAUCAGUGGUAGCUUGCUACAUAAUGUUACGAGGCAAUUAAAGAACCAUUGGGGUUGAAGACCAGAAUAUAAAUACGUUAAAUAAAUAAUAUUUUAACAAACCCAUUAGAUACAGUAGUGUAUGAGCUGUUUAAAUGUGCUUUCAUAAAUUAAUUCCUAUUGCUAAUUUAUAAGUUGUUUGCUACUUGAUUAAAUUAUUAAUCUCUGCAAUCCAUUCUGAGGUCCAUUUUGAGAGGCACUUUGCUGCAUUUGUUCAAUAGAUUUUUUUAUUCAAUAGAUGUUUUUACAUUGGGAGCUUAAAACACUGAUUCAGUCUAGCAAUUUUGAAGACUGGGUUUAGUGAAAAAUAGGAUUUGAGUUAAAAGGUUAGUUAAGAACCUCUUCACUCUGAUAACGAGAAUGUGUUUCAUGUUUCUCUAGGUGGUGAAAAUAUUAGAGAAGCAUGACCCUUUGAAAAAUAUUCAGGCAAAAUAUGGGGCAAUUCCUCCUGAUGAGGCCAGCACUGUGCAGAAUUAUGUAGAACACAUGCUCUUCCUGUUAAUUGAAGAGCAAGCAAAAGAUGCUGCCAUGGGACCUAUCCUGGAGUUUGUUGUUACCGAAAAUAUCAUGGAGAAACUCUUCCUUUGGAGUCUCAGACGGGAGUUCACUGACGAGAUGAAAAUCGAACAGUUGAAGAUGUAUGAAAUGCUUGUCACUCAGUCCCACCAGCCCUUGCUGCAUCACAAGCCCAUCUUGAAACCUUUGAUGAUGUUGCUGAGUUCUUGCUCAGGAACUACUACACCAGCCGUGGAAGCUGAGCUGGUGGUUCUUCUCAACCAGCUGUGCUCAAUCCUAGCCAAAGAUCCAUCUAUUUUAGAACUCUUUUUCCAUACCAGUGAGGACCAAGGAGCUGCAAACUUCCUAAUUUUCUCUCUCUUGAUUCCUUUCAUUCAUCGAGAAGGGACUGUGGGCCAACAGGCUCGUGAUGCACUGCUUUUUAUAAUGUCACUUUCUGCAGAAAACAAUGUUGUUGCUAACCAUAUAGUAGAAAACACUUACUUCUGUCCGGUAAGUUGCUUCUUCUGACCCUACCCUCUAAAGAAACCCCCCUUUUGAUAUUUUCCCCACCAACAAAGCAGAACUGAAUUUAUUUGGUACAUUUUGUUACGUUUUUGCAGAAGUGGGAAGUGGUGGUAUCAGGGGGAUAUAUCUUUCUGAACCAGUCUGUAUUUAAUUGUGGUCAUUUUUAUACUAUAAUUUGCUCCUCGACAGAAAACUUAUCAGGAGCAAAAUGAACAAAUUAGGGACUAAAAACAUGCCAUUUAGUGGGGAUAAUAUCAAAGUAUCAAAGUAUGAUAUUUAGGUGGCCAUUUGGGUCUAAUUAACAUUGGUAUUAGUAUACCAACGUUAACAUGAUAUUAUAAUGUGCCAUUUGAAGAUCAGAUAGUUUUUUGAAUAAAACAUUUGCAUUAGGUGUUAAAACUGUAAAGUGUUGAAAUUUUCAAAAAUCUCUCCAGUUAUGCUUCAGUUAAGCUAGUUACAUUUCGUUUUUAAACAAAUCAAACUAUUUCCUUCAACUUAAUCUUACUGAACUCACAGAAGUAAAGAAUUAGUUGUUUUCCUUCUGCUGCACCACCUACCUAUCACAACGACACACAUGCCACCUUGCAUAAGUUCCUAUGAGUUCGUGGAAGGUGAUUCCCAAAGGAAUCCUUUUUAUUCUUUCUAGUCAGAAACUAGCAGUGUUCAAACCAAGCUAACUUCACACUUGCUGCUUCUGCUUCCUGCCUCCAUUCAGUUCCUGCUAUCCUUUGACCUGCUGCCUCAUCAUUUAUUUAUUAUAUGCGUAUCUGGCUUUUUCAGACAAAUACUUUGAAAGUGGUUCAUAUCAGUCAAAAAAAAAUUAGGCAGGGAAAGGAGCUAGAGAGGGAGAGCACUUUGAUAAUGCUGGAAUGAAGUGAUUAAUUGUGUAUCUGUGUUUCUAAUGGUGGCCAGAUUAGACUGAUAACUGGAACAAAGUGUUGAACUGAAGAUGAUCCUUUGCGGUUGAUCUUGCUAUGAUCCUUUGCAGUUGAUCUUGCUAUGAUAACAGUUGGUGCAACUGCCUGAUGCAGCUUGUUCCUGAGUGUUGUUAGGUUGGGCUAGGUUAGUUGAAAUUAGUUCCCACUGCAAUCCAGGGGUACCAAUUUGAAUGAAAUAUUGGGAGCCCCAGGUAGGCCCCACCUCGCAUAAUCGAUCACAAGAUGUGGCGCAUGCACACCGUCUGAAUGGUAAUGCCCAUCAACUUUGGCAGGUCCUGGCCCCUUCAAAUAUUUUAGAGGGGUGGGGCAAAGGGAUCUUGUCCCCUAGGUGUUGGCUCCUAUGCUGCAAUCAAUGGGGCAAAUUGGUAAUGACUUGAUUUGCUUUCCGUUUCAACUAUGUCUGGAUCCAAACCUUCCCUCGUACUUUUUGUACCAGCCCAGCCAUAAGGCAGGGUGAGACCAUUGCCUCAGGUGGCAGAAGCCCCACUGCCUCCACAAGCAGCAGGGCACGUGGUACUGGCAGAGCAGGUAGGAGGUGGCAGUAGGGAAGGGAAGGUGGCACUUCCCAUUUCACUUCAAGUGAUGAGGCGAGAUGUGGCACCCUUUAUUCCAGGACAACAGGCUUUGUUUAGUCAUUUAGUCGUGUCCGACUCUUUGUGACCCCAUGGACCAGAGCACGCCAGGCACUCCUGUCUUCCACUUCUUCCCGCAGUUUGGUCAAACUCAUGCUGGCAGCUUCGAGAACACUGUCCAACCAUCUCGUCCUCUGUCGUCCCCUUCUCCUUGUGCCCUCCAUCUUUCCCAACAUCAGGGUCUUUUCCAGGGAGUCUUCUCUUCUCAUGAGGUGGCCAAAGAAUUGGAGCCUCAGCUUCACAAUCUGUCCUUCCAGUGAGCGCUCAGGGCUGAUUUCCUUAAGAAUGGAUAGAUUUGAUCUUCUCAAGAGUCUCCUCCAACACCAUAAUUCAAAAGCAUCAAUUCUUCAGCAAUCAGCUUUAUUUAUGGUCCAGAUCUCACUUCCAUACAUUACUACUGGGAAAACCAUAGCUUUAACUAUAUGGACCUUUGUUGGCAAGGACAACAGGCAAGUAGGUCCAAAUAUCUGAGAAUGCUUUUCUUUCUCCCCCACUGCCCUGGUAUACAAAGAAAUGAAAUUGGAUAGGCUCAAAAUAAGUUGCAUAGUUAAGGAAAGUUUUAGUCUAAAAUUAACACAAUAGUAGCCUCAGCCCUUUUUGACAUUAUUUUAAAGAUCCUCCUGGGGGAGUGUGUGUCGAGAGUGACAACGUGGGUCACAGCAUGUAAACAACUGAAUGACACAUUAUGAAACAACUUUCUACACUGUUGCUAAUGAAUCUCUUUAAAUGUAUAUCAAGAUUACAGUUUUACUUGCAAGCACUGAGUAAUAAGUCUCUAGCAUAGACAUUUUCUUGUUGACUUCAUUUAAAUUGAUACAUCUAAAGAGUACUCAUUUUUUAAAAUUGUCCCCAAGGUAGAUACCCUUAUUAGAUCCAUGCUGUAACUUCCAUAAUUACAUUUGCCAAUUAAUUUUUAGAAUGACUUUUUACUCUGAAGAUUAAAGCAAGCUGUAUUAACCUUCAAACAGUUGGGGGCCUUGAGUGACAAAACACAUUCCUAAUUAGAAUGAUUGUCUUAGUGUGUAAAAGGUAGCUAGCCCAAGUCUAUAAUAAAAUAUCAGAGUCCGCUCCUGAGGGCUGCUCACUUUUUAAAGACCCAUAAUGUGUUGGUCUUGUGAGUUUGAUCUUUGCAGUUCGGGGAGUUCUAUACUGCCUUCGCGAAAAAUCAGAAUGAUGCCGCAGGGAUCUGGUUAGCAUCCAUCGUUCACUCAGGCAAAAAAUACAGAAUGAUUAAAGGAUUUCUUUCACUGCUAUUUGCCCGUGAAUGUAAUAAAAUAAUCUAAAUUCUGAUUCAAUUAAAAGAAAGCUUGGCGUGAUAUUGUACUGAAUGUCAAAAUCCCUCCCCUGUAAUUAAAAUAAUGAUAGCUAGAGUGCAGAAGCAAGCAUUCAACCUUAGGCCAUUCCAGAAUGUGUGCCCUUAUGCAAAUUUCAACUAGUUGAAAAAGCAGGUCAGCCCUUCUAAUGCUAUGGACUUCUUAGCAGCCCCCUGACUGCUAAGGUCUAGAGUACUGUGGAUUGCAGCCAUCCUGCAACACUAUAUUAAAUAUCUGAUGGAUGAGCUGUGCAGAGCUGACAUCAUGCAAGAAACAGAGGAUAAGCAGAGUGGAAGGUCAAAAUUGCUGCAUGGGCAAGCUGGGGGUUACCUUAACUUUUGAAGCAUUUUCCUAACUGGGAACUGCAUGAGUAGGCAAGAGAAAAGCAGUGUAUCAUACUUGGGGAAGAAUUCUUUGUUUAUUAUACUUUUUCUUGUUCCUUUUGAAAUAACUUAAAGGUUACUUGGGGCAGGAUAGGAAGAAAGUUGACAACUGUCAAUAAUACCACUACUGACAAACGGUAGCUGUCUGCACUAGCUACGUUGGGGACUAAAAUUGUUGUGUAUUUAUUGGAUUGUCUACAUGACUAACGUAAAACCCAACCAUGCAGGAAUGUUGCCAUAGUUAGUCUUUCUAAAAGUUUACUCUGACAGACCAUAGCUUCUCUUCACCCCCACAGUUCUGUUAAUUGUAGCUUGGGUGAUGGAAUAAGCGAGUAAAGAACAUAAUAGAUGCAGAGAAACACACAUUGGCAGUCUUUUUAUGCCUGUCAAUCAAAAAAAAAUUAAUGUUUCAACUUGGUGCCUCUAGAAAAUCAGGCUUAUCAUCCCAGUACUCAAAAUGAUUUACAAGUAGAAUAGCUUUAACUGGCUCUUGUAAAACUAAAGUUGCAUGACUCGUAAUAUUUAUUCUUCCCAUGUCUUUGCAUUGAUUGUUGGAAUAAGGCUAAGAACUUACAUCCACCACUUCCCGUCAAUAACUAUAAUGUUUGUUUUUUAAAAAAACCACAUAAUUCCUUUUAUGGCUUCUGCCUAGACUGGGUAUUUACAUUCAGAGAAAAACCUGCAAUGUUCCACCUAGUAUUCUUUUAGUAAGUCUUGCUUGUGUUGGUCCAAGGGUCAAUUGCAUUCAUAGUAAUAUAGAUUGACAUGUGUAAGCAUACAGUUAUGGUUAGUGUACUGAGCAUGGAUUUUGUAUAUCCAUUCCAGAAGUAGCACUGUUCUCUAGGCAGAAGGUGGUGGUAAGGCUGUGAGAACAAAUCACAUAAACUCUUCUGUGAGUACGUUGUUUUCAUUGACACCUACAGUUUAUAUUUUAGAAACAGAUGAAAAAUACAAAUUGCGGAAGCAAGCACACCUUCCGUUUUUGUGUUAAAGCAACCAUAUAUCACGCAAGCUGAGCUGUUAUAAACAUCUAGAGCAACAAAUUCUAUUUUAUUUGAGUGUCCUGUGUCUACUGUGUGUUGCCCACAUGUUGUUGAUAGUUUACAUACAUGUGUCUUCCUUUUGAUGUUUAGUGCUCUUAACAACUAGUUCUGUUUGUUUACUUAACUUGUUUGUUUAUAUUCCAAGAAAUCUCAGUUCUGUCUUAAUGAAAAGCUUAUCAAUGAUGCAAACACUAUGUUUAAAUAGUUGCUUUCUCUCCCCCUCCCUUUAUGUUCUUCAAUUCAGGUGCUAGCCACAGGCUUAAGUGGCCUAUACUCAUCUUUGCCUACAAAGUUGGAAGACAAAGGAGAAGAAUGGCACUGUCUGCUGAAAGACGACUGGCUUCUUUCUCCAGCUCUUGUCCAAUUCAUGAACUCCCUUGAGUUCUGCAAUGCUGUAAUACAGGUACUGGACUCAAGGAGAGAGCCUGCUUAUGAAACCAGCCUUUUAAAAUAUGUGGGUGAUGUCCAUUUCUGCUCUUCCAUUUGUUGGAGGAUUUUUAAUCCCAUGUCCUCUGCUAACAAAAGGCGAGCAAAAAGCAAUUUUUGCUGAUUCCUUUUCCGCCCUGCAUCCUUCUCCUUCCUUUCCAAAUAUAUAUAGGGGACAGUGGGGAAGGUAGCAUGGGAGGAGGAAGGAGAAAUGGGUGCAAAUAGUUUUCAUUCCCUUCUGUUACCAGAGGUCUUAAUGAGAUCAAAUGCUUUUUGAUGAACAGAAGGCGUUCUGUCCACAUUAAGGGCACAGUUGAAUCAAACCCUAUGCUGUGAUUGUUUACAGUUCAUAUAAUUAAUUAUUCGGUCUUGAUUUCAAGAGAGAGCAAGUUUCUUGCGAGUAUGGGCAAGUAUUAAUAAUUGUGAUUUACAUAACAAAUAUUCCUCAUAAAUCAGAUACAUAUUUCUUUUUAUUAACAUUGCCCUCUUCCUAAAGAAGGUUGACUGAACACCCUUUAUUGAUUCUAAAAUCAAAGAUUUAUUUCUCAGACAGAACAUUGUGGUUGUCUGGGCUAAUUAUGCUAGUUUAUGAUCAGGUUCUCAUAACAGUUAGAUGCUUGCACACAAAUGCACCCCAAAAGCUGUGAACCAUUUUCAUUGUGGUUGAGCUGAUCAGGAGGUUAAGUAUGUUUCACGAAUCUAAAUUAAAUUCUGUUUGGUCUUCUCAUGUUCUUUGUUCUUGAUUAUUUCUUAAUUAGAUUUUCGCUCUUUUGAGUCUUUGUUCUUCUCCAGUCUAAUGAUAAAAUCACAUUUUAUAUCUCUUUGAUGCUGUGCUUAGGAUUCUUAUUGCAGCAAGGCUGUUCAGUAUCUAUAGCUUUAUCUGAGUUAUGCAACUUUGCUCAGUUUCAUUAGUGAAAAUACAGGAUGGAAGUGUUUGUAUAUGCAAUGUAGAAAAAUUCCUGUUUUUAUUCUCUUUACAAAAGUGAUGCAUGUGGGGGGAAAGGGUCCUCAUUUUGUCUUUCUUUCUUUUUGACUUCCAAAUUCAGAAAGCUGUCUGUUCUAUAGCAAACAUUUAUUAUGAAGUUGACUAAAUGUAUUGUAUUAUAAGAAAGCCUUUGAAAAAGUGUAUUUGCCAGAAAAGUCACCAGGUGCCUCACAUGGUCCGUUUCUGCGUUUCUCUCACUACAGAAUAGUAGUUGCGGAAAAGCUGGUUUGUUUGAAUUAUUGAAAUAAUGUUGUUAUGUAUUGAAAAGCUGAAACAUAAAUAAUGGUCUUUCUGUUGCUUCACUAUAAUUUGAUAAAUUUAAUAGUAGCUUGGCCAUUCUAAAAUGACCUCAGUAGGCUGCAAUGUACACUUGGGUGGCUAUUAAUCUAUCAUCUUGCACCAUUAAAUUGUAUGACAUAGGGAUAUGAGCCUUUUGAUCUUUACUUACAUAUGAAUCAAUUUCCCUUAAAUAUACCGCCCUGUUCUACAUAUGCUUAUAUACACAAGUAAGCAUAUCUUGAAUUUAAUAGGGUUCUGUGCAUAGGAUAUAAGCUAUAGUUUAUCUCUUCAUUUGUGUAAAGAUGGUUGGAAGACUUUUAUCAGAGGUUAAUUAUUAUUACUAUUUAAUUUUUCUGUGAACUUCAGAAAAAUAUGUUAAAUCAUAACUUAAGUUUGAUACUCUAGAUGCCUUUUUGAUUGAAAUCCCAUGAUCACUCUCCCUUCACUUCUUUAGGUGGCACAUCCUUUGAUUCGGAUGCAGCUUGUGAAUUACAUUUAUAAUGGUUUUCUGGUACCAGUUAUGGCCCCAGCAUUGCAUAAGGUCAGUGUUUUUCAUAUGUUUUUGUUUUUUAAAAAAAUCAGCAGCCAUUUUCAAUGUCUUAAGAAUAUUACGUGUGUGAUGAAGAUGGACCAAUCGAAGCAUAACUACUUUAGCCCAGUUUCUUUACUUGAAUUACUCAUUAGACAUCUGCUGAUAUAGCAGCAGAAGGUCACAUCCCUCGAGUUGCUAUUUGAUCUAUAAUCAAAUACAAAAUGUUUGCCUGGCUGAAAUCAUAGUAAUUCAGAGAAACAUGGCAGGUAGUUCUGCUAGCGAAGUGAGUAUAUUUGAAUUUGAGAGCCAGUGUGGUGUAGUGGUUAAGAGUGGUAGUCUCGUAAUCUGGGGAACCGGGUUCGUGUCUCCGCUCCUCCACAUGCAGCUGCUGGGUGACCUUGGGCCAGUCACACUUCUCUGAAGUCUCUCAGCCCCACUCACCUCACAGAGUGUUUGUUGUGGGGGAGGAAGGGAAAGGAGAAUGUUAGCCGCUUUGAGGCUCCUUAAAGGGAGUGAAAGGCGGGAUAUCAAAUACAAACUCUUCUUCUUCUUCUUCUUCUUCUUCUUCUUCUUCUUCUUCUUCUAGUUGAUUUUAAAUUGACUUGCUGAUAUAAUUCUUAAAAUGGUUGUUCACAGUGGCCAACCAGAGUCCUAUGGGAAACCAGUAAGCAGGACCUGUACACAACAGCACUUUCCCUACUCUGCCUCUGACAGUUGAGGUAGAACAUAGCCACUGCAACUAAUAGUCACUGAUGGUCCAUUAAGUUCUAGUAUGUCCCAGAGUUCUAGAAUCCAAUUCUUCUACACCAUGCACAUUUUUUUACACUUCUGUUAUCUCUCCUUUUACUUUCCUUUCCUCUAAACUAAAAAGCACCCAAAGUUGUAACUAGGCCUGGGUGACGUUGGGCUUUCAACAUCGUGGUGCAUCACCAACCAAACAUCGCGGUUUGAAAAAAGCUCCAUUGAUGCCAGGUGAAACUGCUGCAGCUCUCAUUGUGGGAGCUGAGGAGCUUUCACCCCAGCGCCUCGCGGGCUGUGGCCAGUACAGUUGGUCUCAGCCUGCUGCUCAGCCGGGGGAGGUGGACAGGCUCCUGCCCCCAGCGGAGCCAGUCCCGAGUCUCCUGCAGCUCGCACUGGAGCAGCAAGGACCGUGGGGCUCCUUGCCAAGCUCCCUCUGCCUUCGCUGGCAUGGGGGACGGGCGAGCUACCUUGUCCGCUUGCCAUCCACUCCCCGAAGACGGACCAAGCAGCAGUAGCCAAGCGCAUGGAACCUGUCAGGCUCCAUGCAUUUGACUGUCAUCGCCUUUGCCCACACGGGUGUGCAGGGGUCAUUCGCCCUAGCAGGAAUGACACAUCCCACCCUCCCGGGCGUGGUCUGCAAGGUGUGGCAUGCAAAGGCACCCUAUCCUGCUGGAGGCUGUGCUCCCCAGCUAAGCAGCCUUGACCCCGCUCCUACUCAUGUACAAGCAGGGCCGGGGAUCUCGCAGCUGGGAAGUGGAGGCUUCGUACUCCCCAGCUGAGCAGCCCCGAUCCCUCUCCUACUCACAUGCAAGCGGGGGCAGGGUUGGCAGCUCUGUAAAACUGCUUGGCUGAGGCGAGGGCAGCAGUUUAAAGAAGCGGAGGACGGAACAAGCUGUACUCAAGAGUGGUGACUGUUUCACCAGCGAUAUAUCACUGAGUGAAGCUGUCAUCACAGUCUGCCCCACAUACCAGUCCUGGACGAUAUAUCGAUAUUGCCCAGGCAUAAUUGUAACCUUUCAUCAUAGAGGAGUUGCUCUGUCCCCUUGGUUGCAUUUUUGGGAAACUUCUCCAGUUCUACAGUAUCAGGUGACCAGAGCUGUACACUAAGUAUUCCAACCAUGGUCACACCAUAGAUUUGUAUAACAGCACUAUGUCACUGACAGUUUUAGUUUCCUUCCCGUUUUAAUGAUCCCUAGCAUGGCAUUCACCUUUUCCACAGCUGUCACACGCUGGAUCAAUCUUUUUUAUCAAACUAUGUACUAUGACCCCAAGGUCUCGUUCCUUGUCAGUCACGGCCAGUUCAGACUCCAUGAGAGUAUCCAUGAAAUUAGGAUCUCCCUCGCAGGUAUCAUUGAAUUGCUUUUGCCAUUUUUCUGCUCACUCACCCAGUUUCACAUUUGAAUUCCUUAAGAACUCUUGAGUGGACCUGGUCAUUUGUCAGUAUUUGCUUUGCUCAUUUUUAUUUUGUGAGGAAGGUUCUUGUUGUGACUAUUUGCCUCAGAUCCCCUUCCUGUGGGAUUUAGUUCAGGGACAGGGAUCUGCCCUAUAUCUUCACAGCUUCUUUCUCUGCAGCAUCGAUCCAUGACACCCUCCCAUUUUAAACAUGUUUUGGAUGUGUUGCCUAAAUGAUUGUGAUAUAUUCCAACUGCAAUCCAUCAAUCUUAUCAAGUUAUGCUUUGGCAAACUCGAGGGGGAGAACAUAACCUGGGACCGGCAGCACAUCUGAAGCAUGGAGUGGUAUUUCGGCAGCGCAUUGUCGCAUUGCUUCAGCAUGAGCGCUUCAGCUGUUUAAAUGAGAGAUUGCUGUGACAGUCUCAUUAGCAUUUGAAAGGCUCUCAGUUCAGCCUGCCAUGUAGAUAAUUAAUAGAAUUAUUAAUAUUGCCGAAAAAGUGUCCUUAUUUCCUUUGGAUUUGUCGGUGUGUCCUGUCAUCUUUACCUGUCAAGACUUUUGAGUUCUUUCUUUUCUUGUCUCAUCACCAUGUUGGCACAAAACAAGUACAAAUAAAAUUAAAUGUCUAUGUAUGUGUUUUCAAAUGGUUUAUGUACUUGCAGAGAAACAAAACUUUCCUUCUGGGUAUGAGGAAAAAUAAAUAAAUCCUAGGAGUGAAUGUGAACCGAGGCAUUAUCAGUACCUUCAAAGGACUUCCCUGCAUCUGGAUCAGAAAUGCAGGGAGUUGAAAUAGAUGAUCUUUGUGAUCCCUCACAACUCUACAGUUCUAUGAUUCUGUGUGAUUUGAACACCAGAACUACCUGUUCUAAGUGGUUAAGUUCUACUAAAAAGAAAAAAGAAACACUUGAGCAGUACUUCUGGGAAGUACGUUUGAGCACUUUUUUAUUUUAUAUGGCCAGAUGGUACAAAUACCAAUGCUUCUUCUAACUGAAGCUUUGGUAAAUGAAGAAAGGAGGAAAAAUAAACACCAAAGUCCAAAAGGCCAGUUUAUAAUGAAACUUGUGAUCAUUUCAUUACUGGUAAGACAAAUUAUAGAUGAAAUCGUCAAAGGGUACAGCGUCCCCUGCGAAUAAAAUUUGCUGUCUAGUAAUUAAUGUAGAAUUUUAAAAGUGCCUUCUGUUUCCUUGUAUGAAAUAUAUUAACAUCUGCAGAAUGUCUUCAGUUAGAACUUCUGCCACUUCCAGAGAUGAGCUACCACCAACCUCAGUGGUUUUUUUUUUACUUCAGCAUGGAUUUUUGUUUUGUUUUGUUUUAAAAAAUCUACUUUUGCAGCUGUAAUCAUUACUUACGUGGGUGUAAGUCCUAUUGAAUUGAGGUUAUUUCUGAGUAGACAUUAGCGAGACUGCACUGUAAAUGGCUUAUUGUCUAAUCUAGCACUAGAAUUAUAUAACAUUUAUUUAUCAAAUUUAUAUCCCACGCUUCUUCCCAGAGGAGUGCAGGGAAGCAAGCAAUAAUUUAUAAAACAAUAACAAAGCAUCUUAUAAACAGUUCCAAUACAUAUGUAGACUGGGAAGGAUCUCAACUUAGAAAGGUUUUUUGAAAAAGGAAGGCACUGUAAAGACAACAGAGAUGGUGCUCAUCUAAUAUUCCGCAAGAAUAUUAGAUUUCAAAGCAUUGGUGUCACAACACUAAAGGCCAAAUUCUUCUUUUGUGUGGAUCGGACCUCCUGAGUUAGGGGGGAAAUAAUAGAGGGAUUGGUGUAAAACCUGCUCGGAUGAUUAUGUAACCACUUCAGUGGUAAGUUAUUAGAACCUCCCAAUAAGAAUUGUUAUAAUAAAAAAAGAAUGUUUGGGGUUCCCUCCCUACCCCCCAGCCAAAACUGUAGCUGUUAUCAUAGAGACAUAUGACAUCAAACAGCUGAUAACUCUUAUCCCUUACUGGAUUUAAUUAAAAGUGGUGGUAUUCUUAGAUCAUUUUUUGCCCUUGUUACCCCAAUGUAUGCUGAUCACAUGUUAAUUUUUAGCAAUGUCAUUUGCUGUAUCUUUUUCAACAUCUUGGACAGAGAAGGUUGGAGUGUGCCAUCUAGUGGAUCUGAGGGGAAACUAAAAGGUGGCUGAAACCAAAAUGCUCAAUCAGAUAUAAAUGAGUUAACAUGCAUGUGGAUUCUUCACUUUAUUUGCUUUUUUCAUAAACUUGUUUAAAUACUAAGCAGGUGACACUUACACAAUAAUGACCUUUGCAUUCAGGAUAGACAGUCUCUGGCUGACCCAGAUAAGGAACACCUUUUCACUAUUCUGGGACAACUCUUUUUUAUGUUACCAAACCAUUUGUAAUCACCAAGUAAUUUGUACUGACUUGAUGGUGUUUUCUAGCUAUCUCUCUCACCCACCUGAUUUUUUAUAUAUAUAGAAUGGAUAAAAUAGAAAAAAGGACCUUCCAGAUCUCACCCAAUUUCUAUCUCUAGCACACACUCCCCUUCAACUUACUAAAUUAAAUGGAAGCACGUUAUAAUAGUAUUCUAAUCUGGUGAGGAUGCACUGAUUUUCAGAAUACUGAAUUUUGAAUGACAGAGGCUGCUGUAUAACUGUUAGGCCAUAGUUUGUCCCAUUUUUCUCUGGUAUUCAUUUUGCUGGUGGAUAAAUAUGGAGUUUCCAUUCUCUUGAAAUUCAGCCUACAAAAUACACUUGCAGUCUUGUUUAUUGUAAUUACUUUAUAGUUACUCCACCCUGCUCACCCACCCAGGUCUCAGCGAUACAGACCAGAUCAGCCUCCUCAUCCAUAAUCAGAUCAGGGCUGAGAGUGGUCUUACUUAAGAGUCAGCCUGGCAUUCAGCAGCAGCAGCUGGAAACCAGAGGGCUGGCAGAUAGGACAAACUUUGAUUUUCUUUUGGAACUUGCAUGUGUUAAGUGACUUUUGAAGUGUGAACUGCUACUAGAGAUAUGGUGUGUGUGAACAGAUCUGGACCAUCAACUUCUGCUUCCGUGCGCUCUUCAUCUCAGCAUGCCCACAGAGACUAUGGAGGAAAAGGUGGAACCUAGUAUGCUGUGUAUACUGGAAUAUUUGUUAAUCUAGCUCAAUAUUAUCCAAUCUGAUGGAUGGUCCCUCUGUGGGAUCUCAGACAUCUUUCUUAUCACCUACUAGCUGUCCCCUCUUAACUAGAUAUACCAGAGAUUGAAUUUAGAACUUUCUGUGAGCUUUGCUAAGCAGAAGGUACUGUAAUGAACAGUCUGAAAGUAGCCAGCUUCCAGUUGUACUAAUACAGCACAUAUAUGAUGCCUUUUCUAGGGCUACUACAUCUUUGUAGCUAUAUUCCCUUGGCUAAAGCCAUUUCUAUUUCAAGGCAGAUGUCAUUUUAUCUAAGCAACUUUCUCAUGACUGAGAAAUAGAGUCCAUAUAUUUUAAAAAUUAAAUACCAGUUUUGUAAAAACAAGUUACUCAGUACUAGUUUUAGCAAUAAGAUAAAAUGCAGCAAGUGGGAAGGGGGAAAAAAACCCAUGCAGCCCAAGGUCUUGAAAGUUAGUGUAAAAAGCUAAAGUACUGAAAGUUGAAGCAUGGACUUAAGGCUACCACAAGCUGAAAGAAAAGGUAACAGACCCAACAUAAUGUAACAGAUUACAAUUUGGUGCAGAUCUACAGGGCUCCCUAAGCUGCCCCUCCCAGGAAUAUAGCACUGGAUUGGGUCAUCCUUGGAAUAUCUUAAAACAUGACCCUCUUUUGAUAGAAGGCAUACCAUAGCUACUCUGCAUUUGAGGCUAUAAGGCUUUAACUUUUUGUACUUGGAAACUCACUUGGUCCACAUUAUAUGCUGCCUAAAUUGCAAGAGUAUUCAGCAUUUGCUGCAGCUUCCAGGCAGUAAUCAAAGCUAGCCCUUUUAUUACAAUAAUAAAUCCUCAGGGCUGCCAGAGAAUGAAUAUGGCAAGGUCUCCAUGUAAGGGGAUAGCUGGCACACCUUAGGGGAUGUAUCCUCCCAUAGGUCCCUCCGUUCCGCUGCAAACAGAGGGGGAAAGGUCUCCUCUGUUUUCAGUUCUCCACUCAUGUAAAACUGUUUUGAGCAAGUAUCAGUGCUAUUUCCCAACAGUGCACCAUCUCUAUGAAACAUCCUCCCAAAGGACAUUCCUGAUGUCAUUCUGCCAGCAAGUAAAAACUCCCUUGCUUUUAAAACCAUUUUUAUCAGUGAGUGAGCAGAAGCUCUGUUGCUGCUGAGGUUUUUAUAUGGGAAUGGUAGUGUUUUGCUGCAGCCUUGGUCGCAUAGCGUAUAGUGACUUUUAUUAGCUUUUAAAGCUUGGACACUGCCUCAGGUGUGUCUGGCAUAGUGUACAGUGGUACCUGGGGUUACAUACGCUUCAGGUUACAGACUCCACUAACCCAGAAAUAGUGCUUCAGGUUAAGAACUUUGCUUCAGGAUGAGAACAGAAAUUGUGCUUCGGCGGCGCUGUGGCAGCAGGAGGCCCCUAAAGUGGUGCUUCAGGUUAAGAACAGUUUCAGGUUAGGUACGGACCUCCAGAACAAAUUAAGUACUUAACCUGAGGUACCACUGUAGUUUGUAAAUACUGUAAGUAAAUAAAUGAAUCGCUGCAACAAAUGAAAACCAUUUGUAUACACACUGUCAUCACCUUAAGUCUUCAGUAGCAAAGCUGGAUCCAGAGUAUUCCCAGGCUGUGUACAUGAUCCUUCAGGUUAAUUAUGAUCAGGUUAAUUAGGAUGAGGAGGCCCCUCCUCAUCCAGAAUGUCUAAACAAGCCUUUGCCAUCUCGUGCUAUCCAGAUGUUUUGAACUAUAGCUCCCAUCAGCUACAUGCAGCACAGCUAAUGGUCAGGUAUGAUAGAUAUCGCAGUCCAGAAAACCUAGAGGGUACCAGACUGGCGGAAGCUGGUGUAAACCGUGAUUGAUCAGACCUUGUAAAUUAAAGUUAGCGCACUUCAGUUGUAGCCUGUGUUGAAUCCAAAUGUGCUGUUCUGCGAGCAGAAAGCUCCUACUACAUGUGUAAAGGAUUCUCUUGACCCAGACUGUAGUUUGUGGAGUAUCCUUCCUAACGAGAUGUGUUUGUCUCCAUCAUUACUAACUUUCAGGAUGAAUUUGAAAACAUUUCUUUUUGCCCAGGCAUUUUGUGACUGAAGAAUAUGAAACAGGUCAAUAAAACAUUAAUCUCCCACAGUAAAAAACCCACUGUCCCCUCCCCCAUCUUCCUUAUGAAUGUAGUUUCAUAAGCUUGACCCUGCAGAAAUUAAGAUUUAUGCAUAUUGCGCAAGCCUUCAUAGUCCUGUCCAGGCAUGUCAUAGUCCUUCCUUCUCAUGCUGACUAUGUGCCACACUUUGGCCACUCCCGUCUUAAAGUGUUGGGAACGGCGAAUUCAGCCCAUUUCCUAAAUCUUCCUCCUCUCCCAUGACAGCUGCUGCAGCAUUUUCUGUUUCUGCUAUUCCUAUUGUUCUUUUCUAUUAGUCCUUUGCUGUGUCAGCAGUGGUGACAAGAGGCUGGCCCGUGUUUGCAUUCAAUAUUGCUUUUGGCUCUCCCUCCUCCCCCCGAAAUUCCCCAGUGCAAGCAUUUCCAUUUCAAAAGUUUUUGUAAUAGAUAGCCACUGUUGCAAGUUCUCUGGAAAAGUACAGUUGUACUUUAAAAAACAAGGGACGCGGGUGGCGCUGUGGGUUAAACCACAGAGCCUAGGACUUGCCAAUCAGAAGGUCGGUGGUUCGAAUCCCCGUGACAGGGUGAGCUCCCGUUGCUUGGUCCCAGCUCCUGCCAACCUAGCAGUUCGAAAGCACGUCAAAGUGCAAGUAGAUAAAUAGGUACCGCUCCAGUGGGAAGGUAAACGGCGUUUCCGUGCCCUGCUCUGGUUCGCCAGUCAUGCUGGCCACAUGACCCGGAAGCUGUACGCCGGCUCCCUUGGCCAAUAAAGCGAGCUGAGCACCGCAACCCCAGAGUCGGUUACGACUGGACCUAACGGUCAGGGGUCCCUUUACCUUACUUUAAAAACGUUUAUAGACAACCAACCUUUAUGUAUACAACACAACUUCCUCCAAACUGUUAGAAAGUUUCUCCUGCAGAAUGUCUUACCCUUUCAUUAUAGCCUGGUGCCCUCCAGGUGUUUAGCACUACAUGCUACCUGACCAUUGGCAACGCUAGCUGAGGCUGAUGAGUGUUGCAGUGCAGAUCUCUGGAAGGCACCAGGUUAAGAAGGCUGCUGUAUUCUGUGGUGUGUUCUUCUCUAUGUACAAAUAGGGUCUUGUGCAGUUUCCUGCUUAAAGAUGUCCACAUAGGGACUUGCUCAUCUUGUAGCUGUUGACUUCUAUCCCAACAAAAGUUGCAUCUUACACUCCUCUUUGAAGUUCUGGUGAUUUUAUUGUUCAUCUCCUUCCUUUUUUUAAGGAUCUUGAGUAUUGUUAUUAUUGCUUAUUCAUGUUGAAGGCAGCUUCUAACAAGGCACGUUAGUGUAGAAAACCCUUUUGUGAGUUGUUGAAUUUGUGGGUUAUCAGGACCUCACCUGAAGUUGCGUUUACAGGUUUAAAUGCUCUGAGGCCUCUGUAACUCCUGCUUGCCCUCUCACCUGGCUAAGUGAAAUAAUAUCUGUUGUGUAUAUGAGAGCAUUUCAAUAAGGUUUGAAACACACACACACACACACACACACACACACACACACACACAUAUAUAUCUCAUAGGGAACUGCUAGCAACCAAAGCCCAGGCCUGCUCAGCUCUUCAUUCCUGCUUUUAAAAAUGUGUAUACACUGCUGUUAGAAUCAAGGUUAGGCUGUAAGCUUAUUUGCUCAGGAACCAGGUCCUCAAGCCAAUUUGGAGAGUGCUGAGUGUACAUCCCUCUCUCAUAAAUAAUGUAUUGCUGAGGACUGUCAAUCUAGUAUAUGCAGGGUACAGAAUACAUUAUAUGGUCUUUUUCUCCCUGAAAUUGCUUAAGUUGAGAAGCCUAUAACGGUGGCUCUAGAGGAUGAAUGUAACUUGGAGGAAGACUGAGGUGAUCAGGUUUUUUAUGGUUGGUUGUGCUUUUAUUUGUUUCUAUUUUGAACUUAUAUUAAGGGGGGGUGGGGAAUGCACCUAUAAUGAAAACUGCUCAUGUUGCAUCUGUGGUAGCUUGUGGUUAAUCAUAUGACUGUGAACGCCUAAAUAUGCUGCAGAAGUAAUAGCACAAACUUUUGAAGCAAAUGUAGUCCACAGGUUAGUCGUUAGAUGCUAUUUGGUAUGUAAAUAUGAAUGGAAACAUAGUGUUAACAAGAAGUUUUCUUUAGUUGAGGUCUUUGAUGUUAAUACGUAUGUUUUUGAUUACAAUCUUUAAACUGCUUAACAAAACAGCUAAUGCGUUGCAUGAAAAAACAGAGAGAGAGAGCGCCUUUUAUGCACAACCAUUUACUGGAGUACUUUCCAAAUCGUCUUAGCUCUUAAAUGACAGCUUGGAGUCUCUCCUUUACCUGAUUCUUUCUUAAGGAGGAAAAAAAACCCCUCCUCAUUUAUCCAAUGAAGAAUGCUAAACAAAAGAUGGUUAAUGCUCCUUUUCAUAUAGGCAGACUAGUAUGUAUUUGUAUCUCUGCUUUUAAGCUUAUUAAGCUUGCACGUAACUAUUUUUGAAAAUGCUGACUUUGCACCCUUUGGAGCACAACACAAAGGCUGGACCUAAAAUAUCAGACUCCUACUGACGAAUGAUCUUCUAGGGACUGCAUUAGCAAAGUAACUUGUUUCACUAGUAGAAACCGGAACAUUCACCACAAGAAGCUGAGGUGUAAUUGAAAGUUUAUAGCUAGUACAUAAAUUCCAUUAUUUGGGGCAUUUACAACAAAUCUGUUUUUUCUUCUGGGACCAGGCACUAUUGGUGUAAACCUCAGCUAGCUAGAUUUCUAAAUCUGCCGAUGUCUCUUAGUGCAGCAACCAAGUGGCAACAUGUAGUGGCGCAAUCCAUGGAGGGCGUGCUUGCUGCAAACAAAGUGAGCUUUCGUAAGCUACCUUGUGCUCCUUGACUUCCGUAGCAGACAAAAGAAAUAGGUGUGCUGUGUGACUGACUGAACUGGAAGAAACAUGUUCACAAGAAUUUGUUCCAACUGAUUGGAAAAGUGUGAUUUUUCUUCAUAACACAGUAUGGGCAAAGCUAGAGUCAGGAAAAGUAGAGAGCACAUAUAAUGCAGCAGGAGGAUUUUUAUAAAACCAUGCAUCUCUUGCAAGCACCUUCUCUGAAUGUCAAACAGCAGACCUUUUGGUGUUUAGCAAACAGCAUCUUCAAGAGGAAGUCAAGUACUGGAAGAGAAUGUUCCAAAUAACUGUGCAAUGGUUCGGUUGUUUGCAUCCAUCUUUCCUAGCUUAGCACUGCCACUAUCAUUAGCUAAUCAAAAUACUCAAACUAGCACACCGAUGUUUGUUUUUAUGUAUGCUGGCUUAGACCCACAGAAAACAAACAAACUCUGCUUAUUAUAUAUCCCAUUGCAAGGUCGUUGUGGAGGUCACAUAGACUGUAUAAUCAGAGCGGCAAAGUUGAUGUGGUCUGUAAUCAUUUGUGUAUUCAUUUCCAGGUGACUGUGGAGGAAGUAAUGACUACAACUGCCUAUUUGGAUCUCUUCUUGCGGAGUGUUUCAGAGCCAGCUUUACUACAGAUCUUCCUCCGAUUCAUCUUGCUGCACCGCCAUGAGAAUGUGCACAUCCUGGACACCCUCACAAGUCGCAUAAACACUCCAUUUCGGGUGAGAUGAGAAUAACAGGAACAUGGCCGUCUUUUACUCCAUGGGAUUGUUUUAGAUAACUGCAAGCUUAUUUUGCUUAUGCCUUUGUGAAUUUAGCUACUUUAAUAUUCUUUAGAAAGUGCUUAAAAUUUCUUUUAAAAAACUUCAUACCUACAAACAACACUGGCCCUGUUUUCAAGCUUACAAUUUAAUAGACUCAAUAUAAAAAGAAAAAUGGAGGGAAGAAGAAGAAAAUAAGGAAAAUUCCAGUUUCAUCUCUUACAUAAUAUUGCAAUGACAACUACCAUUUUAUUUCACCAAGUGGCCCAUAUGAUUAUUAUUUUUCAGGGGCAUUCUUGGAAUUUGUCCCAGAAUUUCUCCUCACCUCAGAAUGACACAACAUCCAGGGCAUCCAUGAAAUAAAAUGAAAUGAGCUGCAAGGAGGUGGGAGCGGGGGAUAACCUGGGAUGUUUGGGGGAGGAAGUGAUGUACCAAAGCUCACCCAGUGAUUCUACAACAGACUGGGUUCAGUUCAAAUCCCCAGUAUAAGAAUCAUUCUCUCCUUAGCAGUUUCUGCACAUCUAGAAAACUUUUUCCCAUCUGAAGUUUGAGCUGCAUAAAUUCUGCUUUUGGAUGGCUUAUUCAUUGUUAUCCAGUUACGCUAUCACAGGCUGUGAACCCCAUACAUUUAAAGCACAUGACUGCCCCCCAAAAAGAAUACUGGGAACUGUAUUUUACUCCUCACAGAUCUACAAUUCCAGGACACAAUAAAUUACAGUUCCCAUGAUUCUUUUUUUGUGGAUGGAAUGUGCUUGAAAUAUAGGGUGUGUAUGGUUCGAAAGCACCCCCCAAAGUGCAAGUAGAUAAAUAGGUACCACUCCGGCAGGAAGGUAACGGUGUUUCCGUGCGCUGCUCUGGUUUUGGUGUUCCGUUGCGCCAGAAGCAGCUUAGUCAUGCUGGCCACAUGACCCGGAAAAACUGUCUGCGGACAAAUGUUGGCUCCCUCGGCCAAUAAAGCGAGAUGAGCGCCGCAACCCCAGAGUCGUUCGUGACUGGACCUAACUGUCAGGGGUCCUUUACUUUUAAGGGGACGCAGGUGGCGCUGUGGUCUAAACCACGGAGCUUAGGGCUUGCCAAUCAGAAGGUUGGCAGUUCGAAUCCCCGCGACCGAGUGAGCUCCUGUUGCUUGGUUUCAGCUCCUGCCAACCUAGCAGUUUGAAAGCAUGUCAAAGUGCAAAUAGAUAAAUAGGUACUGCUCCGGCGGGAAGGUAAACGGCGUUUCCGUGCGCUGCUCUGGUUUGCCAGAAGCGGCUUAGUCAUGCUGGCCACAUGACCCAGAAGUUGUCUGCGGAUAAACACCUGCUCCCUCAGCCUAUAGAGCGAGAUGAGCGCACAACCCCAGAGUCGUCCGCGACUGGACCUUUACCUUUACGCAGCCACAGCCCGAAGGCGUGAGAGGCAGAAACAUAUUUCCAUUGAAACAAAUUUGGAGGUUCUAAAUAAUUCAGCCAUCUGAAUAUAACACUGUUUCAGAUAAAUCAUGGAACUGGUAUUAGUAUUUUAAAUUGCUAUUUUAAUGCUGGGUGUGAUGUCGUGUCUGCCACUUUGCAAUUUGUUUUUUGAUACUUAGUUUGAGUUUAUUUUAUUUGUUUCUUUAUUUUAAGUUUAUUGCUUGUCUCUUUCGCCUAUACCAAGUUCUCAAGCCGACUCCACUGCAUUAGAAACAAGCAUAGCAGUACAAUAAAAUUUAAUUGUAUAAACAAUUAAAACAAUAAAACUAUUAAUGUAAACAACAAUAAAAUCAAUGAGUCAGCAGUAAAAUCAGCCCUGCAGCAGCAUAAAACCGAAUUGGAGUUUUGGAGUGUUUUUCUUGCCACUUAAUUGGAGUUUGUUUUUUGGUUAUUCCCCGUGCGUUAAGUAAUCAACUGCGGAAGCGUGUAUCUCAGAAGCAGGCUUUUAUAAAAUUUUAAUGACACCAUAUUUUUGAGUGUUCGAAAUUAACUGUGCAGACUUAUGAAGUAGUCACUCGCCCCCUUCCCAAAACGUUACUUGCUUGUCCCCAAGCAAGCUUUCGUAUUUUCAUUGUCUCAGUUUAGAGAGGUAGAGUGAAGUGGUCCUCUUUGCAGCAUCAAAAUACUUGCCUUAGUAUUCAGAUGUUGCUCAGUAUGAUGUCAGUAUAAUGCUAUCAGUGCAGCCAGCUUGAUCAGUCCUUUGGUUUUUGCAACAUAAAAGUAUUUCUGUGGUAUUGAGUGGACUGCCAAGAGCCGCUUCUGAAAAUAAUUGUGACAUGUUAAUUAAGCCACAGAAAUAGUUAAUCUAAUAGGAGCUUCCUUUUGCAAGCAGGUUAAUCUUGAAGCACCUGCUACGGUCUGCAUUCAGCAAGCUGCACUUCUGAUCUCCUCUUUGGCUGGCACUUACUCCGUAUUAAAUGAUGGAGGAUGCACUCCAGCAUAUGGGUGGAAAGGCAGGCAGAGCCAAAUGAUCAACGUGUGUAUUACGUUUAUGUAUUAAGGACGACACCUUGCGCCAAAUAAACAUUUCCACAUAGUGGAGGGCAUGCACAUAGCUGCACGUACUCGCGGCUGUGACUCUAGCUCCAAACAGAUUAACUCUCUGAAAACUCCCAAGCAGCUUCAGUCGCUUACAACUUGCUAAUGUGUGUCUCUCCUGUACCAUAAUUAUUUGUUCCACAGACAAGAGGGGGUGGGUAUUGCGAAGAAUCCUCCAGCCACGAGCAACUCAGGAGCGCCGCCAAAAUGCAUCAGUGAUGCUAAAUGAGUUCUCUGCUGUAUAACUUAGCCAACUAUAGAAACCAGCCCCACAGCUUUCGGCACGUUACCAUAGCACUGUUGUUAUUGCAGAAAGGUUUUGCAAUACCUGAUAGGAUUAAACGUGCAAGCGCUUCUGUCCACUUGGAACACAUAUAAAACAGCUUUCCUUUCGCCUAAUGAACUAAUUAAGACCCCCGUUUCUCUCCAUGAAUGUUUUUGGUCACUCCCCCAACAUCCCAUUCCUUUAAACUAUAGGUCCGUAAUUUUGAUCAGUGUACAGUGGUACCUUGGGUUAAGUACUUAAUUCGUUCUGGAGGUCUGUUCUUAACUUGAAACUGUUCUUAACCUGAGGUACCACUUUAGCUAAUGGGGCCUCCUGCUGCCGCCGCGCGAUUUCUGUUCUCAUCCUGAAGCAAAGUUCUUAACCUGAGGUACUAUUUCUGGGUUAGCGGAGUCUGUAACAUGAAGCGUGUGUAACCUGAAGCGUAUGUAACCCGAGGUACCACUGUAUUCUCCACAGCUUCAACAGAUUACAGCACUCAGCAAGAACAAAAACUCUAUACAAUAACAGAACCCCAUUUAUGACGUUCCGUUACAGAAUCCAAUUUUAGUGUCUUGUUAAUCAAUAAUCUUCCCACAUGAAUUUUCAUUUAAUGCCGCCUUGCGGUCCAAACCAAUGAGGUGAACCUUCUUCAAGUGCCUCAAACUGUUCUCUCAAACAAGGGUAUGCAUGUAAUUUUGCUUAGCACUCUAGGCAAAGCAGCAGUCCGCCUUCACCUCUUUGUGCAGCUGUGUAGGCAGCAGUGAGUCACACAGUACAAGAAUAGGAACAGAAGAGAUAGUAUUGAGGAUAUCAUGCCUAACUUGACAGGAAGAGGAAACCCUUUUUGUGCCUAUAGUGCUUCAGGGCUGAAGGUCAGGCAUUUCUGUGCUCAGACGAUUUUAGAGAACUGCUGCCAUCAGAGAGGCUUCAGAUGCUCUCCCUUGAUUUAGGAAGGCCAGAUUUUGAGUGGGAAAACAUGACCUGAGCUGCAGAUAAUGUCAUCCAUUUGAGUAUAGCACCACAGAAUGCAAGCAACUUUAUCCCUGCCAUAAGCUUUCAGCAGCUGGGAUGUUGACGUUAAUCAAGGAAUGCAUCAUGUGCACUGAAUUCUCCUAAACAUCUAAAUAGACUCCAAGUCCCCAGUAUUCAGACUUCCAGAUGCAGCUAAACACUACCUUCAGUGAAAUACAGUGGCUCUCACAAUAGAUCUUUCCCAAUACAGUGGUAUCUCGGGUUACAAAUACUUCAGGUUACAAACUCCGCUAACCUGGAAGUAGCACCUCGGGUUAAGAACUUUGCCCCAGGAUGAGAACAGAAAUCGUGCGCCGGCAGUGGGCGGCCCCAUUAGCUAAAGUGGUACCUCAGGUUAAGAAUGGUUUCAAGUUAAGAACGGAUCUCCGGAAUGAAUUAAGUUCGUAACCAGAGGAACAACGGUAUUUAGUCCUUAUCCUCUAGUAAACUACAGUGGUGCCCUGCAAGACGAAUGCCUCGCAAGACGAAAAACUCGCUAGACGAAAGGGUUUUGCGUUUUUUGAGUCAUUCCGCAAGACGAAUUUCCCUAUGGGCUUGCUUCGCAAGACGAAACUGUCUUGCGAGUUCUUGCGAGUUUGUUUCCUUUUUCUUAAAGCCGCUAAGCUGUUAAUAGCCGCUAAGUCGCUAAGCCGUUAAUAGCCGCUAAGCCGCUAAUAGCCGUGCUUCGCAAGACGAAAAAACCGCAAGACGAAGAGACUCGCGGAACGGAUUAAUUUCGUCUUGCGAGGCACCACUGUACAGAUAAAAUGUAUUUGGUAACAUGACAUGAGUGUUAAUGCAUUUAUGCAAGGUGUGCAUAAAGCCAUUAACCUUUUCCAUUUUUAGGAAGCCGUUUUUGAUGAAAAAAUAUAUGAUGGUACCUGACUGGUACCUGAGUUUCUCUGCAUUUGAUGAGGAACAGAACCAUUUUUCUUAAAAGGCCUCCAGCUCUUUCAGAGUGUUCCAGACAUAUGACAUGAUACCAUUCCAACAGAAUUUAACCCUGUGUAUGAGACUGUAUAAUAAUUCUGUCUAAGAAAGUUAAAAGAAUACUUACGUAAGUGUUUGAGGGUUUAGGGUUAAUCACAUUUCAGUUCCCUUUAAUAAUUCAUAUUUGACUAAUUGGAAUCUUCUCUCCCUUACUGCAUUACUGAAAGGAUUAUAGUAUAUAUCUAUGCUUACAUCUGGCUUUAUUGGGGCAUGCUAAAUUAAUUUGUCAGACGAUGUUAUCUAGGUGAACUAAAACAUACCUCUCUUCUCUCAAAAAUGCAGGUUGUGAGCUGCUUUAAUGCAAAAUAAAUGUUUUAUCUUAGGAAAGCAUGGAGAAUUACAGAUUUUGACUCUGCUUAUCUUUUUCUUUUUUAGCUCUGUGUGGUGUCCCUGGCAUUGUUCAGAACACUUAUCAGCUUGCAUUGUGAAGAUGUGAUGUUACAGCUAGUUUUAAGGUAGACUCGCUCACUCUUUCUCCUGAUGUUGCCCUGCUAUUUCCUCCCUGAUGAUUAGUAUCCUGCGAUUGCUUCAUACCUGUUGUUUUACCCAUGCUGUGCAUGGUGUGAGUAGGUGGAGAUGUAUGUGUUACACUGUUGUGGGUGAAGAUCACACACUUCUGUUUUAGGAUGUACAGAAAGCUCACUGUCAAUCCUAGACACCUAGUGCCGAAAAAAAUGAAAAACAAGAAUUUUUUAAAAAUCACAAGCCACUUAGAAGAAUGAAAGUAGACUUUCCACAAAUUUAGCAGACUGAGUGAAGGAAUUUACAUUCAUUCGGACUAAAUUGACAGAGGCUCUUCUGCAUACAGAGUGAUGUGUCUUGUUUCUGAAAAGGUUCAGUACUUCCUAGGAUUUGUGAGUGCUUUAGGAAGAAUAUGAUCAUUUUUUGCAAAAUAGUUUUGAGGAAGCCUAAUGAGAGUUAGAUGGCUUGGCACUGCACUUUCACAACAACUUACCAGUCAGAUACAUCCCUGUAAGAUCGGCAGCUUGAGUACCUGGUUGUUGGGUAGUGUUAUGCCAGUUGCUAGUAUUCCUAUGAUGAUGGUGAACCAGUUUGGUUCCUUCACCAUCCUGUACAAACUGGAGUCCACUCUUCCGCAGUCCAUCCUUGUUGUAUUUUCCAUAUCCUGCAGACAAGUAACAACUCGUCAGUUCAGUCAUCAGACCUGAGACAGCUGGUAUUAUAAAAUUUGGCUCAUCUAUGUGAUUUAGCUUUAAGGAAUAAAUGAGGGCUGGAGAAUAACUUUUUUAUAAGAGCUAUGUCAUGGCACUUAAUUAAUGAAACCCUCUGUUCCUAGGUACUUGAUACCCUGUAAUCACAUCAUGUUCAGCCAAAGAUGGGCUGUGAGGGAACGAGAUUGGUAUUCUGUAUCUGCUGCUAGAUUGCUUGCCUUGACUCCAGUCUGCUGCUCUAGUGGGAUUACUCUGACUUUUGAAAAACAAGAAAAAGAUUAUAUCCUGUGGAGGAAAAACAUACACAGGGCAGGUAAAUAUUUCACCUGUUUUCUGAAUGGACAAGUUGGCGUCAGGCUGUUUUUCCUCUUUCGUUCCUUGUGGCGUAUUCAGUGGCAUUGAGUUCAUGAUUAUCAUUAAGUUUCUUAAUUUCUCCCAUGUGUAACAUUUGGCUAGAUUCAUAUUCUGCUGGACUAACGAAAGAACACACACACACACACACACACACACACACACACCCUCCCUGCAUCACACCCACGCUAUGCACUUAAAGCAGCGUGAGGACUUUAGUGCAGGAUUUCUGUGUUCCAGGCAAAUGCUUCCUUCUCUCUUACACCAGUCUCAUGAGAUUUUGUGAAAACCUCUUUACUCUUGUCAGAAUUUGGAUUGAAGAGCUGAUUAUUUACUACUACUAAUACCUGUGUGUAGGAUGCUAAGUUUCUGAUUACACACACCAUACACUAUUAAGUGUGGAUUUCCUUACCGCUAGUUAGAAUAAGGAGGAGGAAGUUUCAGGAAUAAAUGUGUGUGUGCAUGAACAUGCAGACUGUUUGGAAAAAUAUGGAAAACUCUUCUGAAAGGCCUUUUUUUAAAGGGUUUUCUUUUAUUUACAGUUUAUAAACAACAAGAUCUGUUACGGACAUCUUGACUGUAUUUGCGUUAUUCACCCAUAAGAGCAUUCAGGAUACUGUGAAUGAAAGUAAUUUACAUUGACACACCAUGCAAAUAGUAUACAAGAACAUACUGUAAUCAAGGAGAUAUCUCCAAUGUCCACCAUAAGAUGGUGGGUGGGGGAAGGGAACCCUUGUCUUUUCUUCCUACCUUAUGUAAGCAGUUGCUUUGCCAUGUGGUGGCUUUUAAUAUUCUGAGAGAACAGGAAAAGAGGUGCAAGUACAGUGGUACCUAGGUUUACGAACUUAAUCCGUUCUGGAAGUCCGUUCUUAGGGAAAGGUGCGCUUUCCCUAAUGAGGCCUCCUGCCGCCGGUGCCCUUCCACCAUUCGGAUUCCGUUCUUAGACUGAGGUAAAGUUUGUAAACCGGGACACUUCUUCCCGUUUUGCGGAGUUCGUAAACCGAAUUGUUCGUAAACAGGGCUGUUCUUAAACCAAGGUACCACUGUAUCAGCAAGUGGUCCACAUUACUACUGGGUUCACACUAGGAAUAGACGGCUGUUGAUUUCAGUUUCUCAUUUUUUCCCAGCCUCAACUUCAGUUUGUCUUAUUUCUGCAUCAGUUUAGCAAGUCAAAAAGAAUUCCUCAUGAAAAACAAUACAUAAUUGUGUGCAUUUCUCAUAAUAUAUGCAUUUACGCAAGCAAUUUUCUCAACACAUUGUUGUCAUUAUUUUCACUAAUACAAGCAUUAUUGUGCACACUCUCCAAAAAUAAAUGCUUUUUGUAGACAAUAUUUGGUUUCAGAGCUGCCUUGCAAAAUUUGGAGAAUUGCAACUUUUGAAGCAUAUCUCCAUUUUUAGUGAGUUAGCAUUAAAAUGAAAACUGAGCAAAUUUCCCCCCUAUCCCUUGUUUGCACAUAGGAAACCAGAGUUUCACACCCAUGCUCAACUACAUACCUCUCUAGGUACCUUUGUUCAAGCAGUUGUUUCUCAACCUAACCUGCCUCUCGGAGGUGGUUCUAAUAGUAAAUGCAGCUAAAUAUGUAUUAUAACACACUUGGAGUUUUUGAGAUGGGAGCAUUGCCCCUUCUUUCAAAUCCAUCAAAAGUAAAACCAUUCCCCAUUGGAAAGAAAUGUCAACUAUGCAACCUAAUAAAACUUGAAUCGAUUGCCCCAAACUUUUGUAUUUUGUCUACAAGAGCAUCAUAAAUAUCUUAGGACAUCUUGGUCAUAGGUCAGUUGAACAAAUUUAUUGGAAAUUUGGUGGAAAUUGCCUUUCCGGUGACCAGUGACAUGAUCUUUAACACUUCAUUGUUUCUGUGUUUAUGGCUGACAAUUCAGUCAGAUCGAGGAAGUAUUGCAAUGCCAAUGAAAAAAUACACCUUUUUAUUGUGUGUGUGUGUGUGUGGGGGGAUUCAUUGAACUUCUUGUUGCAAGGCAAACUGUUGUGCUAAAUGUUUUAGAGCCAUCCAUAAAAAUAAAGGACAUUCCACACCACAGACCAAUUUUGCCAAAUUCAGGCUUUCUCCACAUUUGUUUGUCUGUUCUAUAAAAAAUUUCAAUCAGUUGGCUGUUUUGUUGCUCAGUACUGCCUGUUUGAUUUGUAAUACAUGGAGCUUCCUUAAGUCAUUUAAACUUCAGCUGGAUCAUUGCAGGAGGAUUUUCCCUUGAGCUUAUAAUAAGAGCAAGAUCUGAAAUAGGAGUUCAGUAGUAGUGUUCAGUAGAGUUCAUUCAACCAUCUAUGGUGAACUGAUUUAGAAGAGGCUUGGCAAGUGACCUGGUUUCUUGGACCAUUGAGAAGCACAAAACUGUGUGCCAUUACGGACAGGACAGGGCAGGUUUCUCUCUACUGCAUCUUGUGGAAUCUGGCAGCCUCUAGGAGCAACAUAUCUCAACAUUAAUUUGCUUUGGAAAGUUUUGUUAAAAUUAAGUGGGAGAAGUCCUUCCCUUUGCCCCACUUGCAGGGAUAGGAUGUGAGUUUGCAGCAGUUGCAUAAAUCACUUCUGCACCAUUGUAGCUUGUUAGCUGAUAGCAUCUUGCUGUUCAGGAGCUUAUUUCCAAGUUUUAAGGACCAUUGAACUAGUCUGCAUAAAACGGGACUAUCUAGUCUAGGGAAACUGGCAAAUCUUCUUCCUUUGGCCUAAUCUAAAUAGCCACAUCUCUCUCUGUAAAUUUGCCUGCUUGUGGAAUAGUGCUAUUUACUCAUGUGCCACGUGACUAUGAUAGUUGUGUAACCAAGGUAUAAGUUACAAGCAUAUUCAUAGGAUCUUUCUAUGUAUGUUUGUGUUGCUGUUCGACACCCUGUGACUCCCUGCCAUUGCAUUUCAGGUACAACUGAAGAGUCCAGCAGCAGAGGUACUGCAGACUCCACAUGUAUUGUGGAAUAUGGGAAGACUGUUGAUAUCAGUUACCUGCAGUACCUUUGGGAUGCUCAAUCCCUCAUACUCCACUGUAUGAAAGACUGCCAGGUUUGGUCUGCUCCAUAUGAUGGUGAAAGCCCUGAUCCACGUACCUUUAUCCAAACCCUAGCUGACGAGGAUGGUAAAAACCUAGACCAGCCCAUUUUCCGAUUUCAGCACAGAACACCUAGUAAUACAAGUUCCUCUCAGAUAACUCCUUUGGGAGAAAAGUUGCAGCUGGAGCUGGAAUGGGAUGAUAGCUAUGAUACGGGGAUCUCUCCUGGAUCUGAUUCGGGCUCUCCACAGCAUGAUAAUGCUUUAGGAAAUGUAGACCCACAACCACCUGCAGCGCCACCAAAGCACAUUCAAGAAAUGAAGAAAAAUGCAAUCAUGCUGAUCAAAGGGUCAUAUAUAGAAGAAUCAGACUUUCAGGAUGAUGUCAUGGUUUAUAGGUUAUGUGCUGAAAAGGAUGCUCAGGAAGCAGACAGCGUAAAGGAGGAAGCUUCGGUGUCAGAAUCUCAAAGCACAGAUGAUCAGCAGUUGCUCCCUGCCAAUGGUCCCCUUAAAAGUCCCCAGACAGACUCCAGUUUGGAGGAACACAAUAUGAAAAAUUCAAACUUGACGCAGCACGCAACAGUCAAACAAAUCCAUGACAGCGUUGCUGAAACCCCGCAGCCAGACUUGGAACUAAAGCUGUCUUGCCUAGAAGAAGACCACAAUGCUAACACGAGCUUGCUGAGCCCCGAAAGUGAGGAUUUUAUUUCCCAGUGUGAUAACAUCAUUAAAGAGUUGGAUUCUACCCCUACAGAGUUGGUAGAACUUAAAUUGCUUAUUCCUGAACCAAUCUCUCCCGUGGAAGAGGAAGAAGACUUUGAAAAUUUUUCAGCCGACACACCGUCAGCAGAAAGUAUGCCUUCACCUUUUGGACCAAAAGAUGUAUGGUCUGGCAAUCCGGCAAGGACCCAGAGCAUCCCAUUUACAGGUGAAAUUUUCUAAACAAGUCACUUAAAACUCUUUUAAACAAUAAUGUUCUUGGUGGGGGAGAGGGCUAUGUGAAUAAGAGACUUAUUGGUUAUGUUGACAUUGAAUAUUAAGUGUAGAUAUAUUCUUGGCUUGGAUUUCAUACCAAUGAAAUCUUAAGUAGACCAAUAUACUUCUCACUAUAUCCUGUACAGAAAUUCUCUGAUAGCAGCAUAAUUCUAGAAAAUAUCCCUACAUAGUUUAGGAAAAGGGAUAAUCGAACUAUUACAGCAGGCACUGCUAAAGAGCAAUUGCCACAGAAAGAGUUGACAAUAGCUAUUAUUUCUAGUCCAUCUCAUCCUCUGUCUAGGGGACGACAGAGGACGAGAUGGUUGGGCAGUGUUCUCGAAGCUACCAGCAUGAGUUUGACCAAGCUGCGGGGGGCAGUGGAAGACAGGAGUGCCUGGCAUGCUCUGGUCCAUCGGGUCACAAAGAAUCAGACACGACUAAAUGACUAAACAACAACAAUUAUUUCUAAUAAGACAAAACAACAACACCUUGUUUAUUCACUGCAAAAUUAAAGUUGCAAAUGUCUUAGUCACUUCUGAUCACUAGAUGGCAGCUCUGCUGCCAUUCUGUGCAUCUGCCCCAUUUUACCUGCACAUUGAGACAUUUGCUCCCUACCAAUUGUGAAACGUUUAGCACUGUUGAAUUGAAUUCAUCCUGUUUUCAAUAUCACACUUCCCUAAAAGGAUUUUAUUGUAAUGAUGUUAGCAGGACACAUUGUAUUUGGGCUUAAAAACACUGUUAUUUAUUUAACUUUGGUAGCUCUUGGAACACAAUCUGUUCUGAAUUAUCUCAGCUCCUCUGAAUGACAUGAUAUGAAUAUUCACCCUAUGGGGGGGGCGCGGAAAUGAUGGUGGUAAAAUGGCUGGGAAAUUUCAAAUAUGUGCUCAUAAUGACAAAAGCAAAUAACUAAAGCAAACUUCCAUUUAUUGUUACUUACUAAUUUAAAAUGGUAUUUUUUCAGCACUUUUCUGUUCCCAUAAGGAUCCAGGCAAUACAACAUAACUGAGAAAUUGUCCGGAUAAUACUUUUCAGGGAAAGGGUGGGGACGAAGAGAAUGUUAAAUAUGGCUAGAUGUCACAUAACUCCAUCGAUCAAUUAAACUGAGUAAUGCAAUUGAAUAAGCAUAUUGCUAUCAGAUUUAUUAUUCUGGUCUGGAAAUAAUUUCCUUUCCACUGGUGCAGCUGUCUGGCCACUGUGAAAAAUAAUCAGCUUAGCGAAAAAAACUUCAUAAAUAGUUGGGUUUGUGUUGCUAAAAGACCAGGAGCUUUGUGGCUUCUGAACAGUAGCAGUUGGUGGUAACUUUGAUAUUCCAAAACCCACAUGGGUCAGUCAAAUUAAGAAAAGUUAACAUUUUACAUUACUGCAGUAUUAAUACAUCUUCAGCUCUUUGAGUGGCAUCUUCCUUCUCAGUUGCCCAGCUGGCAUGUAACAGUAAACCGUAUUUUAACAUUACUAGGAUGAGCUGCAGUAAGCCUUGGGCCUCCUGGCUUGUUUUCCCGUUUAUGUAAAGGAAGGAGCUGCAUGUAAAUGCCGAGAGCUUGUCCAUAUUCUGGUGUGUUAACCACAAUUUUAUCAUCGAAACACAGCCAGCAUAAAUAAUUCUGUUAAUUCCUCCUUUCCCAUAGGAUUGUAGCAUUGAAACAUAGUUUCUGUGUCAAGGAAUAAGAGGAUUUCUUUUGUUCAGAACUCAAGGUGGACAAUGAACUGAUCUUUGUAUGUGGUACUAAUGUUUUGUGUUCGUUGAGAAAAAAAAUAGCAUGCGCUCCUUCUAAUAAUUUAUUGCGAUUCAAAUCCCAAGUCAUUCAUCCACCGACAAGGACACAAUCAGUAUUUUAGUAAUGGGAAUGUAAUGUGGCAAAUAAAACUUUUAUUAUGAAUAGGACCCCAAUUAGUUUUAUGUCUGCCUGCAUGGUGAGUUUUGUAUAACAUCAUUAAUUUUGAUCUAAUUAGUCCGUGAUACUCCUCUUGCAAAGCUUGUAAACCUCCACUUGUCACCUGAGAUUCUUCAUCUAACAAGAUGCUUGAAGCUAGCUUAGUGAUGACAGGGCCAUUUAUAUGUACCAUGGUUAAGUCUCUGGAAGCAACUCAUCUUGCAGCAAGAACCCUUUUGCAACUAAAGCCGUUUAUGUAUUUCCAGAAUAGUUUACCAUUCAGUAUCUACCACCCCCAUACUUUUCUCUUAAUCUCUCGCACAGCUUUUGCUCUUGGAUCAUGUCAGCAGUAAUCAUCAGUGUCUGAAAAAGAGUGUUCCAGUAGGACAAGGGGAUUAAAUAAGAAGAAGCUCCAUAAUUAUUAAGAAUUGCAAGAUUGCACGGGAGAACUUGCAGUGGUUGCAAGCAAUCCUACUGCUAGUCUCUCCCAGCUCCACCUGGAGACGCCAGGGAUUGAACAUGGGACCUUAUGCAUGCGCUCGCCCUCUGAGUCACAGCCUUUCACAGAAUAGCUCAGUUGGUUAGAGCGUGGUGCUGAUAAUGCCAAAGUUGUAGGUUCAAAACCCCGUAUGGGACAGCUGCAUAUUUCUACUUUGCAGGAGGUUGGACUAGAUGAUUCUCAGUGUCCCUUCCAACUCUACAGUUCUAUGAUUCCUGUGCACUGUGCAUAUAGCAACAUGGCUAUGCUAAACAAAAGGUGUUGAUUUUUUAAUACCCUUCCUUGGCAACGCAAACUUUUCUUGGCGCAGCAGAGGUUAAAAGGUCACAGUCCUCUCUGAUGGACUUCCUGGAUUUUAACUGCUGUGUAGGAAGGCUGAGAAACCUGAUUCUAAUGCUAUGCUGCAUAGUGGCAUCUUAGGCAUGGCAAGUGGGGCAGCGAUGUCCAGCUGUGCCCUGCUUGCCAUUUCAAACCCUUUUAUAUCAAUUAAUUGGUCAAGCCUCUAUGAAGUAGACACUGUGAAAUGCCAGAGCUCCAAGACCAUGCUAAAAUAGCACGAGGCUGUCACUGUCUGUACUCCCUCCUAAGCUUAGGAAAAGGAUAUGUGUAAGAAUGUCAUUGUGCAAUUCCUGGGCUGGGUGCUGGUGGUAGUUGUGUCCUCCCGAGCGAGGGGUGGGGGAGUUCUAUGUUUAGAGCAGUGCAGCCUUGCAUUAGUGCAGCCCCUCAUAGCAUUGCUAUGUGUGGCUGAUCUCCAAGUCAAAAUCCCCUUGUUUCCACAGCAGGGAGCAGGUAGAGGAGACAGGAAGUGCCCAUUGUGCUGGGUUGAAAACAGGGCAGAAUUCCCUUCCUGACCCCUUCCCUCUUGGCAGGUCAUGUUAAGCUGCAGGGAGAGUCUCUCCUUUCUCCGAAGCAUGUUAGGCUAGGCCAAUGUAGCCUGUGGGAAAUGUAGGGCUACUUGACAUUGUGUUAGCCCUGUAGAAACUGCUGUCCCCAGGGGGCAGCUGCUGGAGAUGAGAAGGGAGUCCUCUGUGGCUUGCUGGAGCGAGAGGGCUGAUGCCAGUCAGCCCAAUAAGUGGAAUGGGAGCAAAUGAAGAAGGCUGAAUGGGUGGGAAGGAGAGGAUUUUAAGCAGGGGGCUAAUUGAAAGGGAAAAUAAGCGAUACUUCUUCAGUAUUUUUGGGAGAAGGAGCUUGGCUUAUUUCUGUGGAAGUCUGAUGCAAGCAGAUGGCCCAUUGUUGGACUCCACUACAGUCUGCCCUGGUAGCACUACAACUAGCACAAAGUGAGCUUACCCAAAGGCCCAAAUGGGCUGGAAAACAAUGCUUCUUAUCAUUACAGCACCUUUCCUUUCUUCAGUCUUAUGUUCUUUUAGCAAUUAAUCACUUGUGUGUGUGUUUUUAAAUCUGCAGGUCCAUUUAUCAGUGUGGUGCUCUCAAAGCUGGAAAACAUGUUGGAGAACUCCUUGCAUGUCAACUUGCUGCUCAUUGGCAUUGUCACUCAUCUGGCAAGUUACCCACAGCCCCUCCUUCGUUCCUUUCUGCUCAAUACCAACAUGGUGUUCCAGCCUAGUGUGCGGUCAUUGUACCAGGUACUUCAUGAUUGUUUGACAGAAGUCCUAAUAUGGUUGAAGAUAUAAUUUUUGUUAAACAUUCUCGGUAUAUAGUAACAUCAUUAUGCAUGAAUGCUAGAAUGGCAGAAUGACAUAAGCAACAGCCAGGUCCUUGCUCCAAGGAGUUUAUAGUCAUCCUUCUAAGAGGAAAAGGGAAUAAGGAAUGAAUGCAAGCAAAUGUGGUUGGGUUUUAGCGUCAGUUUGUUCUACACUUUAUAGCCCUGCAUAUUUGCAGCUUAGGGACGCGAGUGGCGUUGUGGGUUAAACCACAGAGCCUAGGACUUGCUGAUCAGAAGGUCGGCGGUUCGAACCCCCAUGACAGGGUAAGCUCCCGUUACUCGGUCUCAGCUCCUGCCCACCUAGCAGUUCGAAAGCAGGUCAAAGUGCAAGUAGAUAAAUAGGUACUGCUUGGGCGGGAAGGUAAAUGGUGUUUCCGUGCGCUGCUCUGGUUUGCCAGAAGUGGCUUGGUCCUGCUGGCCACAUGACCCAGAAGCUGUACGCCGGCUCCCUCAGCCAAUAAAGUGAGAUGAGCACCACAACCCCAGAGUCGUCUGCGACUGGACCUAAUGGUCAGGGGUCCCUUUACCUUUAUUUGCAGCUUAACUCUAAUUGGGCCUCACUCCACAAGGCUGCAAUGAGAAAUCUAGAGAUCUCCCUUGUGAAUUUCCAUUGUUUCUAAUCACACUUCAGUAGAAUAAGACGCCCUGUGCCACCCCUUCCUUUAAAAACAAAGAAUUGCAAAAUACUUUACCCUGAUCUUUUUCUUUAGUUGCCACUGAAUGGUGCCUUAAAGUUGAUGCGUUAAUAAUGCUGUUGGGCAGAGCUUGGCACCACAGCUGCCCUUAAUGUGAUUUUGAGAGCAAGGGACACAGUAAACAGAUGAGUUGGGACACAACUCAAAUGACAAUAUAAAGAUUUAUUGCUGCUAUUGUUUUGGCAGGUGCUGGCAUCUGUGAAAAACAAAAUUGAGCAGUUUGCUUCCAUUGAAAAGGACUUCCCUGGACUACUCAUAGAAGCCCAGCAAUACCUGCUUUUACGGGUGGACAUGUCAGAUAUUCCUCUGGAGUCAUUGACUAAAGGCAAGUGACUACUAUUCUUAAAAGCAUAAAAUUAUUUUUUAAAAAACAUGUAUUACUAUCUAUUACUUAUUUUUAACAAGAUCUCAAAUUAGUAAGAUGUUCACUAUGUUUAUGUUCCUAUGAAAGCAUGUUUUGGGUUUGCUUUAACUAUGUGGUAGUCUUAAUAUAUUGGGAUUAAAUACAAUGUGAAACAUCCCACCCACCCUUCCUUUAGAUGGAGAAGGUUGGAAUAUUUUGAGUGUUCGCUUCACUAUGUGGUCGCACCGCUGGGAGUACAGGCCACUCCACACUGGGCCCUGCGGUGCCUGCGCUGAGCCUUUCAGGAAGAUCUAUGGAACAGUAUCAAAGGUGUCUGCAGAACUAUCCUAUAAUAAGAGACCUGGUUAAAGGACAUACAGGCUGUGGCUGCUUUCUUGUAGAAGCAGGGUGAAGCAACAAUCUUGCCUUGUCUGCAAGAGCAAAAUUUAGAUACCCUGUUAGGUUUACAGGAACAGAAGAAUUUGCCUUAUAUUUAUUAGGGCAGACUUAGUUGCAUAUAUAGCUUAGUAUUGUCUACUCUGACUGGCAGCAGCUCCCCAGGAUCUGGGGCAGAUGUAUUCCCCAUCCCCUGCUAUCUUAUCCUUUUAACUGGUGAUGCCAUUGAUUACACUCGGAAUCUCCUGCACAGAAAGCCUGUGCUAUACAUUGGAGGUGUGUUCUCUUCCCCUUCCUCAUCUCCUCUUCCUCCAAGCAGCUGUGGGCAAUGUACAUGGUUGUCUUGGUUAAUUCUCAUUACAAGGCACCAAGGUAGGAUAGGUUGAGAUAGGUAACUUGCCCAGGUUGACCCAGUUAUCUUUAUGACAAUGGACCCCACUCCCUUAAAAUAUCUCUGUAAGGGCACGGCCGCUUUUCACUAUAACUUCUAACUCCUGAAGGGAGUAACCAUGUUUUCUUCUUUUCAGGACUAGCAGAAGGGUAACUGGUAAUAUGUGUGUGAGUUGUUUUAUUUUUAGAAUGACCAUGUGAUGGGGAGUGUGGUUGCAAACAUUCAUUUAGGAAUCCUAGUGGUGGGGGGGAACCUCUGCAGUUUAUGCAUUGUCGUGAGAGAUGAGCAUGUCCAACAUUUCAUGAAUGUGCUCUCUCAAGUGGAGUUGACCAUGUUAAAAAUAAGUCCUUCCAUAACUCCCUGGGGGUGAGGGGAGGAGUUGUUUGGUCUUAUCAUGCGGAACAGCUUCCCCAUCUGCAGCUGCCUUCUGAAUAUAUUACCACCAGUUCUCAUGCGUUAGCCAGUCAAGUUUUAUUACUGCGACCGAAGCACAAGCAGGGUCAUGAGUAGUAAAGUGUAUUACCUGUGACAGAAAGGUAUGCACCUUUUCUGUUAUUCUUUCUCCAGACCUUCUUGCAGAGAAUUCCCAGGUUGCCUACUUACAACCAUGCAGUCUCGGAGGUUUUUUUGUGUGCAAAAGCUGUUUAAAAGGAAACUUGGGAGAUAAAACUAUCCAUGUGCACUAGAGGUCACUUCCUUUAAACAGCUCUUGUACCAAAUCUCCAAACUGCUUCUUAAAUUUGGGACUUUGAGUUCCUUGUCACCCAGUUAUUAGUGUGCUGAAUGAGUAGUUCUAUUUGUCGUACUAGGAUUUGGAUGUCACCUGUCAAGGUAGAGCUGUUGCCACAGAGAUAUCAGAUUUUCCUAACUAACAUAAACCCAUAGGCUUCAAUGGAUCUGUACUAAGCAUGACUAAGUCUGGAAACAAGCCAUGCUGAUUGAAAGAAAAGCCUUUGCUUAUUUGUUUGAGGGGGUCAGCAAACUAUUCAAAUAGGGAUGGUGAGGUCCCUUGCAAAAGUACUACAGAGCAGCAGCCAGCAGUAAUGGGAUAAGAAGCGAGAUCUGUUUAUGGAUUGUUAAGCAAAGGGUAGGAAUCAACAGAAAGUUCUCAAAGUGAAGGGAAGUAAACAGCAGAGGCUCCUCAAGGAUUGUUGGAACUGGUGCAAUUUUACUUAUUCACAAAGGACGCAUAGUCAGAGGUGAUGAUGACUGUCACAGUUUCUUGCCUACCCCAAAUUAAUCAGGAUGGUGACAUCCCAAGCAGUGUUUGAAGAGCUCUCUAUAAAGAAUGUCCUUGUGUUGGAGGAGGUUUUUUUAAUUGAGAUGAAAGAUGACCAAGAAGAAGCAAGUCACAGGUUUACAAAACUAUGAAGAAUGUGGGGAAAGGGUAUCUCUCCUCUCCCUACACCUCACUGAUGAUGUCUGCUUGGUUAUAGGUUGAUGAUAAACAAAUCAAAGCACUACUUCACACAGUAUGCAGUGACCAUCACAAGCUGAUGUGGUAUAAUGACCACCAACAGAUGUGGUGGUAGAUUGCUCUUAGACCAAUGCAUAGAUAAUAGGUUUGGCAGCCAUGCCUAAAUGGAACCUCUGUCUUCAGAGACAAUAUACCUCUGUUUCCUGAAUCAUCUGGAAGUAAUGUGGAUGUUCCGUAGACUGAAGUUGGUCUGUGUUCUGCUUUCAUAAUUAAAUUCCUGCCCCUUCCCCCCAGUCCUGGUUCUUAUCUUGCUGGAAUCACUGUAUCAGAGCACUGUUCUUGUGGGUAUAAAUUUUCAUUAGAAGCUAUGUUCAGGGGGUAAUGGGGAAAUGUGCAGAAUCUGAUGAGCACAGUAACCAUAGUGACUAAUUGCUUACCAGUAGUAUGUGUAAAGAAGUCACUUAUUUUGGGAAGUAAAAUCCUUGCCUUUCUGCUUGAUUUAAUUUGAAGCAUUUCAGUAGUGCUGUGGGAAGCAGCAGAGGCCAAUGUCUCCUCCCCCUCCCUUUGAGGGUUCAUCUUAAUGUAGCUCCAUUUAUAAUUGACAUACUGACAUCUUCUAAUAUACUAUGGAGCUUGCAAGAUCAUUGCCUGCUUCUUAAUGUAUUAUUAUCCUAUCAUGGGUGUGUGCAGUAAAUAAGAUGCUUAGUAGAGGUCAUAGGAUUUGGGAAGCUGUUUCAGAUAACUACUACAGAAAAGCUUGCUGUUGUGAGGCACUGUAGCUUGAGCUAUGGAUUUUGGGUUUGAAACCCAACAUCCAAUGACUGGGAUCAACAGUUGCUUAGGUUCCUGCCUAUGGCUUCCAUUAUGGCUGACUCCUAGGUUAUAUCAUCAACUGCAUCUGAAUCAGGCCUAGGUUUCAAAAUGAGACUUAAUGGGGACACGAGGAAUGCUUUUAGAGGGGAAAAACAAGCCUCAAACUCCCUCGAGGACAUAGAAUUAUAUUUAUGUUUCUUUGGAUCCUGGCUCCCAUUUUAGGUCUUCCCUUAGGGCUCACUAUGAGAUCUUUUCCUAUCAUAUUCUUAGCGUGGCUUCAUCUAGCCAAAACACUUAUUCAUGCUGUGUGAACAAGUCCCAAUAUUCAGUGAAUAUUAUUAUAGUUUGGUUCAUAUUAUUUAGUUCUUCAUCUCUCUCCCCCCCACACCCCAACACCUUUAUUAUUAAAAAAAAUUGGAUUGAUCAUUUGCAAAGAUGUUGCACAUUUUUUAAUAUAUCUGAACACAGGCUACAGUCACUGCCUGUGCUGCCCCCCCCCCCCCACAACAUGCACAACCAUAUUAAGGCUUAUAGAAUAAACAAAUGCCUGGAUAGCUGCAAGUUUGGCGCUUAGUCAAGCUCAUAAUGUCAGCAAUCAAAUUGCAGUGCCUGCAGCCAGUUGUCCAUCAACUUGUAUCAUUAUGUCAAUUAGGGAAUAUAAGGUAGAAAUGGCCUGUGGUAAUGGUAUAUACAAGACUAUUUGAACUGUGCCUAGGUUAUGGCGGAAUGCUCAGAUCCAAUUUUACCAAUAAAAUGAACACUUUUCUUCCUCGAGCUGUAAAGUAAAUGUGGUUUGUAUAUGUAUACGGGGAAUUUUUUUGGCACCACCUUACAUUUUGAAUACCGAUGGAUUUAUAUUCAGCCUUAAUGACGACGAUUUUGUUUAAGAUUAGAGCAUACAGAAAACAUGUGCAUGUAGGAAAUGUAUUUACUGGAGACUAGAAAGCUAUAUUGUAAGGUGUAAAGGUAAAGGACCCCUGGACAGUUAAGUUCAGUCAAGGUUGAUUAUGAGGUGUGGUGCUCAUCUUGCUUCAGGCCGAAGAAGCUGCCGCUUGUCCGCAGACAGCUUUCUUCUUUCUUUUUUUUAAAUGAUAUUUAUUAAGCAUUUUAAAGUUACAGAAAAAACAAAGAGACAAAGAAGAAGGAAAAAAAAAACAAGGGAAAAGCAAACAGCAGUCAAACAAUACAAAUCAAUAAAAAUAAAAAAACAAAAACAAAACACAUCAAAAUCCAAAAAACAAAAGUAAACCACAAACAUUUAAAAACAAAUCCAAUAUUCCCAAAUCCUUAACUGUCAUUGCCUUAUUUCAUCGACCUCCUCACACCUCCCUUUUAUGUAUACCAUUUAUUAAUUAUAACAGCAAAUCCUUCCCAUUUUUCAUAAUAUUCUGUCAUUAAAUUACCUUAAUCUAUUUUAACCUUAUCUUACUAUAAAAGACCCUAAAACUUAAAACUUAAAUCUUAUUUAUACCAAUUUCUCAUAACCAUAACAUAUUCUUGCAUAGUUCUUUUUAACAUUUCUGCUAGAGCCAAAUAGUUUCGUUCCAACAUUUUUCUAAUACUCAUUAAUUUUACAAAACAAUCCUGAGUAAAAAAUUUUUAAAACUUUCUUCCAAUCUUCAUCCAACGUCUCUUCCUCCUGGUCCCGGGUUUUGUCAGUCCUUUCUGUCCCAUCCAUCUAGUUCAUUAACCUGGUAAUCUUAUGUCCGAGGCCCUUAAGUCUCUUCCAUGUCCCUUCCGCAGAUCUUCUUCAUAUUUAUACCUGUACUUUGUCUCCUGGUCCUUUCACUCGUGGAAACUCCAACUUGACAGUAUUUUUGUCCCUUCUCGACAGAUCAGCCCCUUUUCCAUAGUCCACACUGAACUCCAUGUGAUAUUUAAAAGCAUGUUUCAAGGUCCCUCCAGAGUUGAGGACCCCCACAUCUCCAAACUCCUCACGGCCCAUUGCCAGACUUGAAAAGUCAAGACAUCCCUGCAUAGGGGGGUCUAUCCAGCCCCCCAUCUCCAAGCCCAACAAAACUCUAUCUCUCCAAAUUGGGCUUUUUCCAAGUUCAUUUGUCAAAUCCAACAGCUCAUGUUCCUGCUGGGCCACAGCUCCCUCCAUCUCUGCCACCCGAGGUCCAACAACAAUCUCCUCCCUCAUCUGAUCUGUCAGAGCACCCUCCUGAGUUGAUUCCUAGGUGGGUUCUAUAUAGAUACCCACUACCUGUCCAAAAUUUCUAAUCGCAACAGUCAUCAAAUCCGUCUUCUCAUGUAACUGUUCCAAUAAAGCACUUGUCUUACAGAAAGCACGCACCAGAGCCUCUGAAUACAUUGUUAUGCAAGGUCAGAAGUCUGUUCCCACGAUCUUAAUCUGUUUGCAGCUUCGAAGCUCCCCAGUUCAAGUUUAAUAACAAUUUCACAAGCUCCCUCUAGGGGAAGAACUUCUAUUUGUAUCAAUCUCUUUUCUUCUUCUUCUUCUUUUUUAACAGCAGAUCUAACAACAAAGUUUCCUUUUUCAGAUAUUUUGUCAAUAUUUGUUCCUUUAAAAUGCGAAAGAGAACAAUGGAAUCACUAUGUUUCUCUUCUUUUAACUGUCUGUCAAAAACAUUUGUCUAUAGUCAAUGAACUUCCCAAAACUGUCUGUCCUGACACCCCGCUCCCAGGUUCAAGACGGUGGAAAAUUACUUUUCUUUACACUCUCUCCUGCAAGUUUAAACAAUCCGGAAAAAAUCCCCCUUCUUCUCCUGCUUCCGAAGGGGGUUCAGUAGUUUUAGAUGAUGAAAGUUGAUCCUUUACAAACAAUUUUCUGAACUCUAGUUUGCCAUGUCUUUGCUUUAAUCUAUCUACAAGAAACGGAAGGCUGACUUCCUGUUUAGACCUUUCGCUCCACGGAAGAAGCAGUUGACUCUCAGCACCGCGCCACUAGCCCCUCUUCACUACAAAGCCCGUAGUUGGGUUCCUUUACGGAUUGGGGGGGGGGCGCGAAAGGUGCCCGCCGAGUCCCAUGGUCACAGGCUUCCUCCGCCUGUGAUUUUUUGAAGGGUCCCCGCUUCGCCGUAGCGGAACAGACCCGUUUUCCGUGGAGCCAGUCCCUCCGGAUCAGAGGGAGUCUGCCAUUACCGAUGGCGCCACCCCGGAAGUCCCUCGUCCCCCCAGACAGCUUUCUGGGCCUCGGUCCUGUGUAACUGAAGGAGCGUCUCCACCCCAUCAUUCAGCCUGGACACUGAGGUCCAGCGCCGAGAGCCUUCUGGCGGUUCCCUCGCUGCGAGAAGUGAGAUUACAGGGAACCAGGCAGAGGGCCUUCUUGGUAGUGGUGCCUGCCCUGUGGAACGCCCUCCCAGCAGAUGUCAAGGCAAUAAGCAACUAUUUUACUUUUAAAAGACAACUGAAGGUGGCCCUGUUUAGGGAAGCUUUUAAUAUUUGAUGCUGUAUUGUUUUUAAUAUUUGGUUGGAAGCCGCCCAGAGUGGCUGGGGAAACGCAGCCAGGUGGGCGGGGUAUAAAUAAACAAUAAUAAUAAUAAUAAUUCCAGGUCAUGUGGCCAGCCUGACUAAACCGCUUCUGGCACAACAGAACACUGUGACGUGAUAAAGCCAGAAUUCAGAGACUACCAGUCCUGGUUCUCUAUUGGUGGAAUAAGAAUACUUACAACUGAACUUCCUAGGGUGGUUGUGUGGGUGAAAGAAAAUGAGAAUUGUAAAGCACCUGGCAGAUUUUGAAAGUGCUAUAGGAAUUAUUUAAAACUGAUUCUGGGCUAGAGUUCCCUGUACUAAACUUAGGUUGCAGUUGUCUUAAUCACUUUUGCACCAAAACAAAUUUAUUUUUCUCUUUCUCCUUUUCAGACAAUGCACAGCACAACCAUGCUUUGGGCAAAGGCAGAAACGUUUCUGAGGCUUCCCAGGUCAUCCUGCAACCUUUCUUUGGAAGCAAGGCAAAGAAAGGAACGGCUCUUCCCAGCGCCCCCCUGCACAUCCGGAAUGCCAUCCUGGCAGCUGCCCUCUUCCCAGAAUUUCUCAAGGAGUUGGCUGCUCUUGCACAGGAACACUCCAUACUCUGUUACAAAGUAUUUGGUGACUUUGAGAAUUUUUAUUAGUUUUGAGACUUUUAAAAAAAGGAUGUUUUAAUUUAAAAAAAACCACAGAGAGCUACUUAUAAAGGAAAAUUCUACUUUAUGUUCCUGGUAAUACUUGAUUGGGAGAAACUGUUACACCUUUAUGUUGGGCCUUAUUUCCUAGUGUGCAGCAUAGACACUUGAUGUAUUAAUGGAAUGAUUUCUUAUUUUACCAUAUUCCCACCCUUGAACUUCCUUACCUCAAGAUCCCUUCUUUUAAACUCUGCUAUAGACACUUUUGGGGGGAAAAAGGCACAAUUGUGUAACCAGCUGAAAGGUGAUUUGCUUUUGUGGGUUGUUUUUUCCCCCUAUCUAGGAAAGUUGGUUGCUUCGUAAGAGUGCGCUUACCAGGAUGAGCAUGUCAAAUCUGAUAAGCCUUUUAUGCAAAUAACGUUUAAGGUAUCUAUUUGCCGGGGGAGGUUCGCAAUUCCUCCCCUACUUUCUGCAUUGCGAGUUGUGAAUCCAAAUGGAUUCAACAAAUAUAAGCCUGCGACUUGCUAGAAGCAGGUGCUGUGCUGAAUACAUACCAUAUUGCCUUACACUGUGGACAAGUCUGACACUCUCAGCUGUUGAUUCCUUUGAAGUUUAAAUGAAAUGAGUAAAUGGAUGUUGAGUGCAGACUGUAUGGAAUUCCCUCCUCCCCCCCCCCCGGCCAUUUUUCAGCAUUCUUUGAAAAUGCUAGAUCUCUACCUAAACUAAACUAAACGCUCAAGCCUUAAAUUUUAGUAAUAUUUGCACACAAUGAAAUGUUUCUAUGCAAACCGUAGCCUUUUUUGGUAGACCAUAUUUGUACACUUUUAUUGAUAAGCUGAACACAAAUGCUCCAGUUAUUGUUUGAGUAGUGUUAAAAGGUUACCUUCAUCUGGGAGUUGUUACUAUCUAUUUUUUAAGUACUAUUUUUUUAAACAAAAUUGAAAAAAAUAGCCUGCCUUUAUAAGCUGUGUUUUUUUUUCUUUUUAGCUUAAAAUGUUACUUUGGUUCAAGGAAAGCUUUGUGGUAUUGUAAAACACUAGCUGUUUAUUUAUGAUGUAUGUUGACUUGUCCUAACAUUGCACUUUUGAAGGAUGGUAGAAAUGUUUUGCUCCCUAGUAGUAGAGGAGAGGAUGUUACUUGGGACAGAUACACUAGAACCUGUUGCAGCUGCUGCCCAAUAGCUUAAGAACAUUUUCUUUUGUGAGUAAUGAGACUCAUUAGAACGGGUCCAAACAUGAUGAAUUGCUGCAUUACAGCUGCAUUUCAGUUUGUGCUAGUAAGAGUAAUUGUUCCUCCAGUGCUGAAGUUGGCUUUGUGUUAAUAGUGGCUCUGUGCUUGAAAGCCUUCAUUUUCUUUUACAGUAGGUGAAUAUGACAAACUGCUCCAAACCCAAUGAAAACAGUAUCUGAAGACAAGACUUUGCUCCUCUUUGUAAAUUCCAUAUUGAGGUACUAACAGUAGCAGUUGGGGUUUGCAUGUUCUAUUGCUAGAACAUGGCACCUGAGCAAAUGGGAAUUUCACAGACACCUUUCAGGAGGGUUGCCUAAAAUGGUGUGUAUAUUUGUUUAGAAGUGCAAUAAUGGCAAGAGAGGGAUUUCAGUGUCCCAUUUCUUGCUCCACUGGUCUACUGUGACUGGGUCCAUUUGCUUAGUCUCCUCUCCCACCAUCAUCCAUGGACGGAAUUAGAAUCCUGCAGGCCAUAGAAAUCAAAGAGGAGAGCUUCUUCCUUUAGCUUCUCAAAGCAUUGCAAGCUGUAAAAAUCUUACGCAGGGAAGGAUCUGCCAGUCCUGUUACUUGGCCCGUUCCCCAUGUCUGGUGACAUCUUCAUAAAAAAUAAAAUGAUCUCAUAAUUCUAGUCCUGCUACCUUCUCUGUGGGAAGCGAUCCAUCCUUUUGAUUGACUGAUUAAUUGUGUAUGUGUUAACUGUAGCAGAUUUUUUAAAAAAUUGCUCUCAAAAGACAUUGUAUUUUCAUGCUCUUAUUUAAAGUUAAGAUAGGUGAGGUUUUUAAAAUAACGUGGGUGUGUUAAUCACAUAAAAUGUGAUUAUAUUUGCUGCAUUUGAAAAUCAGACAUUUAAAACGUUGCACAUUUGAAAACCAGCAAGGCUACCAUAGUAUGGACUAUGCAGUAGUUUCAUUAAAUUUUGACAUGCUUGUUGCUGAAAGGGAGCAGUCAUAUGCACACACCCUCGCAAUGUUUAGGCUUGGUUCAAGGCUUAACAGAGCAUUUAAUAGUGGUAUAGAAAAGUAUAACAGAUUACUUUGUUAGAAACUAUUCAUCUUUUGUUUGAAUCAUGAUUACAGCAGGAAGGGCAGAUUCCACUUGUUGGUCAGUCAGUGAAAUGUAGGCCCAGGAUAUGGCAUCUUAUAUUAAUCAGGAAAGGGCCAUAGUUCAGUGGCAGAACAUGUGCUUUCCAUGAAAAAGGUAGCAGCAUCAAUCCCUGGCAUCUCCAGGUAAGACUGUGAAAGAUUCCUGUCUUAAACUCUGCUUAUUAAGUCAAGUUGCCCUCAAGCCGUUCACCAAUCUUCUGAGCUGCAUUCAGUGGAGAUACUUUGUGCCUCUCUUAUGUAAGCCACUGUUAACAUUUGUGAAGUUAGGUUCUUGCUGAGAGUAGAGAGAGGCUAUUUGGUCUCUGUGGAUUUUAAUAAAAUUUAAAAAUUAUGAAUUGGAGAAUUACUAUACACAGUCUUUACAGUGACUUUUUGGAGGGUUAGUAAUAGAAAACCACCGAAUGAUAUAGACAAAUAAGUAAAAAUGACAGCUACAAAUUGCUGGCAAGCUUGAUGAUCCUUGACACAUAGGAGUACAAAAUACAAAGACUUUGCUAUUUUGGCUUGUUUCAUGUCAAAAAGCACCCAAAUCUUUUUUUAAAAAAAAACAACCACCCCUCCAAACAUCUCUGAAAUUGAGUGCUGCAGUCUUCUGGUGUAAUUAUCCGAGCCAUGAUUAUAGCACUAAUUCAAGCUGUAGUGUUGUAAUUAUUCCUAUAUAAAUGCCAUCUCAGGGAAAGUGAAAAUUGCAUCUUGCUUAAUGUGGCUUUGGAUUGCUUUGCAUAAGUAAGCUAUUUGGAAUAAUUUAGUGAUGGGUACUAGCCCAAAAAGGCAUUUAGAAAGCAAGCUAGCCCUAAAAUACUUCUGCAGCGGGAAUAGUUAACAGCUUUCCUUAAGUCGGCUCAAAUUAAGCAUUUUGCUGAUUUGACUACCAUUCUACUAGGGUUUGUUGUGCAUAUGUUAAAGUGACUGGAUCUUUGUGGCCAUUGAUUUAACACUCACAUGAGACCUCUGUGUUCAGGCUUGGCUUUAAAACAACAACAACACUUUUAGUCUUAAGUAGAAUAUAUUCCAUUGCCCUGUCUCUACAGUUCUCUCUAUGCAUCUGAUGAAGUACAUUCUUCCCACAAUUGACAGCUCAUGCCACCGUCACGUUAUCUGUCGUUAAGGUGCCACAGCUACUCUAAUUAGUUGGACUAUGUGAAAACUGACUUUUUUAAACACUGACAAAUUCUACUCCUUGCAGAAUACAGGAAUGUUAACCCAAAGAUGCUGUACGCAGACAAACUAAUUUUUUUUUAAUCAUUCUUUUGUUUUCCAAGAGCACUUUGGGUGCAUUUUAAUCAAACAUAGAUUUACCAAGCUAAAUGUUGUCCAAUCACAAAAUUAAUAGCCGAUUUGAUUUUUUUUCACACCCAAAAACAUAUUUUUAAGACCCCUCACUGAAGAAAUUUGCAAAAAUUAAGUUUCAUCCCCUAAAAUGACACACCCUACUGCCUCUCAGCAAUCUUACAAUAUUAUAGGAGGAAAAAAGUAAGUCUCUAAUGUGCUUCCUGCAUUUGCACCAAGAUUAGUGUGUGGCAUACUAUGGCCUAUCUGCUGCUACAAUGUAAUUUUUAAUAUACUUAUAAUAUUCUUUACAGACCUUAUCUCCUUAAUUGUAGAAAAUGAGGAGGACUAUACUCUCAAUUUUUGUGGGUUUCAUUUGUGUGUUCUUCCAGCUUAUUUAUUUGCAGCACAAAAAGACUUUAAUACAAUGAAUCUGAAUUCAGUUGUCUUUAGUUUCUCUAUUCUAAGCACUUUAAAGACAUUUCCCUACAUCACAAAGCAACUUAUGAAUAUACUGCUCCUCAACCUGCUGCUACAUCAACUACUGUUCUCUAGAGUCUCCCUGUUGCAUAGGUUCAAACAUAUCUGGAUAUAUCCUUUCACAGUUCUCUGCAUCCCACUCUCCAGUUAAUGAUUUCUACAAAACAAAAUACAUUCUCUGGCCCACCAACACCACCUAUGGCCCAUGCCUAUUCCUGGCAAGAAGCCAUGCAAAAUAUAGUAGGUUGUUUCCAGGCUUUUAAGGUAAGGCUGAAGUUAUCACAAGACAGCUAUAUGUUUUCUUCUCUAUGCCUCUUCAUUACAAGGCAAAUUAUAGCAUCUCACCCCAGUUGCAAUUCCUGUGUCAUCUUUCAAGGGCAGCCUUGCAUCCAACAUAUUACUCUCAUGCCUCUAAAAGGGGACAGAACUUACACAGCUAAGAAAAUGUAUUCCUGGAUACUCACACUUUGUCCAGGAGAACUGUCAGGCUCCAAACCUGUUCGCCUUUAAAAACAAACAGGACAAUGAUCAAGAUUGGUGGGAUUACUCCUUCUUGCCUUGACUCAGUGUCAGUUUUUCAUCCACUUGCUGCUGCUUCCAGAAUAAAAGGACAAUCUGUGGGUACCUAGUUAAUAAAAUGUAGAGCUGGAUGCUUCUAAUUCAUUGAUAAAAAGUUAAAGGUACCCCUGACCGUUAGGUCUGGUCACGGACGUUUCUGGGGUUGCGCGCUCAUCUUGCUCUAUAGGCCGAGCGAGCCAGUGUUUGUCCAGCAGACAGCUUCCGGGUCAUGUGGCCAGCAUGACUAAGCCACUUCUGGUGAACCAGAGCAGCACAUGGAAACGCCGUUUACCUUCCCGCCGGAGCAGUACUUAUUUAUCUACUUGCACUUUGACGUGCCUUUGAACUCCUAGGUGGGCAGGAACUGGGACCAAACAACGGGAGCUCACCCCGUCGUGGGGAUUUGAACCACCAACCUUCUGAUCGGCAAGUCCUAGGCUCUGUGGUUUAACCCACAGUGCCACCCGCGUCCCUCUAAUUCAUUGAUACCAUACUUAAAUUUGGAUUGAUUUUCUCCAGAAACUACGCAACAAUGUUAAACUGCAAUGCCAAUAAACCAGAGCCUUUCAGAACACUUCAGGUCAGUUUCUUAUAGUACUGAAGUAGUCUUUCUACUAACUUACUGUUGACUUAGGUGAGAUAGAAAAGAUACAAGCCAUUAGAGUCUUGUCUAGAGUCCCCUAGCUAUAAUUUAAUCUAUGAUAUUAGAGCCGCAGAGAGCACCAACUCAAUCAUCAGUGAGAUAGUAUCUUUGUUAAUUUCAGAAGCAGAUUACCCAUUAAGUUCACUAAUACCACCUUCACAGUAAUGAGUCCCACAGCUAGGCCACAAUUUGCAGGGGAAGAAGUUUAGUGAGGAUACUAUAUCCAAGCAUGUUUGCUCAGCUAUCGCUUCAGUAGCUUUUCUAAAAAGGGGAGGCUGAAUGUUAGUCUUUAACUAAGAAUAAUACAGCCAAUUAUACACACCUGUAUCCACUGUCUCCUUUCUAGGGAAGUUAGCUGCAUGUUUAGUUAUACAGGAAUAAGUAUUACAAAGUAUUAUUACUUUUAUUACUAAUGGAUAAAGCAGCAUCCUUCUGAAGAACCCAUUUAUGAUAGAGGAUUGUUUCCCUCAAGAAUUAAUGCUGUUAAAUGACCUUUGCUAAAAUCCACUUCUGCUAGACUUGACAAGGCAUGAUGUAUGCACAUCAUGCAGGCACAUCAUGCCUAUGCUAACUUUCCAGAACCCCAAACAUACUCUUGAAAUAGUAGAUUUUUACAGCUGCAAAAAAAGUGGUUCUUUCCAAAGCUUCUACUACCGUGGACACUGUAUUUACAAUGUGGUGUCUAUGGCAGUUAAGCACAUGGUAUCCUUGUAAUAAGGUCAGUAACCUCUACAAGAUUUAGUAACACAAUUGGGAACCAGGGUGAUGGUACAAGAUUGGAACUAGCUCGAGGUACAAUAACUCCUGGAACUUGUAAAACAGCAUUCCAAGCAAGCACUUCCUCUACACAAAGUUGAUGGCCAGCACUUCAGUUUCUGGUCAAACACCAAACAAGAAAAACAACAAAGCGACAUGUUUAAUUCUUAGCUUUUUAAAAAACCUGGUUGCUUGUUAACUACGCUAUCUUUUUCCACAGAUUUUGACAGACAAAAAGAGGCUUAUGAAUCUUACUGGUUGCUUUUGGUAGAAGAGUUGAUGCUGAAGUUCAGUUUCAAUUCUAGUAACUUGUUUCAAAUUAUUCUUAUACUGUAUAGCCAAAGCACCUAUUGCCAGAGUUGUAUUGAAAAUGGUAAUUCAAACACUAAAAUCUGGCAAAUCUAUCUAUCCAUGAUUGAUUGAAUGCAUAGCGUUGUUACGUUUUGAUACCAUGCAUAAUAUUCCUAAUUCAUUGCUACUCUCAUAUAGGAAUGUUCAUUCAGAUAGUUAUUGAUACCUGAAAAGAGCCUUCUGCCUAGGAUGGAGAUACAUAUUCAGAUGUACAUCUGAAUCACCUACCCAACACAAGCCUGCUAGUAUACAUAGGGCACACUGGAUGAUGGUUUCCAUCAGUUUUAUUCAAAACAGUACAAAAUACCUACAGGGACAGACAGGUGUUCUAUAGAACAGAAUAGUACCUAGUUUUUAUUAAAAAAUAAGACACAAAAGGCUUUGUCUUCAAUUUGGUAAGUGUUAUGGUUUCUCUAAUUUUGACACUGUGAUGCCCUAUUAUAACUAGCCAGUAUGGUGUAGACACAGCAUGAAAAUGGCUAUAUAAUAGGUAAAAGGUAAAUGACCCCUGGACAGUUAAGUCCAGUCAAAGGCGACUGGGGUACGGGCUAUAUAAUAUAAGACAACAAAGAGGAGUCUGGUAUUAUGAGUCAAAUGAGGUUUUAUAUCACCUAUGAUUGUCGACAUAAAUGACCACUCCACUGUGCUUUUCUUUCUCAUACAUUUGAUCUGGAAUUUAAUUGCCACUAUCUUUGUUUUGAGCGUGUUGUUUUAUAACCCCUGUUACAGCUACUGUAUGAACCUAUAUACCUGCAACUGAGGAAAAUACGCCAUGCGUCUAGCAAAGAAUGCAGCAGAAUUUAGUCUAUGAAAGCUUAUGCCGUAACAUUUGUUAGUCUUUUUAAGGUGCCACAAGACUUUGUUUUUUGCUGCACAUGAACCCCUCUGGAAAUUGUAUAAACCACACACUGUUAAUUGAAAUGUAAUGUGAACCAAGAGACAUUAAAACACAAAGCUUUCUUUGC